AUGGCUCCAAUUAAAAUCCAGCAUGUAGUGUCCUUCAGCUCCCAGGUAAGCUUUCAAAGGUAACAAAUACCACCACACGUCACAAUCACACCCUCCAUCACCACUUAAAGCUCUCUGCUUAUUUUUCUGGCUUUUGUUUUACCAUUCUUCUCACUUUUCAUUUUAUGCUUCCUUUCUAUAAUUUCCCUUUCACUCUCUUUCUUUCUCUAGUUUUCUCGAUACAAUGAUAAACCUUAAGCAAACCUAAACUAAAAAUGUACUGACCAGGUUACUCACUAAAGUCUUCACCAAAAUAGCCAAAUUAGAAGCAAUUUCCCCAAGUCAUUUAUGACAAACACUUUGAAUUCCCAGUGUGACGGGGUGCCAUACCCACAUGUGCCCCUCCCCCCCUCCACUUGUCCAGUCACAUUGGACCCCAGGGACUUGGAUUUUAGACACAAGGGGGUCCAACCAACUUGUUUCAGGCCCUUUGUGGUUCUGGCGACAGGUCUGUCUAUUUCUAUGGGGAGAGAUAUGUGAUGGAAGGCCUGAUUUGUUUGGCACAAGCUUGCAGGGCCAUUUUGGGACUGUUUUACAUGUGCCUGUACAUGCAGCUGUGGGUCAACAAAAGGGGAGGGGGGAGAGCAGCUCUGUAAAGUAUAGUUAAGUGAAAUGUUUCGCUUGUCUGUGGCCCUCCCCCUUCCUAUCACAGCAGGGCGUUGUCACAGGGACACUGCCAGCCCAGUUUGAACUGGCUGCUUUGUCCCUCUUCCACCCCCCCAUCAGGUUCUUGGGAUUUAAACCCCUGGUGUAUUGUGUUGGAGACCCCAUGUAGGGGUCUGUGCCUGUAAAGCCAUGUGUGACAAAAUAAAUAGAGUUUAGUUUGUGUUGUACUCCCAGAGCUGUGUGUCGUCCGUUACUGGGGGGAAAUGGAUGCCUGCUUGUUGUAAGGGUUCCUGAGUGGCUGAAGGAAGCUAUUAGCGGAGGUAACCGGUCGGGAUACCCGUGGUCCGCUACACCCAGCAAUUCAAAUGUUGGUAGUUAAACCUGUGAAAACUGAAAACGCAUUACAAAAUAUAGACCAAAGCAGUUAUCUUAGAGGAUUUAGGGAAUUUUUCCAAUUUGACUACUUUGGGCAUAACAUUUGCAAUUGCUUUUCAGUUCUCACAGAGCUAUUCGCUUAAUUUGUAGUUUUCUAGAAUUCAAAGCAAAUCCCCCAAAAUUUAAAAUUUUACGCCCAAAUAGUUGUAUUAAAGGGACACUCCACAGCCCACAUACAAAAUAAAUACUGUUUAGUAGAUCUACCAACAAUGAAAACAUGCAUGCUUUUAAAGGGACACUCCACGGCUCACAUACAAAAUAAAUACUGUUUACUACAUAUACCCCAAAUGAGAGCAGGCAUGCUUUUAAAGGACACUCCACAGCCCACAUACAAAAUAAAUACUGUUUAGUAGACAUACCAACAAUGAAAACAUGCAUGCUUUUAAUUCUGCAUUUUUACAUUAGGGGUAUAUCUAAAAACAGAGUUAUCUUAUUGGCUGCCUUUGGAAGCGCUUCCCUUCUAAUCCCGCCCAGACUUUCUGUGGCUGUCCAAUCACAGACUUCCCAAUGCAGCUCAAUGAGAAGUCUUUGAAGGACAGGUGCUCUGGGCAAUUGCUGCCUCUUGAGUUUAGGGCAACUAAGCUAAACAAAGAAGGAAGUAACAUUAUCUGUUGUCUGCUUGAACAGCCAGGGGGCAUAGCCAGUAUAAAAAGUGUCACUUUCUAUUGAAAUCUUCACUAUUUUCAAAAUAAAAUAAAGAGGUAACACUCUUCACACAUACAGCUUUUUAGCAAAGCAAAGAGCUUUAGGGGUCAAGAGUGUCCCUUUAAAUCAGCUAUAUUAAUUUCAGCUUUUUAUAAUUCCUGACAAUCCACUUGAGAAUUGUAAGGAAACUUCUAGGCUAAUGCAGGAGAGUUAAGGAAUUAUUUCUAUUUGACUAUUUUGGUCACACGUUUGCAAGCACUCUGGUAAUUCCCUUUAAUUCACUGUUUAGUGAAUAAGUAAAUUCACCUAUUUACACAGUGACAAGUUAUACCCCCAGCAAUGGCUAGGUUGCAGAUAGACACGGCCCGUUACCCAUUGGCUUCCGUCGUGCGUGCUUUCUUAGAUCUUUGCUGCAGAAUUGGACAGUAUAGGACAGAGGCCCCCAGUGUGUUUCACCCAUGGAGAAUGUGGGUGAAUAUUAUUUUUGGGUUAUAGUGUGUGGUCGAGAUGUAAUUGACCGGUGGGUUUUUUCAGCAGGAAAUAGCAGCUGCAAACAAUGUAUGUGAAUAUCCAGGAAUGAUUAUUGCUUGAAAUAAAGGUGCAGGAAACGGGUGAAGCUGUGACUAUCGAGCAUGCUAGACAGAAAGCAUUUUCCUAACCCCUGGGUAGCAACAAGUUAAUGAAAUAAAACCAUCAAGAUGUUGUUUUUCAUAAAACCCAGGCUCACAUAUCUCCUAUUGUUUGAAGCCACUCGGCCUCCUUCCCUGUUUGCUCUCUGCCCUGUGUUGGAUCUCAUUGUGCACUUUCUCAUUUGAUGUUUUUUCCUUAAGGAUCCCAAGCACCCAGUGGACAAUCUGCUUAAUGAGAGCUUGAUCCAUCCCUGGCUCAGCUGCCCGCGUGACCGGAGCCGACAGCUGAAGGUGGACUUACAGCUGGAGAAGGCCUCUCAGAUCACUUACAUUGAUAUAGGUAAUGCAGGAAACUCUAUUUACGGCACAUAACACAGUCUUUAAUUCAAGAUUGUCCUAGUCUUGACGUCAGAAGUAUAUAGAAAUAUAGAUUUUAUUAAUGACAGGAGGCAUUAAUGCAUAAACUUUCUUUACUUAAAGGACCACACUAGGCACCCAGACCACUUCAGCUUAAUGAAGUGGUCUGGGUGCCAGGUCCAGCUAGGGUUAACCCAUUUUUUUAUAAAGAUUGCAGUUUCAGAAAAUGGGUUAAUCCAGCCUCUAGUGGCUGUCUCAUUGACAGCCGCUAGAGGCGUUUGCGUGCUUCUCACUGUGAAAAUCAAGAAGACGCAAGCGUCCAUAGGAAAGCAUUGUAAAUGCUUUCCUAUGAACUGGCUGAAUGCGCGCGCGGCUCCUGAUGCGCAUUCAGCCAAAGAGGCGGAGAGGAGGAGGAGAGCUCCCCGCCCAGGGCUGGAGAAAGGUAAGAUUUUAAUCCCUUCUUCUCCCCAGAGCCUGGCAGGAGGGGGUCCCUGAGGGUGGCGGCACCCUCAGGGCACUAUAGUGCCAGGAAAACAAGUAUGUUUUCCUGGCACUAUAGUGGUCCUUUAACUCCAGCAGCAAAGAAAUUUAAAUAAAGUUUAGUGCACAACAGAAGAAAAAACAGUCAUGUAACUGAAGUGGAACAUUCAGUAGCCAAUCAGCAUCCAGCCUAGUCUAUAAAUUGAAUGAUCCCCAAUCAACUUCCUCUUUCGAGCUGCGACUGUAGAGGAAUAGUCCAACCGAAUAAAUUCCUGGAAACAGGUAACACAAAAAAAAUGUAAAUCCCAAACUGGAUCAAGCUGAAAUACAAAUAAGAGGGUGGGCUAAUGGGAGGGAUAAUACUCGCCUCCUGUCUUUAAAUGAAAACUAUAUUUUCUGACGUCAAGACUAGGAAAAUCUUAAAAUUUAUAACAAGACAGGCAGCUCAUAUUAUGUAUUUUACAAGCUUAACUAAAAUUAAUAGUAUAAAAAUAUAUAAUUAAAUUACAUAAUAAUUUUUGACACAUGAGAGUUAGGCCUUAUUACAAACUCAUUACAGACCAGCAUUAUGUUGUUUCGUUGUUAUACUAUUGCUUCGGUACGUGAAUCCUGUACCCAACUCAUGAACGGAUUACUCACACCAAUUCGUUACACGAAUAACGGACCACCCGGUCCCUGGCGUGUGCCGCCACUUAACCCCGGUCACCCUGAAAACAACCGAACAAACCGACCACCCGGCGAGGGGAGUGUGUUACCACUUGAUCGCCCAGAGAGUUGCGGUCUGCGGUUAACCGCAGGUUAAUUGACGGUCCCGGGCAUCCGCGUUCGUGCCUUAUCUCCCGAUGGUCUAACUACCGAACGGGGACCACCUACAGCCUGGCGGGUGGCCUCAAUUAGAAUGUUGAGUAUUGCGGUUAAUCGCAGGUUAAGUACCCGCUUCACGGCGGUCUACGUUCGUCUCCUGAACAGCUGAAACAUCCAGCCAGAGAGCGGGGAUUCGUACACACUCUGGCCGUUAAUUGUUCCACACAGGCCCGGACUGGCCAUCGGGCAUACCGGGCAAAUGCCCGGUGGGCCGCGAUGGCCGUGGGGCCGAGGCCGGCAGGGGAUCUCCCCGGCCGGCCCCUGCAGGGCCAGCGCUAUCCGAGCGCCGGCCCUGCAUAGUGCCUCCGUGGGCCGGUGGGGAGAUCAAAGAUCUCCCUCACCGGCCCACAGACAGUGAGAUGCGGCCGCGCCGGCUGGUGAGGGAGGGAGGGAGGACCCGGCGGAGCUCCAACAAGCAGCUCCGCCGGUCCUCUCGCGGGAUUCUGAGCGUUGCCGCGGCAACGCUCAGAUCUCGCGAGAGUGAACUCUAACCCGCAGGUUAAAGUUCACUCUCACCACUGGACCACCAGGGAAGGCAGCAUGGCUCCCAACCCCCCAGGGAGAACUGAUCUUCUCCCUCCCCCCCCUCCCAGGAUAAAGGUAAGAAGGGAGGGGGGGGAUAUAAUUUUUUUUUUUUAUUAGUAAAAAAAAUAUUUAAAUUUAAAUAAAAAAAUACAUUCACACACACAGCACCCCCAUACACAGCACCCCCCAGACACACACAGCACCCAGACACACACAGCACCCAGACACACACAGCACCCAGACACAGCACCCCCCAGACACAGCACCCCCCGGACACACACUGCACCCAGACACAGCACCCCCCAGACACACACUGCACCCAGACACACAUAGCACCCCCCAGACACACACAGCACCCAGACACAGCACCACCCAGACACACACAGCGCACCCAGACAGACACAGCGCCACCCAGACAGACACAGCGCCACCCAGACAGACACAGCGCCCCCCAAACACACAGCACCCAGACACACACAGCACCCUCACUCACACACAGCACACACAUAUAUAUAUAAAAUAACCCUCAGUGAGAUAACAGACAAAGAAAAUUAGAAACCUAGAAUGUGACAGCAGAUAAAAACACCCUCACACACAGCACCCCUCUUACAUACACACACUGCGCCCCUCACACAUACAAUAAGUCAAAAUAUAUAUAUAUAUAUAUAUAUACACAUACAUACAUACACACACACACACACACACACACUACAGCACCCCUCACCCUGCACCACUACACACGCUCCAGAUACACAUUAGAUCCCUUACCCUAUAUGCACUCUUAAUCCUCUACACACACACACUGGGUCCUUUACACAGUAGAUCUCCUACACACACACACUACAUUCCUUGUCAGCAAACACAUACAACAUUCUCUAAACACACCCUCUCUGCAACCCCUACACACACUACGUCACCUAUACACACACACUUCAGCCCGUAUGCACACACUCGCUGCAUCCCCUAUAAAACUAUGCCCCCUAUACACACACUCUCUACAGCCCCUAGCCACACAUAUUACACCACAAACACAAAUUAAAUUGACCUAUUUAUACAAUACCACACCACUCUCUACACACAUGCAAUCCCACAAGCAGGCUCCAAACACUUGUGUGUUCCCACUUGUGUGUUCCCACUUGUGGAAACACCAGAGACAAUUUAAAAGCAAACACAGCACAAGCAGAACAAAUUCAGGGUCUUUUUCUAAUGUCAGAGCUCUUCAGCAGGGCUCUGGGCAUUGAACCAACAUGCUCACUUUGAGAGGGGGCGUGUUGUCAUUAGUGAUGACAAAACACACACUCUCUGGCCCCGCCCCUUUCUUAGGGGGCCGCUCUGAUUGAAAAAUGCCCGGGCCUAAUUUUUUUCCCAGUCCGGCCCUGGUUCCACAAGUUUGAUUCCGAGGUCCCACUGCCUAUUGACUCACUCAAAAACAUGGCCGCCAUCUCAAGCUCGGGGCCAAAUAUGCGAACGGACUUUACAACGAAGAAACCAAGCAUAUGGUUCGUGGGUUUGAGGCGCUAUUCGGUGAAAUAUUGCACACAGACCUGGGCUACAAAAUUAAUGGUGGAAGUCCCGAAGUAUAGCUGAAAAUGUUGAAAUUAUAUAUUUUUAACCUGUUUUUGAUGUGUAAUAAAAACGUGGUAUUUUGGGCGCUUGGAGAUAAUUGUAUUGGCAUAGCCGUUGGGUUCAUUAUCUCCAAGCUGGGCGGUAACAAAUUCAAAUGAUGCAUUUCAUUCGUUUUGGUUGAUCCCCUGUAUUAUUCCUGUAUCCCAUCAGGUCCAGAGGGGGCUGUCCCUGGACCUGAGAUUUUGCAUAAAUAUAGAUCCCUGUGUGCCAUUAAAGCCAGUUCUUGUUUGACCUUCAAAUCGCAGCCUCGACUCGUUUUGUGGGGAAAAGAGUAUCCUAGCUGUACUAUAGCUAGUGGGAUUGUUCUACAUUUGCAAGAUCCUUUUGGUCGACUAGUCGAAGCGGCUUCUCCCUCUCUCCACACCAGGAUCCAGAUCAUCCAAGCGGUCCAGCGUCCAGCAAGCCUGGGGGUAACCGUAACAGGCCUAAAAGAAAACCUUUUAAAAGUAGAUUCCGAAGACCAAUCUGCAUCUUUUAAUAAAUCUGAUAAAGAGCCUUUGGCUUGGAAAACCUUACUAGCCAUAGCUCCUCUGGAAGAGUGAGCUCCAAAUAUAGAGAUAUCAAUACCUGCCUUAAACAUAGUUUGUCUUAACCAUAGUUUGUCUGGCUAAAGAUGUAGAAGAGACAGGGAUAAAAGGUUUUUACGAAAAGAAAUGAUUGGUUGAGACAAAUUAGAGUGCUUAUAGAAGAGGUUUUAAGUUCAUAAGUUUGAAGACAACUAACCACACAUAAAAGAGGAUGAUCAGGAAAAGAAGGGUGAAAAAACGAAUGCAGGUUAGUUUUAGUACGUCUAACAAUAGAAAAUUUAACACCAUCCAGUGUAUAUUGUCUAUUAUUUAGGUCUAAAGCCUUAACAUCGGAAACUCUUUUGUAAGAAAUGAGACAAAGUAAAACAGUGAGUUUAAAAGAAAGGGAUUUAAAAGAUAAUGAAUCAUUGUCACCCCAAGAUUCUCCUAAUUGGCGAAUUAGAUUGGCAUCCCAAAUAGAAUUAUAUUUAGGGCAUAGGAGGGCAUUUGAAUUUAAUGCCCUUUCUAAGUCUGCAUACUAGGGGGUGCUUGCCCACAGGAAAUUAAUGAUAUACAUUAAUAGUUUGGUAUGCUUUACCUGAAAAAGACAAAACAUUUAGGAUAUUUGCUAAAUCGCAAUGUAAGGGAUUCACAGCCCGUUCCAAGCACUAAUCAAGCCACAUUUUCCAGACUUAUCCAUUACUUGCACAGGUACCUGGUGCCCAUGCUUCUCAGAGUAUGUUUCGAGUUGAAUCUGAAAACUCUCUAUGAGAUUGUCAGGGUUGCUUUGCUGUUUUAAACAGCAACCCUUCCUUUUUCAGUGUCUGAGUUUUUAGCUGAGAUUACCGUGUUUCUCCGAAAAUAAGACCGGGUCUUAUAUUAAUUUUAGUCACAAAAAACACACUAGGGCUUAUUUUCAGGGUAGGGCUUAUUUAUUUACGGUACCGGUAUGUACAUUGAACCCCCCCUUUAAUUAAUCCACCCUCUCUAAUUAAUCCACCCCCCUCUAAUUAAUCCAGCCCACCCUUUAAUUAAUUCACCACCCCUUUAAUUAAUUCACCCCCUCUAAUUAAUCCAGCCCACCCUUUAAUUAAUUCACCACCCCUUUAAUUAAUUCACCCCCUCUAAUUAAUCCAGUCCACCCUUUAAUUAAUUCACCCCCCUUUAAUUAAUUCACCCCCUCUAAUUAAUCCAGCCCACCCUUUAAUUAAUUCACCCACCCUUUAAUUAAUUCACCUACCCUUUAAUUAAUUCACCCCCCCUUUAAUUAAUACACACCCUCUAAUUAAUCCAGUCCACCCUUUAAUUAAUUCACCCCCCUUUAAUUAAUUCACCCCCUCUAAUUAAUCCAGCCCACCCUUUAAUUAAUUCACCCCCCUUAAUUAAUUCACCCCCCUUUAAUUAAUUCACCCCCCUCUAAUUAAUCCAGCCCACCCUUUAAUUCACCCCCCUUUAAUUAAUUCACCCCCCACCCCCUUUAAUUAAUUCAGUCCCAGACAUAAAAUAUCUACCGGUACUCACAUUUCAAAGUUUCCUUGCCGAGUCCGACCACUGGGAGCCUCACCGCCCGGAAAUGGAUCCUUCCGCUGAAGAUCCGUGAAGGCAGACUGACGUGCGAAAUGACGUCAUCACGUUGCGCGAUGCCGCGGCCCGCAACGCUCCUCCUACAGUAGAAGAAGGAAGUCUCGCCGCAAAGGUACAAUGCCUAGGUCUUAUUUUCGGGGUAGGGCUUAUAUUGCAGCCCACCCCGAAAAUCCGACUAGGGCUUAUUUUCGGGGUAGGGUUUAUUUUCGGGGAAACACGGUAACAUUCAGCUCCUUCGCUAUGUUGCCACGGUUACUCACCUGAUAGUAGUAACCAGCCCUGCUGCUAAUCAUUGCAGCCUAUUUAAGCAGCAAAUCCCAGAACCUCCUUGCCCUUGCGUGGUUUCCUGUUCCCCAGAAGUCUCCUUGUUCCUGUGUUUCCUGUUUGCUCCUGGUUCCUGACUCUGGCCUUGUUCCUGACUCCGCUGCUCUCCGUUCCUCUGAUCCUGGCUCGUCUGACUACCCGCUCUGGUGACUGACCCCUGCGUGCCUCCUGGACUUUGCUUUUGGUUAUUUCUUUAUUUGUUAUUUAUUAAUAAAGGUGUUUUGCAUCUAGUUCUGUCUCUGUCUGGUUCCUGGUCCCUAACAUUACACAAGGGCCAUGAAUACAGAUGGUACAGGCAAUACGCCUAUACUUAACCUAUUUACCCGGUGGGACCAGCAGAACCACCAUUUGGACCAGUAUGCUCAUCUGGAUCCAGCACCCGGCCAGCCUGCGAUUACGGCCGCCUCUGCCUCACUUUCUGUUCUAGCACCGGUUGUAGCCUCCAAACCUGUUGCGGCUAGAGGAAUGACUGGGCCUGUCCCGCUCACUCAGUAUUUUGGGGGCAACCCAGCUCAGUGCAAAGAAUUUGUAAAUCAGGUUAAAGGAUACCUUGAAAUGCUUCCCCAGACAUUUCCUACAGACAGAGACAAGGCCCAGUUCAUGAUUUCUUUGCUGUCUGAAAAAGCCCUAGCUUGGGCAAAACCUCUCUGGGAGGCAGAGAGGCCCAUUAUUUACAGUUACCCUGAAUUUGUUGCGACCUUUAAAAGGGAUAUUCCAGCUCGCUCCACCCCUACUGCCAAACAACUCAUGUCUAAUGCUCAGGGCACGAGAACUAUUGUCGAGUAUGCCAGUGAAUUCCGUACCAUGGCAGCAGAGGGUGACUGGAACAACAUGACUCUCGUGGCUGCCUUUGCACAGGGGCUCUCCCCUAUUAUUAUAUUAUUAAAAUUGAGAUUUCAGCCAGAGAAUUAACUAAAGAUCUUGAGGAACUGAUAUCCUUUGUCACCCUCAUUGAUAUCAGACGCCGAGAGAGUUCCUCAUCCAGGGAGCGCCUGCGAAGGGCCUCCUGUAUAUUUGGCACAGAGCUUUUCUUGCCCACCCAAACCUCCCUCACCUCCCAUGCCUCCUGGUCCUGAGCCCUCUGUCGGUGUGGAGCCGAGACGAUUAGGCUUCUCACGCCUCUCUGUCGAGGAGAGAGCCUUUAGGAGGAGGGAGGGCCUGUGCCUAUACUGCGGACACCAGGGUCACAGGUUAAAGUUUUGCCCGAUUCGUCUGGUAAAGGGCCCGCACCCAAGAUACUGUCAGGGGCAGAUCUUGGGUGGUCUUUCUGCAGACCCAUCGAUAUAUGAGGACAAACCCUUGGUGCCUAUUAUCCUCUCCUGGCCUGAUUCAUCCAUUAAAACCCGGGCAUUGCUUGGUUCUGGGGCCGCAGGCUCGUUUAUAGAUUGUGCAUUUGCAUCGGAGCACUCUAUACCCUUACAGCCUCGUAACUCUCCGCUAGCUUUCGAAACCAUCGAUGGCAGUCCAAUACAGCCAACCCACAUGACCCAGGAGACCGUGCCCAUAUCUCUCACUGUAGCGGCUCUACAUCAUGAGACGAUCCAAUUCCAGGUCAUUUCCUCUCCAUAUUACCAGGUUGUUUUGGGAUACUCUUGGCUACAGAAGCAUAACCACCCACAAUUGAUUGGCGCAAAUCUGAGAUAUUAUCUUGGUCCCAGCAAUGCACAUUUUCUUGUCUCCGGAAACCGGUCAAAGUUUUGGGCACAUUUUCUGCCUCUUCCUUACCCGCUGAGUACCACAAAUUCCAAGAGGUAUUUGACAAGGGUCAAGCCAGCGUUCUGCCGCCACACCGUCCAUAUGACUGUGGUAUCAAACUCCAACCUGGUACCAUUCCUCCCCGUGGCCGUAUUUACCCGCUGUCGGUAGCAGAGAAUCGAGCCAUGGAGGAGUAUGUUACCGAUGCGUUGUCAAGGAGAAGUCAUCUUCUCCUGCCGGGGCCGGCUUUUUCUUUGUGAAAAAGAAGAGUGGUGAGUUGAGACCCUGUAUCGACUAUAGGGGUCUCAAUGGCAUUACUAUUAAGAAUGCUUACCCCAUUCCGUUGAUCACAGCGUUAUUUGACCGCCUCAAGAGAGCAACGGUCUUCACUAAACUUGAUCUGAGAGGGGCAUAUAAUCUCGUCCGGAUAAAAGAGGACCUCGAAUGGAAAACCGCAUUUAACACCAGGAGCGGGCAUUACGAAUACCUAGUAAUGCCUUUUGGUCUUUGCAAUACUCCGGCGGUUUUCCAGGAAUUUAUAAAUGAUGUCCUGUGAGAUAUGUUGCAGCAAUGUGUGGUGGUUUAUCUUGACGAUAUUCUUAUUCAUUCCACAUCUCUCGAGAACCAUCACGCAGAUGUUUCUCGUGUUCUACAGAGACUCAGAGAGAAUAAUCUGUUCUGUAAAUUGGAGAAAUGUGAGUUCAACUGCAAACAGGUCACAUUCUUGGGCUAUGUUAUCUCAGAUUCUGGAUUCUCUAUGGAGCCAGUGAAACUUUCUGCCGUACUAUAAUGGACUCAACCUACGGGUCUUCGCUCUAUACAGCGUUUUCUUGGCUUCGCCAAUUAUUAUCGGAAGUUCAUACGCAACUUUUCUUCCUUGGUUAAACCUUUUCACGGAUAUGACAAGGAGAGAUGCUGAUCCACAGCAUUGGUCACAGGAAGCCAUUACUGCCUUGAGGUCUCUGAAAAACGCCUUUGCUGCUGCUCCUAUACUGGCACACCCUAACCCUGCCUUACCAUUCAUUCUUGAAGUCGAUGCGUCUGAGACAGGAGUAGGCGCCCUCCUGUCUCAACGUCCUAACCCAGAGAGCUCCAGGCAUCCGUGCGGGUAUUUCUCAAAGAAAUUGAACCUGGCGGAGUGCAAUUACCAGAUUGGUGAUAGAGAACUUCUAGCUAUAAUUUUAGCUCUCAAAGAAUGGAGGCACCUUCUUGAGGGUACUUCAGUGCCAAUUCUCAUCCUCACAGACCACAAGAAUCUUACAUAUCUUUCCGAAGCUAAGCGGCUUUCCCCCCUGCAAGCUAGAUGGGCUCUCUUCCUAUCAAGAUUCAAUUAUGUGGUUUCUUACUUGCCCGGUACUAAAAACAUUCGGGCUGAUGCCUUGUCUCGACAGUUCUCCCCUCCAUCUAGAGAGGAGAUAACCCCUACUCCUGUGAUUCCUCCGGACCGUAUACUGGCCACCAUCCGUGGCGAGGAGAUUCUGGCUGCACAAAUUAAUGCUCCUCCAGAGAAACCUAAUGGCCGUUGUUUUGUACCCAUUCAUCUCCGUACUAAAUUAUUAAGUACAUAUCACAACCCCAAAUCAGCUGGACAUCCAGGCAAAAACCAGUUAAUCUGGUCCGUCUCUCGGAAAUUUUGGUGGCCUAGUCCCCAUUCGGAUGUUACCGUCUUUGUAGCUGGCUGUCCUGUAUGCGCUCAAAAUAAAAACCCAUGACACCCUCCAGUGGGUCUCCUGCAAACCAUACCUAAUGGUGAACGACCCUGGACUCACUUGUCCAUGGACUUUAUCGUAGAUCUUCCAGUCUCCAGUGGCAAUACAGUCGUUCUCAUGGUUGUUGACCGAUUUUCUAAGAUGUUGCAUUACAUUCGCUUGAAAAAACUACCAACUUCUCAAGAACUAGCAAAAAUUUUUGCUCGGGAGGUCUUUUGUUUGCAUGGGUUACCCAAAGUAAUAAUCUUGGGUGCAGGUUCAGAACUCUCUGCAACGCGCAAUGCAGAACUACAAGCUCCAGGCCGACCGCAGACGCCUUCCUGCACCUAUCAGGUCGGAGAGAGGGUCUGGCUGUCUUCUCGCAACCUACGGCUCCGUGUUCCCUCACAAAAACUGGCACCCUGAUAUGUCGGGCCAUUUUGUAUACUUCAAAGGUUUAAACCUGUAGUUUACGCACUUGACCUUCCUGCUAGCAUGCGCAUCUCGAAUGUAUUCCAUGUUUCCCUCUUGAAACCGUUGGUAUGUGUGGCAAACCUAGCCACUUGGACACUAGUGCCUUUAAGAGACUGUGCCUUUAAGGGUUGCCUGUAUGGUUGUGGAAUAUGUGCUUACCUAUGUAGAAUGUAUGCUGGUUGUAUUAACAUGUAUUUGCUGUAUUGGCUAUCUGCCGAAUGCAGAUAGCUGUAUGUAUUGUGUUUUCUUUCGUUUCAUGAACGGCACUUUUGCGGGCCGUUCGUGAAACGAAAAUACCCCCAUGUAGAAGCCCACACACUUAGAGGCAUGUGGCGCUUGUUACCCGAUUGCAACAAUGUUGCAAUCGGUAAUUAGAGGCUCUCCUAGGUGGCCGCCGUUCGACUACCGACCAUGCGGCGGUCGGCCAUCUUGGAUCCUUUGUUCCCUCAGCGGUGUUUGGUCGUCGAGCGCAUGGUACUAAAAACGGCUACUCGACGGCGCGAACACCGCUGAGCUUCCGGGCCGUUCGGUAUUUGGUUCCCUGGAAGGCAAUCAGUAUUUUGAGCCUGAAUUUUCAUGAAUGUGUUUUUCGUGCGGCGUUCGGUUGGUUUAGCUGGGAUCUGAGCGGUACUUUCACGAAUGAUGCACUCAGACCCCAGCUAUCUACCGAACGUCCAUUCGUUUAAAUGAACCGGAUAUUCAAACAGUUAUGGAUUUUAAUGUAAAUUGUAGGUUCUGCUGCACGGAGGGAUAAUCUACUUAACGGUACAUUCCUGUGGGAGGAUCCCUCUCGUGCAGCAGUGCCUGAUGGGAGAAAUGCCCUGUACUGUAAGUCUCCCAUGUAGUCCCCUCUGGGAAUGCCCCUGGGAAGGGGACUCAGGAAACCCCUUGCAUGGGGACUUGUAUAAAUUGUGGAGCUGGAAAUAAAGACCUCAGUUGACUCUCAGAACUGUGUUUCGUCCGGUUACUGGGAGAUUUGGGGAGAUUGCCUUACUUUUCAGCGCUGACUGUGGAUUACUGUAUGUACCAGCGGAAUUUGUGGGAUUUAUUAUUGCCGGUCCGCUACAGUAUGUAAUCGUUACACCACCUCAGUGCCACGUCCACAUCCUGUUCUGGUUGACAAUCAUGAAGAAUAUGAAAUACGCAGCAUCAUUGACUCACGAGUCUUCAGAGAACAGAUCCAAUACUUGGUGCACUGGAAAGGAUACGGUCCAGAGGAACGCUCCUGGGUUCCAGCCCCUGAUGUCCAUGCACCAUCCCUCCUUCGUUCCUAUCACGCCCGCUUCCCCAUGAAGCCUGGACCCACCAGAAGAGAUGAGGGGAGUCGUUGAGGGGGACGUACUGUCAGGGUUUCUUUGCUGUUUUAAACAGCAACCCUUCCUUUUUCAGUGUCUGAGUUUUCAGCUGAGAUUAACGAUCAGCUCCUUCACUAUGUUGCCACGGUUACUCACCUGAGAAUAGUAAUCAACCCUUCUGGUAAUCAGUGCAGCCUAUUUAAGCAGCAAAUCCCAGUACCUCCUUGCCCUUGCGUAGUUUCCUGUUCCCUAGAAGUCUCCUUGUUCCUAUGUUUCCUUUUUGUUCCUGGUUCCUGACUCUGGCCUUGUUCCUGAGAUCUACGUUCUCCUGACCCUGGCUUGUCUGACUACCCGCUCUGGUGACUGACCCCUGCUUGCCUUCUGGACUUUGAUUUUGGUUAUUUCUUUAUUUGUUAUUUAUUAAUAAAGGUGUUUUUGCAUCUAGUUCUGUCUCUGUCUGGUUCCUAACAGAGAUUCGUGUGACCCGAAAUGCGUGAUUGCUAUUAGAGGUAGUUGGUUUAAUAUCACCAGGGCGUGAAGAUUCCCGUCCGGAUCGCGCAGAGAAUCCUGACGCAUUUGUAUGAGUCUUGGGUAAUCUAUUAGCAUGCUGAGAAGUUGAGGUAACCAAGGCCGUGAUGGCCAGAGGGGAGUUAUGAAUACUAGGGUUGAUUUCUGAGACCAUGCCUUCAGAAGAACCAGGGAAAUCAACACAAACAGUGGAAAUGCAUAAUUGACUCGGUUCCUCCAACAUUGAAGAAAAUCAUCUUGAUCUAGUGCUUCUGGAUCUGGACGCCAGCUGAAAAAUUAUUUUAAUUGAGGCAUGAUGCAAAGAGGUAUCAGAACGGACACCAUAGGGAGUACAGACGUUGGAAAAUGAUGGGAUCCAACAUCCAAUCGCUGCAAUCUAGUAGGAAUCAAGAAUUCCAAUCCGCUAUAGUAUUGGAAAGUCCGGGAAAAUAUUCUGCUAUCAAAACGAUGUUUCGAUUAAAGCAAAAGUGCCAAAAAUCUUUGGCAGUAUCCGCCAGUUGUUUGGAUUUUGUGCCUCCUAAACGGUUCAUAUAUUGGACCGCUAAAAUAUUGACCAUCUUGAGUAUGACGCAACAGUUGUAUUUUUCUUUUGCAAAACUUCGUGAAGCGAAAAACCCUACCAUGAGUUCCAGGCAAUUAUAUGCAUUUGUGUCUCUGUCAGAGACCAUCUGCCUCCCGUUGAGUUGCUUCCGCAAUGGGAACCCCAACCAAUCCGACUCUCAUCGGAUUCUAUAAUUAGAUCCAGGAAUGUUGAAAAUGGCUUUCCCGUUGCACGUUUGGACAUGAUCUAGCCACCAGAACAGUUCUAUUCUCGUAUCUGGAGUUAAAACAAUCUCGUCUGACUAUCAAAGACCAUUUCGUAAAUGUUCUCUCUUUAGCCUUUGGAGUUCACGGUAGUGAAGAGAGGACAGGAAUAUAGCUUGAAUUGAAGCUGAUAAUAGGCCCACAAUUCUCGUUAGAGAUCUGAUGGAAAUUAGUUCUUUGUUUAAAACUGAUCUGAUCUCUUUCCGAAUUGUCUUCAAUUUCCUUGAUGGAAGACUGAGAGUAGCUAAUUUGGAAUGUACGAAAAUCCCAGAAAUUCCAUGUGACGAGACCAAUCUCGCCACAUUGCAUUGGAGAAGUCUGGUUGCUCGCCUGUUGCCUUUGGAUUAUGGCCCCAUGUAAAAAAGGCUUGAUUUUCCCCAGCAAAGACAAGAAAGCCGGGUCAUUUGGUGCUUGCCCUGUUUGAGCAGUGAUACCCCAGAUAGCUAUGCCAUGGAGCCCAUUCGUAUAAUGAAAGACUAUGGGAAAGACUUUUGCUCCAUGGCAAUUGAACUGUAUGUGUGUGCUCUGAGCGCCAUUCAGUAAUAAUGUGCGCUCAGAUCUAAGCUAUCUGGGCAUAUGUUGCAUGUCUGUAUUUUAUGUCAUAAAUGUAACCUUGUGUAUUUUAUUGUAUCGUACUGUCUUUUUGCUGCCAUGUGUUCAAUGGAGUUUUGCCUCUGUCUUUGGAGAUAAUUGGAUUACUUCCCAAUUAUCUCCAGGAUAGAAGACUCUGUGGAACUGGUUUUGGGCAGAAAAGCCAUGCUUCCUGGGGUUACAAAGGACUACGAUCUAUCUUUUGAACCACUGGACCAAUUUGUAUAAUUUUGACGUAUGUUUGUAUUUGGAGUAUGCUGAUUCUGAAAAUGUAUGUGAAUGUGAUGCAUACUUUUCAAGUUAUGAAUAAUGUGGAAAAAUUGUAUUUCUCUGCUUGUGCUAAAUUACAUUACACAUUGUGUAAGGUAAUUGAAUCACAUGCAGAGGGGAGGAAUUUGUGUGGGAGUUUCUGAGUGUAUUGUAUGUGUUUAUUGGUUGUGUUCCAAAACCCUGUGGGUGGUACUAAUGUGUAAGAAUGUGUACAUAAGCACAAUAAACCCACAGCUCUGUCUGUUCACUGCUUGACCCUCAACACGGAGCUUUGUCUCGUUCUUGGGGGGAUUUAUUGUAUGCUGUUCCAGUUCGACUACUAGGAGUGUAAACCUAUUCGUAUGGUUUUUCCUAUUCGGCUGUUUACAGCAUUCAUAUGGUUUCCUGUACGGCGGAUUGGUGUUCUGCAGUAGCUGUGCCUGUGUCUCUGGAAGGGAAGAUCUACUAAACGGCGGUUUAACCCUUUUAUGCUGAGGGUGCCGUUACAUUCCAUUUCCUGUAAGGGAGUAAAAAUUGACUUUUCAUAAUUUAUUACUAAGCCAAGACUCGUUAACAGGUUCAACGUCAAUUGAGCUUGCGUGUGAAGAGUAUGUAAACUAUGUGACAUUAUUACAAUAUUAUCUAGAUAUAUAAUCAAUCUCACGCCUAUGCUCCGAAGAAGGGAUAUUACUGGGUUAAGGUGCAGAAUAUAAACCAAAAGGCAAUGAUUUGAAUUGCCAUUUCUUACCUUCCCAUAUUAGCUAUAAAUAAUUCUGACAGGAGUAGUGAAUAGGUACUGUGAGGUACACAUCUUUCAAAUCUAUUUUUAUCAACCAGUCGUUGAGUAUUAACAAAUCUUUGAGAUAAUAAAUACCCUCCAUUUUAAAAUGAUCGUAUCUGACAAAAUUGUUUAGAUAUUUUAAAUUUAUGACUGCUCUGUGACCAGCAUCCUUCUUUUUUUACCAGGAAUAUAUUGCUUACGAAACAUGGAGUGUUCGUGGGAACCUGGAAAAUUGAAUUUUUUGACAAUAAAUUUUGUAUAUCUUGGAGUACCAGAGUCUGGUCUUGACUCUAGAAUUUUAUUGGGAAAGGUACCUUGGUUUGUACAGGAUUUGAAAUAAAAUCUAUUUUGUAACCCAGAACGGUGUUUAAAAUCCAGGCAUUGUUUAUGAUCUGAUUCCAAACAUGGAAAUAAUCAGUAAGUCUGCCUCCUAACCUUUCUUGGGAAGAAGGGGAAAUUUUCAUACUCACCAGAUGAUGAUCUGAAACGAGACAUUCCUCGAUGUCCUCUGGAUCUCCAUGGUCUGCCACGAAGGGGGAAGAAUGGAGAUGUUUGUUGUGUAUUAAAAGAGGAUCUGUUUGCUUGGUAUGUGUUCCUUGGAACCUGUCUAUUAUGAUGGAAGCGACUGGAAGAACGGUUCUGUCCUCUUCUAACCCUUCUGAAAACCUUAGGGUUGAAAACUUUCUUCAGUGAGGUGUGAGCCUUAUCUAAUGAACUAAAAAGGUUGACAUGUUUAUUUAUGUCUUUAAUAAAAGACUCUCCAAAUAGGAACCUUCUGCCGCUGGUCCUGCUUCUGAAGUGGCUAGGUUUCUUAAAUGUGGAUCAAUCUUUAAGAGAAAUAAUCUGCGGAGUUCAGUAGUUAGAGCCAUAUUUGUAUUUUCUAAAAAACACACAAUUCGUUGUGUCCAUCCUCUAAGGAUAUCAAUAUGUGGGGCAUUCCCAGAAGCAGCAGCUUGCUCUAAAAUUUUAAAGAUUUUUGCCACUGGAUCAGAAAUAUCCAUUAAAUUAUCCUGGCAGGAUUGUAAGGACCUGUCGAGCCCCUUGUUGGGAUUCUUCCCUGUUUUUUUUUUUUAAGGAAUUGAACCAAAGCAGGGUCUAAAUCAGGGGUCUGCGUGACUUUUUUAGAUAAAGUCGGUCUAGGACACUCAGCACUCAAUUUAUUUCUGGUUGCUUGGUCAUGGGGUUUCCUUAACCAUAAUUCAAGGUAUUUGGCCAUGUUAGCCAUAGUGACCCAUUCGGCUGAACAGGUGUCUUAUAUGGUCAGGAUUAAAUAAAGGUUUUCCUGAAAUAUCUGUAAUGAUGUUCUGAUCACCUGUCUUAGAGAUAUGCACAGGUGCCUCAGAAUAUGAAGAAUAAUUAGAAUCAGAGUCUGCAGCAGAUUUCUCUUCUUCAGAAAAUGAAGAUAAAUCGUCAGAGGAGGUUUUGUAGGAGUCAGGCUUGCUCCUGUGCAUGGCCUUCCGUGCUCGUUUGUCUUCCUCACGAACAGACAGUCUAUUGAAUAAUUUACUCUCUUCAAGUUUGCAUAAUGUACUCAUUUAAUUAAGGUCUUGGUCCUUCCCUUUUUUAACUAAUCUUGAGCCAGAAGGGAAUUCAUCAGGACCGUCAAAACAGUGCUUGCACUUCUGGGUGGCCUUCCCAGACCUCCUGAAACCUUGCACCAAAUUCCUCUCAGACUCUACAGUUGACCAAAAUUGGUCAGAGGGGGUAUUAAUUGUCUGAGUCUGUGAAAUAGGUUUGUUGGACUUUCUGAUAGCCUGAGCCACAGAUUUAGCAAUCGCCUCUUGCAUAGAGGACAUGGCACUAAAUAUUGCAGAUGAGACAGAUUUACUGACAGAUAAAUAAACAAUAUUCUGUAAAGAAUCCUCUAUGAGGAUUUCACAAUCAUCCGCAGCACCAGGAGUUUUCCUUAGAACUCAUAUUUCUAAAUUCUGCACUCAAGUAAUUUAUAUAAAUGUAAUAAAAAAUAUUGUAAUUAAGUAACAGUAAUGAAUGGUAAAUAACAGAAUAACCUGAACAGGAACAAAUAGGAUGAAAUGUAAUCUUUUCCUGAGGAAAGAAACAAUGUCAGUAUAAGAGGUUCAGCUGAGGUGAUGUAAGCGGGCAAUGGGCGUGAAAACUAGCUGACAACGAACUAGUUGUGAAAACCCAUGGGAAAUGACGUCAGCGUGAAUCUGAGGGAGAUUAUGCGAAUGGAAUGGUCGAACGGGUAGAAUUUUAUAACGGGAGAAAUUCAAUCCACGUUCGUAUUGCGAAUAGACUGAAAUCGACUACAGUCAGUGAACUUCAUAUUGUGUUUGGGAGAAAAACUCCCCAAUGGAAAAUUAAUACGAAAUUUUAUAAGUGCGAACAAAGCGUGCGUUAAGCGAACGGCACUAAGAGUAUUAAUGGUGUUGUUUGUGAGUUUUUCCGUGAACAGCUAUAUGAAUGAACUGAAAAAAUCUUAACAAAAUGGAAUAAUAUGUGGCAACAGUUUAUAAAAUAAAAUAUGUUAAGAAGUAUAUCUUAAUAGGUAAAUAAUCUGUUCAUGACCACAUGAAUUACAAUGUAAUGUGUGUAUAUACAUAUAUACCUCAGAAUACAAAGAAAUGUGAGGAAAUGUAUAAAUAUAUAAAUAUGGAAAUUUAAUCAAUUGUAAUAAUUAUACUGAUAAAACACUUGUAAUUAACUAUAGCGAAAUGUAACAAUAUGAAUAUAUAUGUUACUUAUCUCCACUGCAGCAACAAAGAAAGAGGAAGGAGAUUGGGGAUCAUUCAAUAUAUAGACUAUGAAUGUUCCACUUCAGUUACUUGACUGUUUUUUAUUCUGUUGUUCACUAAACUUUUUUUACAUUUCAAAGUUUGUGCAUAAUAUGAGCCUCCUGUCUUGUUAUAAAAUCAUUUGUUUUUUUAUUAAAUUUUUUUUUUUUUUUUUUACUUUCUGUAUUGUUACAUUAAAUGCUUUUGCAGCUUUUUUUGUUUGUUUUUUUUAUCAAUCUGUAGUUAAAGUGACACUAUAGUCACCAAAACCAUGUCAACUUAAUGAAGCCAUUUUGGUGUAUAGGUCAUGCCCCUGUAGUCUCACUGCUCUAUUCUCUGCUAUUCAGAGCUUAAAGGGACACUAUAGUCACCUGAACAACUUCAGCUUAAUGAGGUUGUUCAGGUGAGUGCUACAGCUCCCUGCAGCCCUUUUCUUGUAAGCACUGUAUUUUCAUAGAAAAUACAGUGUUUACAUUGGAAGCUUGGAACACCUCCAGUUGCAGUCAAUCAGACGGCCACCAGAGGGACUUCCGAGUUCAGAAGCCCUAAAAAGGCUUCAUUCACGUCUGAUGUAUUCACGCAUGGGUGAAUACUUCAGACGUGCUAUCAGCACACAAAGCACUGUGAACGCGCUUUGCGUGCUGAGGCUGUCAGCACUGCUGUGGGAGUGGCUUGAGCUGACAGGCUGAAGACCGAAGAGGAGGAAGGGAGGAUUCAAACUGUGUAAGUAAACUUAUUUAGUGAGUGUGGGUGGGUGACUGAGGGUGAGUGGGUAUGGAAAUGGAUGGAUGAUGGGAAUGGAUAUGGAUGAUAGGGAUGGAUAGGGAUGGAUGGAUGAUGGGAAUGGAUAUGGAUGAUGGGGAUGGAUGGAUGAUGGGGAUGAAUAUGGAUGAUGGGAAUGGAUGACGGGGAUGGAUAUGGAUGAUGGGGAUGGAUACGGAUGAUGGGGAUGGAUAUGGAUGGAGAAAGAGUGUGUGUGUAUGUCUAAUUUUUUACUACUUGUGUGUUUGCAUAGAAACACUAUAUAUAGAGAGAUCUCUAUAUAUAGUGUUUCUAUGCAAACACAGUUUGGCUGGGGAGGGGAGCGGGUAUAGAAAGCGAGCUGAGCUGUCAGUCAGGUAAGGAUAGUAUGUAGGUCUACUCCUACCUUCCUGCAUGUGACUUACACAGCCUUCCAAAACACUUCCUGUAUAGAGCCAUCUAAUGUUUACACUACCUUUAUUGCAAAUUCUAUUAAUUUAAAAUUUCUUUGCUCUGAUGAUAGCUUGCCAGACCCUGUAGGAAAAUCCUGUGUUUGAUAAAAGUUACAUUUACAGAGCAGAAGAUACAAUUUAAUGUAUAGUUAACACCUGACUGAAAAUUAAACCAUUUUUUUCAUGCAGGCUGUGUCAGUCACAGCCAGGGGAGGUGUGGCUAUGGCUGCAUAAACAGAAACAAAGUGAUUUAACUCCUAAAUGGCAGAGAAUUGAGCGGUGAGACUGCAGGGGCAAGAUCUAUACACCAAAACUGCUUUAUUAAAGGAACUCUGUAGGUACCCAGACGGUGCUGUGUACCUUUUGCACUUAGUGCUGCAAUGCAAAACAUUGCAGUUCCAGAGAAUUGCAAUGUUUACAUUGCGGCCUCUCAGUGGCUGUCUAUCGGAAUCGUAAUGGGGGCGUCUCUGGAAUCGUAAUGGACUUUUGGUCCAUUAUCUGACUUUGGAGGUCCAUAUGCUCUGCAUGAGGGCCUCCAGUGUCAGAAUUUCCCCAUAGGAAAGCAUUGAUUCAGUGCUUUCCUAUGGGGAGGACUAAUGCGCACACGGCAUUUGCUGCGCAUGCGCAUUAGACCCAGCUCAUCACGGGAUGGAUAUGGUCAGUAAAUAAAGGGUUUUUAACCUUUAUUUACCAGGGAGGGGGGAGGCAGGGCUUGUAAUUGCUCCACUUAGCCUGGGGGGUGAAUUGUGCAUAGAUCUAAUCACUCGCAUACAUCUAAUCAGUGACAUACAUCUAAUCACUCGCAUACAUCUAAUCAGUGACAUACAUCUAAUCACUCGCAUACAUUUAAUCAGUGACAUACAUCUAAUCACUGACAUACAUCUAAUCACUGACAUACAUCUAAUCACUCCCAUACAUCUAAUCACUGACAUACAUCUAAUCACUGACAUACAUCUAAUCACUGACAUACAUCUAAUCCCUCGCAUACAUCUAAUCACUGACACACAUCUAAUCACUGACAUACAUCUAAUCACUGACACACAUCUAAUCACUGACACACAUCUAAUCACUCGCAUACAUCUAAUCACUGACAGACAUCUAAUCACUUGCAUACAUCUAAUCACUCACAUACAUCUAAUCACUCGCAUACAUCUAAUCACUGACAGACAUCUAAUCACUUGCAUACAUCUAAUCACUCGCAUACAUCUAAUCACUGACACACAUCUAAUCACUGACAUACAUCUAAUCCCUUGCAUACAUCUAAUCACUGACAUACAUCUAAUCACUGACAGACAUCUAAUCACUGACAUACAUCUAAUCACUGACACACAUCUAAUCACUGACACACAUCUAAUCACUGACAUACAUCUAAUCACUGACAGACAUCUAAUCACUGACAUACAUCUAAUCACUGACAGACAUCUAAUCACUGACAGACAUCUAAUCACUGACAGACAUCUAAUCACUGACAUACAUCUAAUCACUGACAGACAUCUAAUCACUGACAGACAUCUAAUCACUGACAUACAUCUAAUCACUGACAUACAUCUAAUCACUGACAUACAUCUAAUCACUGACAUACAUCUAAUCACUGACAUACAUCUAAUCACUGACAUACAUCUAAUCGCAUACAUCUAAUCACUGACAUACAUCUAAUCGCUCACAUACAUCUAAUCACUGACAGACAUCUAAUCACUGACAUACAUCUAAUCACUGACAUACAUCUAAUCACUGACAGACAUCUAAUCACUGACACACAUCUAAUCACUGACACACAUCUAAUCACUGACACACAUCUAAUCACUGACACACAUCUAAUCACUGACACACAUCUAAUCACUGACACACAUCUAAUCACUGACAUACAUCUAAUCACUGACAGACAUCUAAUCACUGACACACAUCUAAUCACUGACACACAUCUAAUCACUGACACACAUCUAAUCACUGACACACAUCUAAUCACUGACACACAUCUAAUCACUGACACACAUCUAAUCACUGACAUACAUCUAAUCACUGACAGACAUCUAAUCACUGACAUACAUCUAAUCACUGACAGACAUCUAAUCACUGACAUACAUCUAAUCACUGACACACAUCUAAUCACUGACUAAUCACUCACAUACAUCUAAUCACUGACAUACAUCUAAUCACUGACACACAUCUAAUCACUGACAGACAUCUAAUCACUGACACACAUCUAAUCACUGACACACAUCUAAUCACUGACACACAUCUAAUCACUGACAUACAUCUAAUCACUCACAUACAUCUAAUCACUGACAGACAUCUAAUCACUGACACACAUCUAAUCACUGACAGACAUCUAAUCCCUCGCAUACAUCUAAUCACUGACAUACAUCUAAUCACUCACAUACAUCUAAUCACUCACAUACAUCUAAUCACUGACAGACAUCUAAUCACUGACACACAUCUAAUCACUGACACACAUCUAAUCACUGACAUACAUCUAAUCACUGACAUACAUCUAAUCACUGACAUACAUCUAAUCACUGACAUACAUCUAAUCACUGACAUACAUCUAAUCACUGACAUACAUCUAAUCACUGACAUACAUCUAAUCACUGACAUACAUCUAAUCACUGACAGACAUCUAAUCACUGACAGACAUCUAAUCACUGACAUACAUCUAAUCACUGACAUACAUCUAAUCACUGACAUACAUCUAAUCACUGACAUACAUCUAAUCACUGACAUACAUCUAAUCACUGACAGACAUCUAAUCACUGACAUACAUCUAAUCACUGACAUACAUCUAAUCACUGACAUACAUCUAAUCACUGACAUACAUCUAAUCACUGACAUACAUCUAAUCACUGACACACAUCUAAUCACUGACACACAUCUAAUCACUGACACACAUCUAAUCACUGACACACAUCUAAUCACUGACACACAUCUAAUCACUGACACACAUCUAAUCACUGACAUACAUCUAAUCACUGACACACAUCUAAUCACUGACACACAUCUAAUCACUGACAGACAUCUAAUCACUGACAUACAUCUAAUCACUGACACACAUCUAAUCACUGACAGACAUCUAAUCCCUCGCAUACAUCUAAUCACUGACAUACAUCUAAUCACUGACAUACAUCUAAUCACUGACAUACAUCUAAUCACUGACACACAUCUAAUCACUGACACACAUCUAAUCACUGACAUACAUCUAAUCACUGACACACAUCUAAUCACUGACAUACAUCUAAUCACUGACAUACAUCUAGUCACUGACAUACAUCUAAUCACUGACAGACAUCUAAUCACUGACAGACAUCUAAUCACUGACAGACAUCUAAUCCCUCGCAUACAUCUAAUCACUGACAUACAUCUAAUCACUGACAUGCAUCUAAUCACUGACAUACAUCUAAUCACUGACACACAUCUAAUCACUGACAUACAUCUAAUCACUGACAUACAUCUAAUCACUGACAGACAUCUAAUCACUGACAUACAUCUAAUCACUGACAGACAUCUAAUCACUGACAUACAUCUAAUCACUGACAUACAUCUAAUCACUGACACACAUCUAAUCACUGACAUACAUCUAAUCACUGACACACAUCUAAUCACUGACACACAUCUAAUCACUGACAGACAUCUAAUCACUGACAGACAUCUAAUCACUGACAGACAUCUAAUCACUGACAUACAUCUAAUCACUGACAUACAUCUAAUCACUGACAUACAUCUAAUCACUGACAUACAUCUAAUCACUGACAGACAUCUAAUCACUGACAGACAUCUAAUCACUGACAGACAUCUAAUCACUGACAUACAUCUAAUCACUGACAGACAUCUAAUCACUGACACACAUCUAAUCACUGACAUACAUCUAAUCACUGACAUACAUCUAAUCACUGACAUACAUCUAAUCACUGACAGACAUCUAAUCACUGACAUACAUCUAAUCACUGACACACAUCUAAUCACUGACAGACAUCUAAUCUAUACAUCUAAUCACUGACAUACAUCUAAUCACUGACAUACAUCUAAUCACUGACAUACAUCUAAUCACUGACACACAUCUAAUCACUGACACACAUCUAAUCACUGACAUACAUCUAAUCACUGACACACAUCUAAUCACUGACAAUCACUGAUCUAAUCACUGACAGACAUCUAAUCCCUCGCAUACAUCUAAUCACUGACAUACAUCUAAUCACUGACAUACAUCUAAUCACUGACAUACAUCUAAUCACUGACACACAUCUAAUCACUGACACACAUCUAAUCACUGACAUACAUCUAAUCACUGACACACAUCUAAUCACUGACAUACAUCUAAUCACUGACAUACAUCUAGUCACUGACAUACAUCUAAUCACUGACAGACAUCUAAUCACUGACAGACAUCUAAUCACUGACAGACAUCUAAUCCCUCGCAUACAUCUAAUCACUGACAUACAUCUAAUCACUGACAUGACAUCUAAUCACUGACAUACAUCUAAUCACUGACACACAUCUAAUCACUGACAUACAUCUAAUCACUGACAUACAUCUAAUCACUGACAUACAUCUAAUCACUGACAUACAUCUAAUCACUGACAUACAUCUAAUCACUGACAUACAUCUAAUCACUGACAUACAUCUAAUCACUGACAUACAUCUAAUCACUGACAGACAUCUAAUCACUGACAUACAUCUAAUCACUGACAUACAUCUAAUCACUGACAGACAUCUAAUCACUGACAGACAUCUAAUCACUGACAUACAUCUAAUCACUGACAUACAUCUAAUCACUGACAGACAUCUAAUCACUGACAUACAUCUAAUCACUGACAUACAUCUAAUCACUGACAGACAUCUAAUCCCUCACAUACAUCUAAUCACUGACAUACAUCUAAUCACUGACAUACAUCUAAUCACAUCUAAUCACUGACAUACAUCUAAUCCCUCACAUACAUCUAAUCACUCGACAUACAUCUAAUCACUCGCAUACAUCUAAUCACUGACAUACAUCUAAUCACUGACAUACAUCUAAUCACUGACACACAUCUAAUCACUGACACACAUCUAAUCACUCGCAUACAUCUAAUCACUGACAUACAUCUAAUCACUGACAUACAUCUAAUCACUGACAGACAUCUAAUCACUGACAUACAUCUAAUCACUCACAUACAUCUAAUCACUCGCAUACAUCUAAUCACUGACAUACAUCUAAUCACUGACAUCUAAUCACUGACUAAUCACUGACAUACAUCUAAUCACUGACAUACAUCUAAUCACUGACAUACAUCUAAUCACUGACAUACAUCUAAUCCCUCACAUACAUCUAAUCACUGACAUACAUCUAAUCACUGACAUACAUCUAAUCACUCGCAUACAUCUAAUCCCUCGCAUACAUCUAAUCACUCACAUACAUCUAAUCUUUGACAGACAUCUAAUCCCUCGCAUACAUCUAAUUUCAUUCACAUAUGGGAUUUUACGAAGGUUUGUUGAAUGUUUUUUUCCUUUUGCAGCAUGUUUAUGUUGUUUGCAAUGUUAUAUCGGUUUUAUUUACUUUAGAACAGAUAUUUAAGUAUUAUUUUAUUCCUUUUGCAGGGAACAGUGGUUCUGCCUUCCUACAGAUAGAUGUAGGCCGCUCUAGCUGGCCCUCAGAUAAACCCUUUGUAACUCUGCUCCCAACAACUACGCUUAUGAACCCUAUGGAUUCCAAACUCGGGAAGAACUGCAACUCCGUCAGAAUGUUCAAAGAAGGUAAAUCGGGAUCGUUGUGUGAAGUGAAACUAUUACUGUGUACUCAACUUGUCCAAAAGUAAUUAUGGACUGACCGUAUCCACAAUUUAGAUAUUAUUAUUUUAUUUGUACUUAUUAAGCAUCAGUGUUUUCUGUGAUGUUAUCCAGUGUCACAAACAAAAAGCUAACAAUUUAGAGGAUGUGUGAUAUAACACAAAAAGGUAAAGACUAAUAUACUGCAACGAGAAGAUAAAUUACACAACGCACAGUUUGUAUCAUAGUAUAUUUUUAUACAUUGUGCAACAUGAGUGGGAGUUCCUAAGUAAGAUGCGCGGUAGACGAUGACGGGACGUAAUGAUGUCAUGCCAAAGGGUCACCGAACAUUCGCAGACACAGCAAAGGGACGCUGCCCGGCAUAUUUAAACGCUGGAUUUUGAAGAAAGAAAAAUCUCCUGAAGAAAGACAAAACGCGUUGAGCAGAUAAAUACCCCCGGAAGGACUGCAGCGUGAACUGAUUUCCUCAUUCCUAAUCACUGGUGGUCUGUGGAGGAAGCCCAGCUAAUAUUCAGAGAUAUCUACUGCUGAUAGACUUUCCUGGGGACCUAGCCUAAUUGAGGCUUAAAGCGCUUUUGCACAUAUUGAUUUACUUCAAUUGUGCCAUUACCUUUGUCAGUGUUCCUUUUACCUUUUGUAACAUUUUGUGUUUAUUAAAGCUUGCACUAUUAUUUUUUUGUUUCUCUUUUUCAUGUGAGUUUUACACUUUCCUCUGCAUUAUGGUAACCAUAACUACCUCACAUUUUGUGACCAUGGCGCCCCGUAUUGUGUUUUACCUUCAUGUUGUACAGUUUUCAUACACUUAGAUGCUGAGAUAUGCACGAGCCUUCUGUGAGUACAUGUUUUGUGAGGUGAGGGGGGCAGACUACUUUAUAGAAUUAAUUUUUAUGAUGGGUGGAGACCAGUGUUUAGGACAGGCCAUUAGCAUUCAAACUGGUUUUGACUGUCAAAACCAGAGCUGUAGCUAGUCCUUAUAGAUCUAUAUUUUGAUUAUGAAAGCAGUGUAGAUGACUGAAACACGGGUUGAUUUUUUAUGCAGUAUCUCCUACUGGGUGGCAUGGCGUGCUAUGCAAGUGUUUUUAAUAUGCCAGGUAACAUCCCCUGGCACCGUCCUUUCUCAAAUUACUGCAUCCAAGGAAGCAGCACGCCUCCUGUUAUUUUUUUUUUCAGUUAAACAGUUCUUCCAAGUGAUCAGGUGAUGUCUACUUAGAAUGGAACUGAUUGCAUUAUUUGUGUCUCUGACACAAGAUUGUAAGCUCUUGCAAAAAUUGCCUCUGGGUCCUGUGCAUCUCCCAUGGAAUAACAUGGCUGUACAACAUAGGUUAGGAUCACAAACAUAUAGAAAUGUUUUUGUUCAUCAAAAACUAAAACAAUGGAGACUGGUAAAUAAUUUUUUUAAUGCUAUAAAGUAUGCCAUUUUAAUGUAAGACCUGAAUACCUUCUCUAUAGACCUUCUGUUUUGCAGUUUGGCUCAGAGCUUGAUAAACCACUCAUGCAAGGAGCCAUGGUUUUUUCACCUUGGUUAAAAAAAACAGUUUGCAGUUCACCUUCCUACUUCUAUUGACUAAUUCCUGAUGUGUGGAUUUAUAUACACUGCUCAAAAAAAUAAAUGGAACACAAAAAUAACACAUCCUAGAUCUGAAUGAAUUAAAUAUUCUUCUGAAAUACUUUGUUCUUUACAUAGUUGAAUGUGCUAACAACAAAAUCACUCAAAAAGUAAAAAAUGGAAAUCAAGUUUUUCAACCCAUGGAGGUCUGGAUUUGGAGUCACACUCAAAAUUAAAGUGGAAAAACACACUACAGGCUGAUCCAACUUUGAUGUAAUGUCCUUAAAACAAAAUGUAGCGUGUGUAGCCUCCACGUGCCUGUACGACCUCCCUACAAUGCCUGUGCAUGCUCCUGAUGAGGUGGCGGAUGGUCUCCUGAGGGAUCUCCUCCCAGACCUGGACUAAAGCAUCUGCCAACUCCUGGACAGUCUGUGGUGCAAUGUGACGUUAGUGGAUGUCCCAUAUGUGCUCAAUUGGAUUCAGGUCUGGGGAAUGGACGGUCCAGUCCAUAGCAUCAAUGCCUUUGUCUUGUAGGAACUGCUGACACACUCCAGCCACAUGAGGUCUAGCAUUGUCUUGCUUUAGGAGGAACCCAGGGCCAACCGCACCAGCAUAUGGUCUCACAAGGGGUCUGAGGAUCUCAUCUCGGUACCUAAUGGCAGUCAGGCUACCUCUGGCGAGCACAUGGAGGGCCACCCCACACCAUUACUGACCCACUGCCAAACCGGUCUUGCUGGAGGAUGUUGCAGGCAGCAGAACGUUCUCCAUGGCGUCUCCAGACUCUGUCACGUCUGUCACAUGUGCUCAGUGUGAACCUACUUUCAUCUGUGAAGAGCACAGGGCGUCAGUGGCGAAUUUGCCAAUCUUGGUGUUCUCUGGCAAUUGCCAAACGUCCUGCACGGUGUUGUUCUGUAGGCCCUCAUACCACCCUCAUGGAGUCUGUUUCUGAUCGUUUGAACAGACACAUGCAUAUUUGUGGCCUACUGGAGGUCAUUUUGCAGGGCUCUGGCAGUGCUCCUCCUGUUCCUCCUUGCACAAAGGCGGAGGUAGCGGUCCUGCUGCUGUGUUGUUGCCCUCCUACGGCCUCCUCCACGUUUCCUACUAGCCUGUCUCCUGGUAGCGCCUCCAUGCUCUGGACACUACGCUGACAGACACAGCAAACCUACUUGCCACAGCUCGCAUUGAUGUGCCAUCCUGGAUAAGCUGCACUACCUGAGCCACUUGUUUGGGUUGUAGACUCCGUCUCAUGCUACCACUAGAGUGAAAGCACCGCCAGCAUUCAAAAAUGACCAAAGCAUCGGCCAGGAAGCAUAGGAACUGAGAAGUGGUCUGUGGUCACCACCUGCAGAACCGCUCCUUUAUUAGGGGUGUCUUGCUAAUUGCCUAUAAUUUCCACCUGUUGUCUAUCCCAUUUGCACAACAGCAUGUGAAAUUGAUUGUCACUCAGUGUUGCUUCCUAAGCGGACAGUUAAAUUUCACAGAAGUGUGAUUGACUUGGAGUAAUAUUGUGUUGUUUAAGUGUUCCCUUUAUUUUUUUGAGCAGUGUAUAUAAAAAAGUUUACCUUCCUACAUAAAUAUACUGAUUCAUAAUGUGUAGGCUACAUGUAUCUGCUGGCUUCUAGUGUGUGCACCUAAAUAUAUCUGCUGGUUUUUAGUGUAUGGACCUACACUCCUCCUUUUCCUAUAGAGCACCACAAUUAUGGAACGACCUCCCGCACACUUUCAAAUCUUCCCCAAGCCUAAAGUCCUUUGAGAGAUCCUUCUCUACAUACCUCAAAAUAGAAUGCACCUGUCAUGGUUGAUUACAUAUUUCCUACCUGUUCUAUGUAAAAUUUUGUAUAUAUUGUGUAUUAAUAUUAUUUUUGUAUUUUAUUGUACCCUAUUCUAUCAAUGCAAUUUUUGUGGACCCAGGACAUACUUGAAAACGAGAGAAAUCUCAAUGUAUCUUUCCUGGUAAAAUAUUUUAUAAAUAAAUAAAAUAACAUGUAUCUGCUGUUUUUUAUUUUAUGGACCCACAUGUAUCUGCUAGUUCUUAGUGUAUGGACCUACAUGUAUCUGCUUGGUUCUUAGUGUAUGGACCUACAUGUAUCUGCUGGUUUUUAGUGUAUGGGCCAACAUGUUUCUGCUGGUUCUUAGUGUAUGGGCCAACAUGUUUCUGCUGGUUUUUAGUGUAUAGACCUACAUGUAUCUGCUUGCUCUUAGUGUAUGGACCUACAUGUAUCUGCUUGGUUCUUAGUGUAUGGACCUACAUGUAUCUGCUUGGUUCUUAGUGUAUAGACCUACAUGUAUCUGCUUGCUCUUAGUGUAUAGACCUACAUGUAUCUGCUUGCUCUUAGUGUAUGGACCUACAUGUAUCUGCUUGUUCUUAGUGUAUGGACCUACAUAUAUCUGCUUGGUUCUUAGUGUAUAGACCUACAUAUAUCUGCUUGGUUCUUAGUGUAUGGACCUACAUGUAUCUGCUUGGUUCUUAGUGUAUGGACCUACAUGUAUCUGCUUGGUUCUUAAUGUAUGGACCUACAUGUAUCUGCUUGGUUCUUAGUGUAUGGACCUACAUGUAUCUGCUGGCUCCUAAUGUGUGGGCCUACAUGUAUCUGCUUGGUUCUUAGUGUAUGGACCUACAUGUAUCUGCUGGCUCCUAAUGUGUGGGCCUACAUGUAUCUGCUUGGUUCUUAGUGUAUGGACCUACAUGUAUCUGCUGGCUCCUAAUGUGUGGGCCUACAUGUAUCUGCUUGGUUCUUAGUGUAUGGACCUACAUGUAUCUGCUGGCUCCUAAUGUGUGGGCCUACAUGUAUCUGCUUGGUUCUUAGUGUAUGGACCUACAUGUAUCUGCUGGCUCCUAAUGUGUGGGCCUACAUGUAUCUGCUUGGUUCUUAGUGUAUGGACCUACAUGUAUCUGCUGGCUCCUAAUGUGUGGGCCUACAUGUAUAUACUGGUUCUUAGUGUAUGGGCCUAAAUGUAUCUGCUGGCUGUGAAAUCCUGAUCUAGUGCACUUUUUCUCUUACUGUGCUCUGUUCCAAUUGCUGUGAUGUGCAGAUGAGAGACCUGUUUUGUUGUUGGGUGCAGGUGACUUCAUAGCUGAAGCGGCAAAAGAAAAGUGGGACAGACUUCGGAUUAUCUGUAGCCAGCCCUUCAACAAGCAAGCCAUGUUUGGACUAUCAUUCGUACGCCUACAAUCCCCACUUAGCGAAGACGAUCAGAACAGUCAUAAAACGGCAUCUCAGGCAAAGUAUCUCUAACCUCUUUCUUGGUUUCUCUGCUGGUUGGCUGAGUUGACACACAUCGUUGUCACUUAGUGCCUUCACCCAUGGGGCGUUUUUAAAAGAAGACUGUACUAGGAAAAAGAACUAUCAACAUCAAUAUUAGUCAUAGUGUUUAGUAGAUUCUACAAAUUGAGAACAAUAUUCAUCCAAAACAUGUGACCUAAUAAUAAACAGAAAAUCUGUACAUUUAGCACUUGCUCUGAGCCCAUCUAGAGCUGCUCUUCACCUGUCACACCUACUAAAUACACAUUCACCAUAUCUAGAGCAACACGUAGUCUGUGCAGGGGAGGAGAUUGCUCCUGUCAUCCAGUCAGGGCUUUCUAUGCUGUAGGGCUGUUAUAAAAUAGUAUGAGAAAGCACACACAGUAUUGGUAAAACACUCUCAAAAUCUCAAAAAGAAAUCAGUCACUUAUGGUUCCCAAAAUACAGAGACAUUUUUUUAUUGUUGAAGUAAUGUCUUGUAACUCUUGCUUUGUAUCCACAGAUUGAAGUGUCACAGGACAGCAGCUUGUCUAACUCUCGUCUUCCCUACUCACCUUCCAGGGAGUCCUUGGCGAAUGGCAGAGAGGACAAUAAACUGUGAGAGCCUGUAUUAUUACCUUAUAAUAAAACAGUGCACUGUAAUGUUAUACAUGAUAUAAAUUUGCACCAUGUCACCCAGAAUGUCUCAAUUCUCAGAAUGUCCUGUGUCUCUACCUUUAUAAGGGCAUUGCGAUACCUGAGACAGACAGAGAGAGACAGAUACAUAGUGAUUCACUCAGGUAUAGUCAGAGAGAGUGAGACACAGAAAGAGACAUACAGACUGUCUCAAUUCUCAGACUGUCCUGUGCCUCUACCUUUCUAUAAUGGCAUUGCGAUACCUGAGACAGACAGAGAGAUACAUAGUGAUUCACUCAGGUAUAGUCAGAGAGAGGGAUACACAGAAAGAGACAUACAGACUGUCUCAAUUCCCAGACUGUCCUGUGCCUCUACGUUUCUAUAAGGGCAUUGCGAUACCUGAGAUUGACAGACAGACAGACAGACAGAGAGAUGCAUAGUGAUUCACUCAGGUAUAAACGUUAAUAUCUCGUCUAGCUACCAUGUGGUAAACAUUAACUAUAGCAUUAAUGUGCAAGGGUUAAAAAUGUAUUUUGCGCAUGUUUUCUCCCUCUUCGCUGUGUUCUCUCUGCAGUCUCCGCGCCUCCUUGUCUGAGAUCAUCAACCUUUAAUAUAUAUUUAAAUUCCUCUUAAUGAUCUCUCCCAUAGGAAAGCAUUGGGAGGCCAUUGCUGGUGCAUGGCACAAGUGUCUAUGGGAGCAUCUAAUUGAAAUAGCUGAGUUUUACUCAGGUAUUUCAGUAGUGACAAGCACUAAAGGCAUUUAUACCCGGUAAUGUUGCUGUUCCUGCAGAACUGCAAUGUUUUCAUUUGCUGGUUUAAAAUUACAGGAACAUGCCACCCAGAGCACUAAUUUGAUCUGAAAUGGUCUGGGUGUCUAUAGUGUCCCUUUAACGAGCAGUAAUUAAUACAAAUAGGGGCAUACAACCCCAUAGCGGUCACAUAGAAAUCAUAGUAAAUAAUUGGCACUUGCACUCCAAAUGCUUAUAAAAAUAUAACAUUUAUUGAAUAUCACAUAAAAAUGAAAAUCGAUUUAUAAACACCUAUAAGCCAAGGAAUUAUAUAAUCAGACAAAACAAAUGUCAAGUACCAUAGCAAAUAAGACUAGUGAGGACUCGAGGCAUAACAUACCUAACAACCGACGUUUCGACCUGUUGGACUUUCUCAAGGUAUAUUAUCACUAGUCUUAUCUGCUAUGAUACAUGACGUUUGUUUUGUCUGAUUAUGUGUAUAUAAUUCCUGUAUUUAUUUUUGGCAUUAGGUUCUAUUUUACAGCUUAUAUAUUUUUUGGCAUUAUAUUGAAUGGUGUAACGAUAUUAUAUAUUAUUAUAUAUGGGUACAUAUACCUGAACAUAUAGGUGUAUAUCUGUUAAUUGACAUUUCUUUAUGUGAUAGUCAGUAAAAUUAAUAUUUUUAUAGGCGUUUGUUGUGCGGUUGGCAAUUAAUUUCUGUGGCGGACCACCUGGCAUCCCGACUGGGUGCCUCCGCCAAUCACUGCACCACAAGCACCGCACCAGACACCAUCAGCACUGUAAUCUCCACUUCCAGCAUUACAGCUUGGUUGGGGUCUCGCUGUCCUCCACCCACCCUGGACCCAAGACCAGGAUCCAGCUUCCAGUGGGCAGAUCUCUCCUCCAAGAGAGUGUAGCAAUAUGCUCUUAAAAGAGCAAGUGAUUAUAACCCUGUGGAGUAUAGUGAUAUAGCAAUCCCCGGAGUAGAUACAGCUGUUCCUCCUCACACAUGAAUUGAGACUCUAUGUUGAGGGUGAGCAGGAAUUAAUUUAUUGGCAGCCACAACUAGCCUUAUUUGCAGGUCCCCAUGCAAGGGGCACUCCCCCCUGGACCUGAGAGUAGACCACAUACACACAAUUACAUUGGCUCUCAGGUCCAGGACACUCCUAUACAAAAUUGGUCAAUCCCUCCCCUGUGCCUGGAAGAUAAUUACUUGAGUACACAAACAUAUUAAAUUAUCUCUCAGAACAAGAAGCACGCAAUACAACACCACCACAAAAGAACCCCUAAAACAAAUUGAAACCCCACAAAAGUCACAUCCCCUGAUAGCCCCGAUCUGGAAGACCAACAUAUCCAAAAAUCACCCAGAUCGGUUCAAGGGUUCAGGAUUUCCAUGGAAGUCAUAAUUUUUACCGGAUCGGUCUUUCUUUAUGGAGUACAAAAGUACAUAAAUCACAUACGUUUUUAAGGGGCACAUGGUCUUUUGGCAGGAGGCUGGCAAGCAGGCCCCUCCAAGAACACGUGGCAGAGGCAUUUCUGCCACAAUUACUAUGAUCUCUUUAAGUAUAAACCUGACUCUGUCACCCCAAAACCAGACUUGCUGAUGUUUGACUGAAGAGAAAUCUCAGGCAAAACUUGGCUUUCUUUAUUUUAUUCAUUUUUAUUAAAAUUACACAAAUCACUUUUACCAUUUGACACUGCUCCUUUGUGUCCUCCUUCAAACAGGAUAAGUGGGACUAUGAAGGUGCAUCUGGGAGUAAAUCCAUCCUGGAGUGUCCCUUUAACCCCUUAAGGAAGCGAGACGUUCUAUGCCGCCCUGCAACGUUUAGAGCCGCUUCCUUAAGGGCGGCAUAGAACGUCCCCGCCAUCCUAUAUACUUAUCCGGUCGUCAGCAUCGCGGUAUGGGGACUUACCUGGGACCCCAGGGAGUCCCCCUCUGUCCUCUUCGGCCCCUCCGGGCCAUGUGAUUGUGAGGUCCUUGCGAUCACAUGGACGACAUAGCCGUCCAAGGCAUUUCCAGCAGGGGGAGUGCCUGUAAUGACAGGUACUCCCCCUGCUGUCUGAAAAUUAAAUAAAAUAAAUGUUAAAACAGUGUCAAAUAACAUUAUAUAUAUAGAUUGUAUAUAUAUUUAUUAUAUAUAUAUAUAUAUAUGAUCUAAGUAUAUAUAUAUAUAUAUAUAUAUAUACACAUAUACACACAUGCACAUACACUAAGUAUAUUUUAAUAUUAAUACAUAUACACGUACAAUGAUAUUGACUAAAUAUAUAUAUAAUUAUCAUUAUAUAUCUAUUUAUAUAUAAAAUAAAAUAAAUAUGUAAAUACGUUAAAAAAUAAAAUUUCAAAAUAAUAAAAAAUAAAUAUAUAUACAUGUGUAAUUUCAUUCUAACUGUAUUUUAAAAUUAAUAUAUAUAUUAUCAAAAUUGAUUCUACGUAUAUAUUUAUGUAAUAAUUUUACAUAAUUAGGUAAAUUUAUUAAUUACAAUUUGCAGGACCUGCCUGACAACCCAGGCCGAAAGUUCAGGGAAUUUAAUUUGCUAGCACUAUAUUUGACCCUGUAACUUUCCAAGACACCAUAAAACCUGUACAUGGGGGAUACCGUUUUACUCGGAAGACUUCAAUGUACACAAAUAUUAGUGUUUGAAAACAGUAAAAUGUAUUACAACGACGAUAUCGUCAAUGAAAGUGCAAUUUUUUGCAUUUUUCACACACAAAUGGCACACUUACACUGACGAUAUAAUUGUUGUGAUACGUUUUACUGUCUAUGUAAGGUAACCUGAAUGUUUUUUUUAAUUUAAAUUUUGCCUCAAGUGAAAGUGAAACUAUCUUUUCCAAUUGGUCUCUUUCCAGGCGCCAGGAGGAAGGGAAGCUUAAGGAUCGGUUACACCAAGCCCUGUCUAGCACUUCACCACGAAUUGAAAGGGCCUCCCCCAUGAGCCGCACUGAGAGGAUGGUUUUAUCUGCAACCAACUCACGCAAACGACGCUUUCUUAAUUUAACUGGCACAGGUUCACUGCCCCGUGAUCCAGAGGCAGCAGAUACCAGUCACAGCCCAGGUAGGAAAGGUAGAUGUGUGAAAGUGUCAUUCAUUUCGUGCUACGUAAAUAAAGGGCAAUGUGAGGCAAUGUGUGGUGGGAGCUGGAUGGGCUGCAUUGGGUCAGACAGCUGUGGUUUCCUUUUCCUAGCCUCAGUAUUAAAGGAUAUCUCUCCCAGCAGCUACUUGUCCAGAUACCUCUAGGACUCCACCAAGUCCCAAAAAGAAAGAAGGUACCAAGGUUCGUAGAAGGAGGCUGAGAAUGCAGGUGUCCUCUCCAAGGUAUGUGUAUGAUGUUCUAGCUAUUGAUAUGAGCAACCUGUAUUUAUUCCCAGGAUAUUUAGACACAAUUAGUCUCAGAGGACAUUUACUGCAUGGAGGCCAAUUAAUCGCAACAUUGGAAUCACAUGGCUUUUUUCUUUUUUAAAUUAAUAAAAAUAAACUAUAAAUAAGAAACAUGCCAGGAUUCCGAUUCACCAUUAAUUAUAAAUAAUAUUAAAACAGCAAUGGUGGGUAAAUAAUAUAUCUGAUUUGAGAUCAUGUAACAGAGAGAAUUCACAGGAAGAGCAGGCGUUCAGGUAACCUCUCAGACAUGAGGUGGAAAAGUGAAUGUGACUUUUACAACAAUUAGAUCCUUACCAAUGGAAUACAUUAGAACAUGUGGGUGAGAAGGUUGGAACUUCUGAGCAUCGAGAAAAUAAACUUCUCAGCAGAUAUUGAACUGGUGUGGGCUUUCCUGAUGCCCCUCGCCGCCAAAUACCCCUACUCCAUUUACCUCCAAAGAUAAUAUUGGUGUGAGAGCAGUUAAACAUGACUUCACAUGUAACUUCACGUGUGAUGUGGGUCUCGAUAUGUAACUUCACAUGUAAUGUGUGUCUUUCUAUGUAACUUCAGGUGCAAUGUGUGUCUCUCUAUGUAACUUCACGUGCAAUGUGUGUCUCGAUAUGUAAUUUCACGUGUAAUGUGUGUCUCGAUAUGUAACUUCACAUGGGAUGAGUGUCUCGAUAUGUAACUUCACAUGUGAUGUGUGUGUCUCUAUGUAACUUCACGUGUAAUGUGUGUCUCGAUAUGUAACUUCACGUGGCAAAUAUGUCUCGCUAUGUAAAUUCACGUGUGAUGUGUGUCUCGAUAUGUAACUUCACGUGUGAUGUGUGUCUCGAUAUGUAACUUCACUGUGGCGGAACCAACCUCGCCACUAGCCACUGGAGGAGCCUGGUUGCCCACCUCUUGCCGCUGGACUAUGGCCCUGCAUUAAAAACCUUUUAUUUUCCCUAUGUGAGCAUUGUUACCCCAGAUAGUUAAGCCAUGGAGCCCAUUCAUAUACCGAAAGACUACUACUGCUUGCAGUAGCAUUGGAAAGGGGAAUAUCGCCUAAACUGUUUUUAACCUCUUGUGUUACGGUCCGUUACAAUUGGUGGCAAGUGGCGGGAUCAUUCCCACAGCCCAGAAGGACAGCUACAAGGUAACACCAUUCCCGGAUUUACAAACUGAAGGUAAAGCUAGUAUCCUUACAGUGGCCCUACCUACAAAGGAACUCAGAAAAUGGAGGAGAAGUUUCAAGAUAGAUUGCACUGUUACGUAUCCCUGAGGUCUGGAGCAGUGUCAGAGGAGGACAUGUUGAGGUACAGAGAGAUUGCCAGAGCCGGGUUGUGGGAAGAAGCCCUAGAGAAAGUACAGUAUUCGCGAGGGGAUCGGCGCCGCAGCAGAAGGCAGCGAAUACUGGCUCGAAUGGCAGAGCAGAUGCCCCUCCUGAGAAAACAGACCGAAGAAGCGUGGGUGACUAGACUCGAGAUUCUAGUAUAUGCAGAACUGGCGCUCGACGACACAUACCAGGUGAUACAGUGGUACGCUGCUCAGUGUGUCCCCGAGAUGGCAGAGUAUGAGUUCCCAGAGGGCGGAGAUUACGCUGGCCCUGGCCUAUUUUGGGAUAAUAUUGACGAUGAGGACUUUGGGAAAGCUACCGACUCUCGUUUUUGGGACCUGUGUUACGACCGAGAAGACAUGCUGGGUCUCCCUAGCGCUGUUGAUCUCGAGGUAGCGGACCUCCUAGACUGGUCCUGCGAGGAUCCCCAGCGGCAGUAUUUAUCCCAGGGAGCUGAAGGUGCCAUCCUUCCUCCCCAGCGGCAGUGUGUGUCCUUAGGAGAGGAGACAGUUGGUCCCUCUCCCCAGUGGUCAAGUGAGUCCCAGGGAGCCAAAGGUGCCGUCCUUCCUCCCCAGCGGCAGUGUGUGUCCUUAGGAGAGGAGACAGUGGGUCCCUCUCCCCAGCAGUCCAGUGAGUUCCAGGGAGACAAAGGUGCCGUCCUUCCUCCCCAGCGGCAGUGUGUGUUACAGGGAGCAGAAGGUGUCGUCCUUCCUCCCCAGCGGCAGUGUGUCCUGCUGGGAGCAGAGACAGUCAGUCUCGCUCCCCAGCUGCGGGACAAUAUAUCGAAAGGGAAGACAGUUGUUUCCCCUCUCCACCAGCAGAAAGGGUGUCUGGGAGAGGAGCUUGUUAUCCCCUCUCCCCAGCGGCUGAAAGUAUGUAUGGGAGAGGAGCUUGUUACCCCCUGCCCCCAGCAGCAGCCUAGCCCACCAAGGGGAGAUGAUAAGCCUCACACCGGUGCAGAUGGGACCGUAGUCUCUGUGCCCAAACCACAGAGGGUAGGGACGGUCGGUCCUGUCCCCCAGCAGCAGGGCUGGUUGCCCAAAAGGGAGACAGUCGGUCUCCCCCUACAGCAGCAGCACCAGAUCCAGAGAAGGCAGCCUACUACCCCUUCUCCUCAGCGGGGCUCCAACCAGGCUACUCCCGUAAUAGCGCUGGCACCAGGGUAGAGUACCACUGGUCUCUGCCCACUCAGCAACCCACCGACCUGGAAUAGCAACACCCCACACAGCAGUGGUGAAGCACCUGGACAAAGGCAAGCUACUCAUUUCCCCAGGUGUAGUAACCCUUUAUUGUGGGUGGGCUGUACUGCUGAUUGUGUUCUGAGGUUGGGUUGCUGGACUAACCAGGGCACUGACCGACAGGAGGUCAGAUACCCUGUUAGUCUGAUUGGUAAAGGGGAGAAAUGUGGCGGAACCAACCUCGCCACUAGCCACUGGAGGAGCCUGGUUGCCCACCUCUUGUCGCUGGACUAUGGCCCUGCAUUAAAAACCCUUUAUUUUCCCAAUGUGAGCAGUGUUACCCCAGAUAGUUAAGCCAUGGAGCCCAUUCAUAUACCGAAAGACUUUGGCUCCAUGGCGAUUGAACUGUAUGCCUGUGAUCUGAGCGCCAUCCGGUAAUAAUGUGCGCUCAGAUCUAAGCUAUCUGGGGAUAGGUAGAAUGUGUAUGUUCUAUGUUAAGAAUGUAACAGUAUGUAAUUUUAUGUCUUUUACUGUCUUUUUACUGCCAUGUGGUUAAUGGAGUUUUGCCUCUGUCCUUGGAGAUAAUUGGAUUACUUCCCAAUUAUCUCCAGGACAGAGAGGAGGGAUUGUGAUGCAUUGUGGGAUUGUAAGCUUGUGAUUGGUCAAUGUCCAAUAUGUGUGGCGAAACCGACCUCGCCACGUGUCCUUGGAGGGGGCUGCUUGCCCGCCUCUUGCCUUUGGACUAUGGCCCUGCAGGUUAAACUGUUUAUUUUCCCUGCAGAAAGGCUUAUUCGUGUGAUCUGAGUGCCAUUCAUCUAAUAAUGUGCAGUCAGAUCCAAGCUAUCUGGGGAUAUGUAGAAAUGUGUGUUUUAUGUACUAAAUGUGUCAGUAUGUAAUUUUAUGUCUUUUACUGUCUUUUUGUCUGCCAUGUGGGUAAUGGAGUUUGGCUCUGUCUUUGGAGAUAAUUAGAUUCCUUCUCCAAUUAUCUCCAGGGCAGAAGGGAGGAAGCCAGGAUGCAUUGUGGGGAUGUUUUACUUUUACUGUUUGAGCCAGGGGGAACAAAAGAUACUUUUACUAACUUUUGAACCCCUGGUCUGAUUCAUGCCAUUUUUAAUAUGUUGUUCCCCUGAAUGGAUUGAUUGUGAAUAUGUAUUUUUAUGCGAAUGUGAUGUAUAUUUUGGGAGUUAUGAAUGUUGUGUAAAAACUGUAUUUUCCCUACCUAUGAUAAUUGUAUUUCCCUGUGUGUACAGAUAAUUAGUUUCAGGUAGAGGGGAGGGCUAUGUGUGGGAUGUAACUAUUGUGUGAUUGGUUAAUGUACGUUACUGUGUGUGUCCCUCCCCUUCAUGGGAGCACCUAAUAAAAAGGGCUGCAAGCUAGCAGCCAGAGAGUUCUAUUUUUACCCUCAACUUGAGUCCUGUCUCUUAUUGGGGGAAUCUGCUACAAGGGAUUGCUAUGCUAGGCAUAUUCCCUUGCUAUAAUCACUGAGCUCUUGUAAGAGCUUGUUCCUGCUUCGUUCUGAAGGGAGAUAGCUGCAGCCUGCGGUGCUUAUGGUGUCUGGUGGAGUGCUUGGAGUCCUCUGGAAGCGCUAGGAGCAUCUUUCAACGGAGGUACCCAGUCGGGGUGCCAGGUGAUCCGUUACAUUGGUGGCAAGCGGCGGGAUGGCAUCCUAGUGCGAGGAGAAGCAGCUCGGAGACACCGGUAACGUGUGGAGUUGUGCAGCGUCCUUAUCUUCAGCAACAUAAUGGAACCAGCAGUGGCUACAGCAAGCAUGGCAUAUAGCUACUCCGUACUAGAGUUUGGCACGAUGGUAGGGUUGCACCUGAAGUUUUACGGACCCAAUCCAGAGGAGAAAUACGUGCGGUUCGUGUGGGACAUGGUGACCCGGAACCUACAACACAGGGCGUUGAGGGAAGGCCAGUGGGCACGUUGGGAGAAACUCCAGCCACAGGUAGAGUGGGACGAGGAAGAAACCGAGGUGGCCGGUGGAGAUGGGACCGAGGUCUCUCUACCGGCCCUACAGGGAUGCUGGGCACCCGGCCCAGAUCCCCAGCGGCAGUAGGUUUUACAGGGAGGGGAGACAGUCGGUCUCACUCCCCAGCGGCAGAAUGUGUUAUUGGAGGAAGAGACAACCGGUCUCCCUCCCCAACAGCAACCAGAGGUACCCGAGGUAGAGGACCUCAUAGAGUGGUCCUGGGAGGACCCCCUACAGGCAGGUGGAGAUGGGACCGAGAUCUCUCCACCGGCCCUACAGGGAUGCUGGGCAACCGGCCCAGAUCCCCAACUAGAGCUGGAGUUACAGAAAGUGGAGAGCAUUGACCUCCACCCCCAGCAGCAGCCGGAGUACCAGGGGGAGGUAAGUGAUAUUUCUCCUCCCCAGCCAACUCCUUUGUUCCCUGACCCCCCAGCAGAAGAGCUGGCAACUGGGCAGAGCGCCGCUGGCCUCUGUCCUCCUUUGUUUCCUUCCCCUGAGCCUGACUUUCUACAGGCUGCCCCAGCGGAAGGUGCCGUCCUUCCUCCCCAGCGGCAGUGCGUACCCCAGGGAGCUGAUGGUGUCGUCCGCCCUCCCCAGCAGCAGUGUGUAACCCAGGGAGCCGAAGGUGUCGUCCUUCCUCCCCAGCGGCAGUGUGUACCCCAGGGAGCUGAGGGUGCAAUCCUUCCUCUCCAGCGACAGUGUGUACCCCAGGGAGCUGAAGGUGUCGUCCUUCCUCCCCAGCGGCAGUGUGUCCUGCAGGGAGCAGAGACUGUCAGUCUCACACCCCAGCAGCAGGACAAAAUAAUGAAAGGGGAGACAGCUGGUCCGCCUCUCCACCAGCAGAGAGAGUGUCAGGGAGAGGAGCCUGUUAACCCCUCUCCCCAGCGGCAGUUGACAGUCCAGAGAGAGGAGCUUGUUACACCCUCUCUCCAGCGGCAGCCUAACCCACCAAGGGGAGAUGUUGAGCCCCGCAACUGUGCAGAUGGGACCGUAGUCUCUGUGCUUACAGCCCAAGGGGUAGAGACGGUCGGUCCUGUUCCCCAGCCCCAGAGCUGUGUACCCAGAGGGGAGACGGUCGGUCUCCCCCUCCCACAACCAGGCUCCAAUCAGGCUACUUCGGUGGUAGCGCUGGCACCAGGGCAGAGUACCGCUGGUCUCUGCCCACUCAGCAACCCACCAAGGCAGUCUACCAGCUCCCCACACAGCCGUGGUGAGGCACCUGGACAUGGACAAGUUGCUACUUUAUCCAGGUGGAGUAAACAUUUAUUGUGGGUGGGCUGUACUGCUGUUUGUGCUUCGUGGGUGGGUUGCUGGACUAACCAGGGCACUGACCGGCAGGAGGUCAGAUACCCUGUUAGUCUGGGGGGCAAAGGGGAGAAGUGUGGCAAAACCGACCUCGCCACGUGUCCUUGGAGGGGGCUGCUUGCCCGCCUCUUGCCUUUGGACUAUGGCCCUGCAGGUUAAACUGUUUAUUUUCCCUGCAGAAAGGCUUAUUCGUGUGAUCUGAGUGCCAUUCAUCUAAUAAUGUGCAGUCAGAUCCAAGCUAUCUGGGGAUAUGUAGAAAUGUGUGUUUUAUGUACUAAAUGUGUCAGUAUGUAAUUUUAUGUCUUUUACUGUCUUUUUGUCUGCCAUGUGGGUAAUGGAGUUUGGCUCUGUCUUUGGAGAUAAUUAGAUUCCUUCUCCAAUUAUCUCCAGGGCAGAAGGGAGGAAGCCAGGAUGCAUUGUGGGGAUGUUUUACUUUUACUGUUUGAGCCAGGGGGAACAAAAGAUACUUUUACUAACUUUUGAACCCCUGGUCUGAUUCAUGCCAUUUUUUAAUAUGUUGUUCCCCUGAAUGGAUUGAUUGUGAAUAUGUAUUUUUAUGCGAAUGUGAUGUAUAUUUUGGGAGUUAUGAAUGUUGUGUAAAAACUGUAUUUUCCCUACCUAUGAUAAUUGUAUUUUCCUGUGUGUACAGAUAAUUAGUUUACAGGUAGAGGGGAGGGCUAUGUGUGGGAUGUAACUAUUGUGUGAUUGGUUAAUGUACGUUACUGUGUGUGUCCCUCCCCUUCAUGGGAGCACCUAAUAAAAAGGGCUGCAAGCUAGCAGCCAGAGAGUUCUAUUUUUACCCUCAACUUGAGUCCUGUCUCUUAUUGGGGGAAUCUGCUACAAGGGAUUGCUAUGCUAGGCAUAUUCCCUUGCUAUAAUCACUGAGCUCUUGUAAGAGAUUGUUCCUGCUUCGUUCUGAAGGGAGAUAGCUGCAGCCUGCGGUGCUUAUGGUGUCUGGUGGAGUGCUUGGAGUCCUCUGGAAGCGCUAGGAGCAUCUUUCAACGGAGGUACCCAGUCGGGGUGCCAGGUGAUCCGUUACAAUAUGUUUCCCAGUUUCCCAUCUGGUCCCCUAGGGGAGUGUCCACCAGGUGGGAGACCUGCAUAAAAGCCGGGCAGUUAGCCCCAGUAAACCAGGUUCUACUUGACCUCAAACUGAAGUGUUGUCUCGUUAUUGGGGGAAUUGGAUUGUAUGCUGAUUGCCAGGAGUGUUCAGCUGUUUCCAGUGUUCGUGUGUUUCCUGUUCGGGAGUUGGAGGAUUCGUGUAGUUUGCAGUUCGGGAAAUUGGUGCUUGCAGUAGCUGCCUGUGCAUUGGAAAGGGAAAUAUCGGCUAAACGGUUUUUAACCUCUUGUGUGCAAAACGGUCCGUUACAUUCACGUGUGAUGUGUGUCUCGAUGUGUAACUUCACGUGUGAUGUGUGUUUCGAUGCGUAACUUCACAUGUGAUGUGUGUCUCGAUACGUAACUUCACGCGUAGUGUGUGUCUCGAUAUGUAACUUCACGCGUAAUGUGUGUCUCGAUAUGUAACUUCACGUGUAAUGUGUGUCUCGAUAUGUAACUUCACGCGUAAUGUGUGUCUCGAUAUGUAACCACGCAUAAUGUGUGUCUCGAUAUGUAACUUCACGUGUCGUGUGUCUCUAUGUAACUUCACGUGUAAUGUGUGUCUCUCUAUGUAACUUCACGUGUGAUGUGUUUCUCGAUAUGUAACUUCAAGUGUAAUGUGUGUCUCUCUAUGUAACUUCACGUGUAAUGUGUGUCUCGAUAUGUAACUUCACGUGUAAUGUGUGUCUUGAUAUGUAACUUCACGUGUAAUGUGUGUCUCGAUAUGUAACUUCACAUGUAAUGUGUGUCUCUAUGUAACUUCACAUGUAAUGUGUGUCUCGAUAUAUAACUUCACGUGUAAUGUGUCUCUCGAUAUAUAACUUCACGUGUAAUGUGUGUCUUGAUAUGUAACUUCACAUGUAAUGUGUGUCUCUCUAUGUAACUUCACGUGUAAUGUGUGUCUCAAUAUGUAACUUCACAUGUAAUGUGUGUAUUUUUAUGUAACUUCACGUGUGAUGUGUGUCUUUCUAUGUAACUUCACGUGUGAGGUGUGUCUUGAUAUGUAACUUCACGUGUGAGGUGUGACUCAAUAUGUAACUUCACUUGUAAAGUGUGUCUCUAUAUGUAACUUAACGUGUGAUGUGUAUCUAUAUGUUACUUAACGUGUGAUGUGUGUCUAUAUGAUACAUUACGUGUAAUGCGUGUCUCUAUAUAUAACUUCACGUGUGAUGUGUCUAUAUAUGUUACAUUACAUGUAAUGUGUGUUUCUACAUGUUAUAUUACGUGUAAUGUGUGUCUGUAUGUUACAUUAAGUGUAAUGUGUGUCUGUAUGUUACAUUACGUGUAAUGUGUGUCUGUAUGUUACAUGACGUGUAAUGUGUGUCUAUGUUACAUUACGUGUAAUGUGUGUCUGUAUGUUAUAUUACGUGUACUGUAUGUUUAAUAAUUAUUUGAAAGAUUUCUACCAAACACUAUAAUUUUAUUUCAAAGAUGGCGUUCUCGAGGCCACACUUUUGAAAAACCACAUUAAUUUAUCCUCACUGUACGGACAGCAUAAAAGCAUUAAGUAAAGUGUGUGCAUCCAUGCAGCAAAUAGAGCAACACGUAAAAUAAAGAUGUUAAAGUGCUUCCAGAGUAAUGGUAAUGGGUAACAGCUGAUUCAUAGAGCGAUCUUAGCCAUUCAUAAUGCUAGGUAACAUUUUGAUACUACCAACACCUAAUGACAAUAGUGUGCUUGUCUUGUGCUGUGUUGGGUAUCAGCAUGUGUAGUAACUAUCAUUUGCUCUGCUGACUGCUGCCAUUUAUUAAUUUCUUCAGCACACUGUAGUGGUCAUGGUGCACGUCAUGGUGCUAAUAAUUCUCUGGCGUCCGCUCCCACUGCGAGUAAUGAAACCAUUAUAACAUGACUUCUUACCUGGAGUCCACUGGGUGCUGAUUCCUGUCUACACUACUUCUAGCAGAGACCCGGGAGCUUAUCUGCAGUGCAGGGCUUCGCUCACUGGCUGAGCGUGAUCAGCUGACUACUCUCCAUUGGCAGUAGUGGAGCUGAGGACCUUAGAUAAGAAGCCAACUACACUGGUUUUGGAGCUUGACAUGUCCCUUUAAAAAUUGUAAUCCAUAAUUAUGGCUGUUUAUUCUAUGUUCAAGCUUGUCCUAGGGCAGGGAUGUCGAAUGCCUUUUAUUUCUCUCUGCAGUAUAACAAGUACAUUCUUCUCUGUAUUUUUUGGAUGUCAUUUUUAGUGAUUUACUGUCAGUGAGGUAAGUGAUUCAUUCAGUUCAUUCACAUAGUUACUGAUAUCCUGUUCUGCAAUAGGAGCAAGGGACGAACGCAGGUACAAGAGCGACGAUUGACAAAGCAUGAGAGGGACCUUUCACCGGUGACAUGCAGCCCCCCUGAGACAGUACAGGAGUGCAGUUGCUGUCCGAUCUGCGGAGGUGAGAAGGUGUCUAGACUCUGCGUGCAGCUUGGUUUGGAUACAAUAAAAUGACCACUUACCAUUUUAGGAAAACCUUCCUCCCAUUAUCCGUGAAUUAAAAUGCCCUAAAAUCCUUUAGUAGCAUGUGCAAUGCUAAUCCUCAUUAAAUGACACCCAUUAUAAGUAGGACUGCUGCAUGGGUUUGGCAAAAAUAUACAACUGAAUGCACAGAGCUCCAAACAUGGCAGCAGUUCUGGCCUUUGUUUAAUGCCAUUUCCUUUCUUCCCUUUCUCAGGGUUUUUUCGUGUAGACUAUCUCCCAACUCAUGCCUCGAUGUGUGGAGAGGUUCCUCAGCCAAGCAACAGUUACCUGUCCUCGUCUGAAGAUGACUCCUGGACUGACCACGUGGACUUGAUUUUACCUGAACAGACUGUGUCAUGGGUUUCCUGUCCCUUGUGUGGCUUACGCUUUGGAAGCGUAGAGAUUGAGCGCCAUGCCAGCACGUGUGGGGAAUGAGAGGCUAUGCUUUGAAUUGGGACUAGGCCGAUGUGAACUUUUAUAGAAGUCUAUACUCUGUGCAGAAAUGGCUGAAAUUUGAUCUUCUUAGCAGCUGCGCUUCUUUUUUUAUAGACUGUUGAUACAGACUCCUAAAAUGAAUCAGAAACUCUUAAUUGUUAAGAAGUAGCACUUCCUCUUUUUAUUAUCCAUGACUUUUUAUAAACUGCACAGUCAGAACUAUAAAUAACAAAUGAAAAACAGUUACUGCUGUUACAACAGGAAAAAAAACAUUUUAAAAACGAAGAGUUGUUUUAGUUUUUUUACAGUGAAUUACGUCUAAAUGAGAAUCCAAAUAGCUUUUUUGAAUUCUUCCAGAGAUGUAGGACCAAUCAAUGUUCUUCCUUUUAGAGAUUGAGAUGAUUGCGUGUAAAUAUUAUAGAUGUUAUAUAAAACUCUAUAUGAAACCUGUAACCAAUUACGGCCCAGUUUUCAGCUCAUAUCUCUCCUUCAAAACCUUCCAGCAACAGCCAUUAUCUUCCAAAAGCCAGGGGUUUCUAAUCAGGGUGAAUAAAAAUCUAUUAAUUAAAAAACAAAAAAAUUUAAAACUGAUUUUGUAAUUUUAAAUAUUAUUUUCGAUCAGUCAGAAGCUGUCUCCAAAGAGCACAGGUCUAAAGGCCCAGCUGAGAAUCAACUUUUAUUUGUCCUAGAGCCAUCCUACCCUAUCUGCGUGAUUCAUUUAACAGGGAAAUUGUAAUGUAAAACUUGUGAAAGUAAAGUUGGCUGCUGACUAGAAAAUAGCGAUGGUAGAUCUUUAAUCAAGGAGAAAAUAGUAAAAUAGUGGAGAGUAAAAAUUGGAAACGCAGUGUCCAAGGAGCUCUACCACUUGCUAUUGUGGCUGCUAUUGCAUUAGAUUUAAAUUGUUACAAUUGUUCUGUACAAACCCAGGUGAGAUUGCGAAGGCAUUGACUGGUGUAAGGAAGUCUAAUGGGGCCAUUCCGAAAUCAAUAAGUGACUCCUCGGGAAUUCCUGGUGGGGAUAGAAUGGAUGCGCUGACACUCACGCCAGAAUCAGAGGGCAAACCAGGCAGCCUUUUAUCACAUUUAUGUGCGACUACGUGUUUCAGCUUCACCUCCCUAUAUCACCAGAUCUCACAAUAACCUUAGUCUUAACCCUUAUGUGUCAGUCACCGGAAAUAGUCUAUGCACCAUCAAAUAGCACUUUAAAAAUACACUGUACCUUGUGUUGAACUAUAUUGGACUCUUUCCGGCAGUUUGUUUUCUAACUAACCUUUCUGUUUCCUGGGGCAUGUUGGGGACAUGACAUGAAAGCAAUGUCUUAUUCCCAGCACAGUGGAGCCUUCUUUUGUCAAUAACUCAUACUGAGGAGUGAAAUUUCUGAUGCAAUUCCAAAUUGGCUGCCUCCAUCGGCUCUUCAAAUUGUAAUUAUAGCCACAUCUAAUUUAGCUUGGUAAAAUGUUGUGUGGAGUGAUAAAGCCAGGGAAGAGUCGAGCCAUUUGUAAUAGGUUUGACCGUUUACACUGGGAUGGCGCCGGGGUAAUCCUGGCACCACAACCACUACAGUUCACUGCAGAGACUAUGAUGAUUGGACUAACCCUUUAAAGUGCUGUGUGCAUAUUUUAUCUAUUUAUUAGAUGAUUGUAUUUCAAUAGGUCACUGCGGUAAUUUUCCAAUUACGAAUAAAGACCGCGAAUGCAAUGUGUAAAUACAUAACAUGCUAUACCAUAACAUGUAAAUACAUAACAUGAUAAAUGGGUGGAUCUCACAGCGAUGGCUGCCAUGUAAUGUCCAUUUCUAUGAUGUUUCAGAUUUCACUUACUUCUGAUGUUAGUGGAAGGGGACCUCAGACUCUUUUUUUUAUCUAGUAACUUGUCCAAGGUGUGUUUUUUUAGUGCAGACAGAUGGACAUCUAAUUAGGUUUAAAGCUGAAAGUGUAAAGCAAAUCAGAACGAUGAGAGGAAUAUCAUUAUUUCCUGUAAAACAUAAGUGUUACAGAAAAAAAGCAGCAGGAGGUAAACAGAUUUAAUUUGCCUGCCAGUCAAUUCCUUGGAGGAUGUAACUGAAAACAUAUUCAUUUCUUUCCAUAAUGAUCUACACUAACCGCUGGCUCCCCUGAGAAGGCCAUGCUGCGGUGACAAGCAGGGAAGGUGACAGACGCUAAUAGAAUAUUCCACUAGGCAUAGCCAGCUCUGUGCUGCUCAAACUUUACAUUUACACAGUGGAUUGCUCAGCGGGCACAUUGGGUGUAUCGCUGUGCAUUGCCCAUGAGAUGAAACAAGAGAAGCCGGAGGAGAAUCUAUACAUCUCUAGUCCUAAGAGGUGAUCGGAACCAUGGAACAUUUAACGGUACGUGUGAUUGAGUCAUCGCCCUUCUAAAGAAACCACUGCAUUAUAAAGCCGGCAAACCACUGCCAUUAAGUGUCUUAUUUCGGGUUAUCAUAAUGUAAAAUCUACUCAGUCAAGUGCUUUUUUUCCCCUUUUUGGACCGCAGAAUUCUUCACUGUUUGAUUAAUAUGGGAGAAUUCGUAUUUUAUGAAUAUUUUUCACAUUGUAGGAAAAAAACAAGGAAAAGUGUGUAUUGCAUUUUAUCAGCACUAAUUGGUGGUUUUAUGUAAAGUUUUAAUCCAGCUGGAUGUUUUUGAUACUUUGAGUUGGAGUGAAUUGAAAAACAAACUGCAAAUUACCCUACAUUAAAACUGCUCCGCUAUAAUAGCUGGAAACUUGCAGUUUAAUUUUCGGGUUAUUCCAAUUUGGUGUUAAGGGGUAAUUCCUGCUGUAUUCCAGGGGAAGAAGAAACAUAGAAUGUGACGGCAGAUAAGAACCAUUCGGCCCAUCUAGUCUGCCCAAUUUUCUAAAUACUUUCAUUAGUCCCUAGCCUUAUCUUAUAGUUAGGAUAGCCUUAUGCCUAUCCCACGCAUGCUUAAACUCCUUUACUGUGUUAACCUCUACCACUUCAGCUGGAAGGCUAUUCCAUGCAUCCACUACCCUCUCAGUAAAGUAAUACUUCCUGAUAUUAUUUUUAAACCUUUGCCCCUCUAAUUUAAGACUAUGUCCUCUUGUGGUAGUUUUUCUUCUUUUAAAUAUAGUCUCCUCCUUAACUGUGUUGAUUCCCUUUAUAUAUUUAAAUGUUUCUAUCAUAUCCCCCCUGUCUCGUCUUUCCUCCAAGCUAUACAUGUUAAGAUCCUUUAAUCUUUCCUGGUAAGUUUUAUCCCGCAAUCCAUGAACCAGUUUAGUAGCCCUUCUCUGAACCCUCUCUAAGGUAUCAAUAUCCUUCUGGAGAUACGGUCUCCUGUACUGUGUACAAUACUCCAAGUGAGGUCUCACCAGUGUUCUGUACAAUGGCAUGAGCACUCUACCGACCCAGUAAGACAGGAAAGAGGGUGAUGGUUUAUUUUCUCUCUCCUUCCUGCAGACCCCUAUGUUAUUAGAAGCUGUUUAUCGAACUGUCAGAACAAAAGAUUAUGUCUCAUGUCCUGGGAUUUUAACCUCAAAUGUGUACCAGCAGGUUCUGGGAAUCCAAAAUAGUCUGUGUAAUGGAUCCCCUAUACUCCGACUGAGUAUAUCCAUUGAAGAGUCUCCCAGGUCCCGAAGUGAAGUAGUGAUUAUAACUCUGAGCUACUCAAACAUCAGCCAAGACUUGACGAGGGUACAAAUGAUUUAUUAUAGCCAAGUUGCCUGCUUAUAUACACAGCCCCCAGCAGGGGGUCUCCAUUCAAUACAAGACAAGCCCCUUCCAGAGAUCUCUGUGCCUGGGAGAUAAUUGCACUAAAGACCGGUAAGCUAAUUAUCUCCCAAGAACAAAGUCAUUCAAAACCUCGGACCAAGUUGUCCCGAAAUUAGUUCCUCAACAUUCCACACAAGCACCGCUGGGGUGAUCGGGGAACAAUGAACUCCUCAUGGCGAAAUUAGUUCCAUAGCGGUCGCGGCUAAGCACCUCUGAGGACAAUACGUGAGUUUCUAUAUGCGAACGGCCGCCAGGGAGCAGGCGUUCAGUUCAAUUCCAGAGAAGGGAAAGUGCCGAACCAGGGGCACCGGGGGAAAGUUGCUAAUGGUGCGGCUCAGGAGGUUAACUUCCGAACGGGAUCUCCAACCUGGACUAUAGUAGGUGGGCAGGAGGCCAGCUUCCACACUCCUCCAGGAGUUCGUGGCAAACGUCCAUGGUAAAUAGUGUUUGUCACUGUGGUGGACCAAACCUCGCCACGUGUUCUUGGACGGGGCUGCUUGCCCACCUCCUACCUUCUGACUAUGGCCCUGGGAUAUAUGGCAUUUGAAAACACUAUUUGUGCCCUGUGACAAAACUGGAGAUUGUGCACAAAUCUGACUAUUGUCCAUAUUUUUGGUGAUUCCCUUCGUUUGUUGCACUGUUCCCCAUGUGUUUCAUCUGUUGGUUCGGCUGGAUAGACUACAAGACUGUGGAGUUACUGGGUUGCCACCAUUUCAUGUAUCAGAGGCACAUGGUGAGAACAAUGGAUGGCGGCCAUUUUAACUCACAGACACUGUUUUGACUUUUCUACACGGUGCCAUCUCGCCGGUAUUUGGUGCACAAAGACAUCAUUCAGUAGUUUUAAACUAUAGAACAGGGGACACAUUAUACAGUAAUUAUUUUUCAUAUAGCCUGUAUAUGUUCUGCGGAAUCUGCAUUAAACUGUGGUUCACCCAGAUCCCCCGGUUCCGAUGAAAUAUUUAUGGGGUUAUUGCAUGUUUUGGGGUUCCUGUGAUAUGUUUUAUAAUACUGUAUUUUCCUGCCUGUGAUAAUUAAGUUAGUCUAUUGUGUUGAGAUAAUUGUAUCACAGACAGAGGGGAGGAUUUCUGAUGUAAUGAAUGGGAGUGUUAGCUGUGUUGUAAUGAAUGUGUUGAUUGCAGGGCUGGACUGGGGAUACAAAGCAGCCCUGGAAAAAAAAAAUUGUGCCAGCCCCAUAAGUCAUUGUUGCAUGUAAUAUAUAAGGCUAUGUCUUGCCAUGACAGAUGAUUGAGUAAUAUAUAUAUAUUGCUUUUUCUAAUAUAAAAUAUUGGUCCUUUCAGGGUAAAACGUUUAAUUAUACAGUAAGCAUACUCACAUGCAGACACAGGCAAUUUCACUGACAUCUCAAUGACACACACCAGCUCAUUGAUACACAGCCUCAUAGACAAACAAACAAUCUCGUAUAUACAUCAUCUCAUUGACAUAAAAACACAAGCUCACUCACUAGCAGGCACACGCAUGCAAGCAAGCAAGCUCACUAGCAGAUGCACACACACAGCUUAAUGUAGUGGUACUGGUGUCUAUAGCAUGUCCCUACAGGCUUUUCAACGUAAACACUGACUUUUCAGAGAAAAGGCAGUGUUUACAUUGCUUUAAAGUGACACUGCUAGUGACAGUCACUCAGACGGUCACUAGAGGUGCUUCCUGUGUCAGUUCAUCUACAUUCAGGGCCUCCACACUCUGUAGGUGCUGAACGUUCCCCAUAGAGAUACAUUGAUUCAAUGCAUCGCUAUGAGGAGAUGCUGAUUGGAGUGGCGUUUUGCAGCCAAUCCUAUGGCAAAGCAGGGCCAGUCGAGAGGAGACCAGCACGCUGCGUGGGGAAAAAAAAGGUGCGCAAAAACACUAUUUUUAAACACACAUAUACCAUGACAGAUACACACCCCAUGACAGAGACACACACACCAUGACAGACCAUGACACAGACAGACCCACACACACCAUGACAGACACACACACCCCAUGACGGGCAGACACACACCCCAUAAUGGACAGAGAGAGACACACCCCAUGACGCAGACACACACCAUGACGGACAGACAGACAGACACACACCAUGACGGACAGACAGACAGACACACACACACCAUGACAGACAGACACACACACACCAUACAGACAGACACCAUGACACAGACAGGCACACACACACCAUGACACAGACAGACAGACACACACACCAUGACAGACAGACACACCAUGACGGACAGACAGACACACACCAUACAGACAGACACCAUGACACAGACAGACACACACCAUAACAGACAGACAAACUCACACUGACACACAUUACUAAUACCUGCCAGGGGGAGGUCUUCUAGCGGCCGAUGGGGGAGGUCUGCUGGCGGCCGCUGGGGGAGUUGCACUGGCUCUGCUCUCCCGCCCUCGCGCGCUGCUGUAUGAGAUGAUGUCAUAUUCCGGCCCCGGUCUCAUUCAGCUGAGCGCUGGGGAGCAGAGCCAGCGCAGCUCCCCCAGCGGCCGCCAGCAGACCUCCCCCAGCGGCUGCCAGCAGACCCAGGUGCCUGCCCGGCCCCAGGUGCCAACGUGCCAGCGGGAAAUUUCCCGGUAUCCCCGUGGGUCAGUCCGGCCCUGGUUGAUUGGUUGUUCUUCAGAACCCUGUGGGCAGUACUAUGUUUGUAGAAUGUGAAUAAGAGAGGCUGUAUGUGCCAGCACAGUCAGUUCUACUUCACCCUCAAUUUGGAGUGCCGUCUCUUAUUGGGGAAAUCUGCUACAAGGGAUUGCUAUGCUAGUCAUACUCUCUUGCUAAAUCACUACUACGCUCUUGUAAGAGCUUGUUCCUGCCUUGCUCUCUGAAGGAGUCUACAGUGGUUAUGGUGUCUGCUGCAGUGCUUGGAGUCCUCAGGAAGCGCUAGGAGCAUCCUUCAACGGAGGUGCCCAGUCGGGGUGCCCGUCGAUCCGUUACAGUCACAGUCUGAAUGGUGGACACUUUUUUACAUUUAUUGUUUACAUUUAUUUAUUUAAGGUUUUUGUGCACUUGUAUAAUGGGGGAAAAAAAUCCAAUACUUUUCCGUACUAGGGGAUUAAAGAGUUUAAAUUCUGUACCAUACAGGGUAUUCCUUUAAUAUUGUGAGUAUGAGUUAAUGCUCAGGCACACCCCCACUCCAAGAGUGAGUUUAGGUCCAGUCUCUGACCUACUUCUAAUCCUGAGUGUCAGUAUGGACCCAGGGUGAAAUGCACAUUUUUCCAAAAUGUGAUUAUGGGGAAAAAAAACAAGAAACAUUGUCCCUCCUGGAUUAGAGUGGAAAGUAUUGUGAAGUCUUGUAUGAUAGAGGUUAUCCAUAAGUAUGUGGUUAUAAAUAAAAGGAAAUUUGUAACCAGGACAAAACAAUGUAUUGUGAGUUGAAUUUGUAUUAGACUCCAUUAAAAUACACUCUUGCAAACCCCAGGAAAAAAUAAGAAUUAAAAAAAAAAUGUCUACAUGUAUUCAAUAGUCAGAUAUCUAAAGAGCUAUAGCAUGAAUCACUCUAAAUAAGUUACGAGAGGCGGAUGUAACCUGCUGGGACACAGUAUGUGGAAUACAAAUGUAACCAUUAUGAUGCAACCUACGCUUACAACACUGUAAUCCACCAACAAACACUCUGAAACAUCCAACAGGAAAUAACAAACUGUGUCAAUGCAAACACGUAAAAUCUGUCUGGUAGAUAUCGACUUCAAAAUACAAUAAAUCAGCCCGAGGCUGCACGUAAAACAAAUCAAAUAGGUAAGUAUUGUAGGGGCAUCCUACCCCUUAUAUGAAGCAGCCCUGGUAUAUGAGCAGUGCUCUGCCUUUAAGUAUGAAAUAUCCUGGAGGCCUGCUGCAGUAUACAGCUCAAAGCAUAAGCAUGGAUAUUACCCAUCAACAAGACAUGAAUCUGAAACAUCCUCAGAGGAAGAACCUUACUCCAGAGAAUGAUGCUGUAGCGGAACCAACCUCGCCACUGUCCACUGGAGAGGCCUGGUUGCCCGCCUGCUCCCUUUAGACUAUGGUCCUGCAUUUUAAACUUUUAUUUUACCUGCAGAAAGGUUUAUUCGUGCCUUUCUGCGGACUGUUAAAGCCGUGCUACCCUAGAUAGCUAUGCCAUGGAGCCCAACCGUAUACUGAAAGACUGUAUGAAAGACUUUGGCUCCAUGGCGAUUGAACUGUAUGUAUGUGAUCUGAGCGCCAUCCGGUAAUAAUGUGCGCUCAGAUCUAAGCUAUCUGGGGAAAGGUAGAAUGUGUAUGUUCUAUGUGAUAAAUGUAACAGUAUGUAUUUUUAUGUCUUUUAUUGUCCUUUGUCUGCCAUGUGGCUAAUGGAAUUUUGCCUCUGUCCUUGGAGAUAAUUGGAUUACUUCCCAAUUAUCUCCAGGAUAGAAGACUCUGUGGAACUGGUUUUGGGCAGAAAAGCCAUGCUUCAUUUGGUCAAAUAGGACUUUCCCUUAACUUUUUAACCCCUGGAUGGAAUUGGCUGAAUUUUGGUUAUGUUUAUAUUUAAAGUAUGCUGAUUCUGAAUAUGUAUGUUUUAUGUGAAUAUGAUGCAUAUUUUUAAAGUUACAGUGUAUGUAUCAAAAGUGUAUUUUUCCUGCCUGUGAUAAAUUACAUUAACCCAUUGUGUUCAGUAAUUAUAUCACAGGCAGAGGGGAGGGAUGUAUGUUUGUGCUGGGUGUGUUUUACGGUUCUCCUGUAAAUGAUUGGUUGUACUGUGUCCCACCCUGUGGGAUGUCCCCUUGCAUGGGGACUUGCAUAAAAGCCAGUGUGUGGCCAUUACAGUGGAGUUCCUGCUUAACCCUCAAAGUGAAGUGUCGUCUCAUUAUUGGGGGAAGAUUUACUGUAUGCUGUUCCAGUUUGACUGCUAGGAGUGUAAACCUUUCGUAUGGUUUUUCCUGUUCAGCUGUUUCCAGUAUUUGUGAGUUUCCUGUUCGGGAGUUGGAGAAUUCGUCUAGUUUGCAGUUCGGGAGAUUGGGGAUUUCAGUAGCUGUCUGUGCAUCUGAAAGGGGAAUAUCGCCUAACGGGUUUUAACCUCUUGUGGGCAAAACGGUCCGUUACAGAUGUCAUCCCUUUACCCCGCCCCCAAGGGAGUGUCACCCUCAGACCUUAGUGAUAGAUAGUGUCCACUCAUGAACCCUCUCAUAUAGACUUUCUGUUUAAAGAGAAACUGUCACUUCUCUGGAAUUUAUACCAUUGCAUAAAACAUUGAAAUUCUUAUUCAUUAGAAUGUCAGUUUUUUUAUUUAGAUAUCAAAUAUUUUACAAAUGGCAAGAUAAUCCAAACAAUAAAGGGUUAUUUACUAAACCACGAAUGUUGUCAGGAUGGACAGAAUCCGGUGAAAAUGACUGAAUUCUGACUGCAAUGACAAUUCUCAUAUUAACUAAAGCCAAAAACGGUGGGAAUUCUGUCAGGCCAAGCGAAUCAGCAAUCAUUACCCAGAUGCAAUCAGUGUCUGGAUUAAAAUCAUUUAAUGGUCAUUUUCAUUGAAUGGUCAUUUUCAGUAACGCUGCCAGCAGACAAUCAGUUAAAAACCUUUGUGUGCAUUAGAGUUAAUUAUCUGAUGACUUGCCAGUGCUUGCUAGCCAGCCACCACAUAAAUAAAAUACAUUUCAAAAACUCCAAAUGGGGGCCAAUAAGACCUCCAUGUUCCUUUAUGUGAGGUUUAAAACACCCCCUAUGCUUCGCCAUUCAGCAGCUGGGGGCAUACCUACUAACUGUCUAAAAUUAGCGACUGAGGCCAUUGCUGCCUCAUGAUAAUGGCUGGGUCUGUUAAAUAACAGGGAUCUGGUGGGGGACUUUAAAAUAAAUAAUGGGGGUGGGGGGUGAACAGAACACUGUCCACCUCAUUGUCCACAUAUGUGGCCAUCAGUUUGGGGAUAUUUAAUAGAAGGUAAUAGAGGCAUCCUAAUGUCUACCCCAUUCUUACUCUUAGUCAUCUAGCUAGUGCCCCCAUCUACCAGAGGGCUAUUAUAACAUAACAGGGGGAAACAAGAGUCCCCUUUGUCCCCCAUGUAUUGGCAAAGGUUGGGUGCCCUAAUAAUGAUAUCCAGGGGGAGGACCUAGUGUCCUCCCACUGGUCUGUCACCCAUUGGCGGUGGACGAAGGCCCUAAUUAUAAUCCCCACUAGUUCUCCCCCAUGGCCAGUGGUUGUUGCCCUAAUUAUAAUAUUCAGGGGGAGGACUUAGUGUCCAGUCCACACCCACUGAUGGUGGGUGGGAGCUCUAAAUGAUUAAACAUGCCAUUGUCCCAGUUAAAAAAUGUAUACAUGCCAUCUGAAGUCUUCUUGGGGAGGGGGGUGGUAUGACAUGCCGUCACUGAGUACAAUGCCCCCACAUGUAUCCACUCGAUUUUCUGCUUAUUGUUUUCAGGUCAUCCUGAUGGGGAUCUCCCUAUCUCCCUUGUUCACAAAUCAGUUUAGGCUUGAUUGGAAGGUUGUGCUUGUCCCAUUCUAAAUAUAAUAAAAAUUAGGCUUAAUUAUUAAUCUGUGGAUAAGUAGUAAUGUUUCUUGUGGAUAUGAUACUGGAACACAAGGGUUUGUUUUCUUGAGAGCUAAUGAUCAUUAACAUAUCAAAGAAAUUAACUCAUCAAUUGGCUGUUACAGGCCAUAUGGUUGAAGUCAGUUAACGUUGGAACUAGACAUACAGGCAUCUCAAGUGUAGAAUUUCACACCUUGCAGAGCCAAAAGAUCAAUCCAUAUGGUAAACCAUCUGACCCAUUUCACAUUCCUAUGCAAUUUAGAAACAUAGAAUGUGACGGCAGAUAAGAACCAUUCGGCCCAUCUAGUCUGCCCAAUUUUCUAAAUACUUUCAUUAGUCCCUGGCAUUAUCUUAUAGUUAGGAUAGCCUUAUGCCUAUCUCACACAUGCUUAAACUCCUUUACUGUGUUAACCUCUACCACUUCAGCUGGAAGGCUAUUCCAUGCAUCCACUACCCUCUCAGUAAAGUAAUACUUCCUGAUAUUUUUAAACCUUUGUCCCUCUAAUUUAAGACUAUGUCCUCUUGUUGUGGAAGUUUUUCUUCUUUUUAAAUAUAAAAACAUUUACAUUACCCCUUCUGUCAUCUGACCUCUACCAAGUGGCCAAUUCAUAUAUGCACCACAUAAAUUACAUUAAAUGGCAAUAUUCUAUAACGCAACAAUGAAUUGUGUACCCUUGCUGUCACACCUCCCCCAGAUCCCAGCUAUUCGGUGAUGUAAAUUUCAUGGGGCUCUGAAAUAUUAAAAUGUGUUUGUGGGGUGUUUUAAAAUUGUAUGGGUUUUUUUGUGCCUGGGAGAUAAUUGAGUUUGUACAGUUCCUGACUCAAUUAUCUCCCAGGCACAGGGGAGGAGUUUGUGUGUAAUUGUAUGGAGACUAGGGGUCUGUGUAUAACUUGGUUGUACCAUUAAAAGUUACGUUGAGUACUUCCAUAACGGUGUGUCGUCCAGUUACUUGGGGGAAAAUGGUUGUCUGCUUAUUGUAAGGGUUUCAGAGUGGCUGAGGGAAGGAAUUAGCAGAGGUAACAGGUCGGGUUACCCGUGGUCAGCUACAGAGGGGUGUAGCUUGUUUUUAAAUUUAUUUUUAAUAAAAGUUUAUUCCCCCCUUCCUGUUUCUUAACUGUAUCCAUACCUCCCAACAAAGACAAUCCCAAAAUUGGGACUCCUGUGGGAGGGACGUAAAGGGGACCAAGGUUGCGAUUGCAUCACUGGCUCCAUCCAAAUGGGCAGACCUGCACAAAAAGGGCCGGACCCGUACGGAAAGGGGAUUGUCCACCCACAUUAUUAAUCUGAUGUUAAAUGAUAACAGAGCAGCCAAUACUAAAUGACUUAUGUGAAGUAUAGAAUUCCAAUCAGCCUCAUCCAGGGCUUGGCUGAGCCUGAUAAGAAUUUUAAUCUUCAAUAAAGUUAUAUAAAAAGUUACCAUUUUCAUGGAUUCGUAAACAUUAACACUUUAAAAUUGCAAUUGAUCUAGUGAAGCCCUAAAGCAUCAUUGAUUGAUUUACUGACAGACAGAUUGACACACACACAGACACAUACACUGACAGAUUGACACACACAGACACAUACACUGACAGAUUGACACACACACACACACACACAGACGCAUACACUGACAAACAUACUGACACACACACAGAUACAUACACUGACAGACUGUAACGGCACCCUGAGUAAGUGAAGGGGUUAACGCCGCCAAAGCUGUUCUUUUUCCCGAAUGAGAAGUCCGCUACUGAACACUCCUAAGCGCCGAACAGGAAUCAUGCGAAUUAUCCCCCCAAGUACGAGACGAGGCUCUGUCUUGAGGGUCAAGCAGGAUCUGUUUAAUGUCACCCUUUUAUGCAGGUCUUCCCGCAAGGUACCUUGUGGAAGACUGAGACAAAUUUUACAUUAGCCAAUCACAUGCAUUUACAGUAUGGAAACACUCCCACAUGAACAUUCCAACUCCUCCUCUCUAUCCUGGAGAUAAUUGGGUUAAGUGCUUGAAGUAACUCAAUUAACUCCAGGUAUAGAGAAUAUCUUCCAUUUUACAGUACUGGUAAAAACACAUAAAAAUACAUAAUUCCAAAUAUACCGAAAGGAACCCCCACAUUCAACGUAUCCCCAGAUAACUUAGAUCUGAGCACUCAAUAUAACCGAACAGCGCUCAGAUCCCAUACAUGUAGUUCAAUCGCCAGGGAGUUAAAGUCUUGUACAUUGUGUGUUCGACUAAACGAAUGAUCUCCAUGGGUCGGCUAUCUUGUACAGUUCUGUUCGUGUAUUGUCAAUUUAUCGAACGGCACGGCGUUGGAUGAUCGUGAUUUCAGUGGUGUUUGUGGGAAGCAGUGUCCCAAAUCAGUUCCAUGAGUUGGUGACAAACACCGCUGGGCGUUCGACUGUCCAAUAUGGCCGCCUUAUGUUUGUUCAUACGAAGGACGUCCACCCAGCCGACCGUUAGGGAGUUGGAAGUGUGUGCAGUUAACCACAAUGUUAAUGAGGGCAGAAAGGUUAAUGAGCAGCACACUUCCCUGCUGGGUGGCCUGCCAUUCGGUAGUUUGUUCGUAUUUGGAUGAAUGCAAGCAGAAAACAUAUGAACAACCAGCAAUAACCAAACAAACAGACGAAUCAGGUUUUAAAUAAUAAUCCAAAAGCAGAGAGGUCUGCUACACAGACAUACUGACACAGACAGACACAUACACUUAUAGACGUAAUGACAUGCACAUAUACUGAAAAUAUAUUGAAACACAGGUACUUACACUGACAGACAUAUUAAGACACAUACACUGACAGACAUACAGACACAUACACUGAAAGACAUACUGACACAGACAGACACAUAUACUUAUAGACGUAAUGACAUGCACACUCUCACACACAGACACAUACACUGACAGACAUACUGACACAAACAGACACAUACACUAACAGACAUACUGACACAGAUACGUAUACUGAUAGACAUACUGACACACACAGACAGACAUACUGACACACACCGAUGUAUACAUAGAUAGACAUACUGACACAGACACACAUAUACUGACAGACAUAAGGACACGCAAACAGGCACAUAUACUGACAGACAUACUGACACACACAGACACGUACACUGACAGACAUACUGACACACACAUGCACAUACAAUGACAGACUUACUGACACACAGACACGUACACUGAUAGGCAUACUGACACACAGGCACAUACACUGACAUACAUACUGACACACACAGGCACAUACACUGAUAGACAUACUGACACACACAUACUGACAAACAGACAUACAGACACACAGACAUACUGUCUCACAGACAUACUGACACACAUGUACAAUUUACAUUUUUAAACCCACAUGUAUUCAUGACCCUAUACUGUUAAAAUCACCACCUAGUCCCCAUGCCCAAUAAAUAUAGCAAAAUCUUACCUUUAUUCCAGACUACUGCUGCUGAUUUGCAUACUUGGCUGACAUCAUCAGAAGUUUUGACCACAGCCAAUCACAAUGCUUUCCAAUAGGAUUGGCUGAGACUGUCAAGGAGGCAGAUCAGGGGCAGAGCCAGCACAGGCCGAACACAGCCCUGGCCAAUCAGUGUCUCCAUUCAGAGCAUGGAGACAUUGAAUGUAAGGCAUACUGUGCCACAGUGCACCAGGAAGCACCUCUAGCAGCCAUCUGAUGAGUGGCCAAUGGAUGUACCCCUAGAGUAUGUCUCUGAAAACACAGGGGUUUACUGCAAAAAGCUUGAAGGGAAUGAUUCUACUCAUUAAGCUGUAUACUGUACAAUAAGCUGUAGUUGUUCUGAUGACAUAGUAUCCCUUUAUGUAUUGUUAAGUUAUACCCUUUAUCAAAAUCUUAAGUCUAUUUUGAAUGUCCUGACUUUCCUGGGCUCAAUGUCAACACAGUAAAUACAAUCUGACAAUGCUUUGAUUUAACUCCUAAAUGGCAGAUAAUUUAACAUUGAAACUGCCCCCACCCCCACCCCAGUGCUGCAAGGGUUAAAAAAAAACCCUUGUAACACCUACCCGAUUUCAGUGCAGAGUCAGUGCUCUGCCUCCUCCAAUGUUACCCGAGAGGAGGGGGCUUGGGGGCGCUAAUGCACUCAAUCCCCCAUAAAAAAGUAUUGAAGCAAUGUUAUCCUAUGGGGGGAUUUUACUGACGCUGGAUGUCCUCAUGCAGUCCUCAAGUUGCUUAGAAAGCAGGAAGUGCCUCUAGUGGCUGUCUGAUUAACAUCCAUUAGAAGCAGUCUUAGUCCUGCAAUGUACUUAUUGCAGUUUCUCAAAAACUGCAAUGAUUUACAUUACAGGACUAAGGGGGACAGGGACACUGCGUAUAGACCACUGCAAUGAGCUGAAGUGGUCAGGAUGCCUAUACUGUCCCUUUAAGCUAAAGUUGUUUUGAUGCCUAUAGUGUCCUUUUAAAUUUGAUUUAACAUGACAUUUUAUCUCUCAUGUUCCCCAGCAAGCCAACUGGAGAGAGAUUGUCAAUAAAAAACUCAAGUUUCCAGUAUCACUCGUCAAUGCAAUCCACGAUGGAAAUCUCAUCCAGGUUCAACAACUUCUCCAGGUCAGCGAUGGGAUCCUGCGUCAGCUGGACGACAGCGAGGAUCGAUUAUGGCGGGAGGCUCUCAACUUGGCCAUUCGCACAGGGAAUGAGGAGAUCAUGAAGACUUUGUUGCACUGUGUUAAGUUUGACUUCCGCCAGAUCCAUGAAGCUCUCUUGGUGGCAGUGGACACCAACCAGCCACAUGUAGUUAAAAUGUUACUAGACCGGUUAGAUCAGGAAAAAGGGAUCAAGAUGGACAUCAAGUCGUUUUCACUCGCUUUUUUUGACAACUCUAUAGACAAUUCUCGUUUUGCCCCUGGAGUGACUCCACUUACGUUGGCCUGUGAGAAGGACCUCUAUGAGAUUGUUGAGAUGUUGAUGAAGAAGGGGCACGUAAUCACCACUCCUCACAAGAUCUCCUGUGCCUGCCUGGAGUGCAGCAAUGGGCGCAAGUAUGAUCUUCUCAAAUUCUCACUGUCCCGCAUCAAUACUUACAAAGGCAUUGCCAGCAGAGCUUAUCUGUCCAUUGCCAGCGAAGAUGCCAUGCUUCAGGCUUUCAAACUUAGCCGUGAACUGAAGCGUCUGUCCAGGAAGGAGCCAGAGUUUAAGGUGGGUUUAGGCUGCAACUUUUUUUUUUUAACACAGAGAGACAGCAUGAACAAAAACUAGACAGAGUCAGGUAAACGGUAUAUCAUUGAAAUAGGUAAACUAGUCAGGAAAAGGUUACAGAGAAACUCAGCUGCGUUCUCAUUGCUGGGAUUAAGAGGUUCCUGAUCGGUGCAAGGACUGGGUAAGUGUCGUUACAUAAUGCAUAUAAGGCAGGGUCUAAAUCCACUUAUAAUGUCUGAUUAAUACUAAUGUUAGCAUCAGAUAGUGCGCUGACCACAUACUAACAGUAAUAUGCACACCCAGCACAACUUCAAUAUAAAUUAAGCUCUCUCUCACCAAUGAUGGGCAAUAUCCUGACACACAGCAAGGUCUAUCUCAGGUCACAGAAAGACUCUAUCUGAGCUUUAAACACAAUUUACACACCCCCUGGGCCGCAUGAAACACAGGCACACAAACCAACCAGAACAAUACAACAAUGUCCGACACUUCCACAUACAGCACACAAGCCCUCCCCUCUGCCUAGGAUAUAAUUAAAAUAGCUAACACAAUUGUAACGGCACCCCGGGCAUAAAAGGGGUUAAACGCCGUUUAGAGGAUAUUCCCCUUUCAGAUACACAGGCAGCUACCAAAGACACCAAUCCGCCAAACAGGAAACUAUAUGAAUGCUGUAAACAGCAGAACCGGAACCAUAUGAAUGCCGUAAACAGACGAAUAGGAAAAACCAUACAAAUAGGUUUACACUCCUAGCAGUCGAACUGGAACAGCAUACAAUAAAUCCCCCCCCCAAGAACGAGACAAGGCUCCGUGUUGAGGGUCAAUCAGUGAACAGACAGAGCUGUGGGUUUAUUGUUCUUAUAUACACACACAUUAGUACCACCCACAGGGUUUUGGAAAACAACCAAUAAACACAUACAAUACACUCAGACACUCCCACACAAAAUCCUCUCCUCUGCCUGUGAUACAAUUACCUUACACAAUGGGUAAUGUAAUUAUCACAGACGAAGAAAUACAGUUUUUCCACAUUAUUCAUAACUUUAAAAGUAUGCAUCACAUUCACAUAAACUUACAUUUUCAGAAUCAGCAUACUCCAAAUACGAACAUAUGUCAAAAUCAUCCACAUUGGUCCAUUGGUUCAAAAGAUAGAUCGAAGUCCUUUGUGACCAAAGGAAGCAUGGCUUUUCUGCCCAAAACCAGUUCCACAGAGUCUUCUAUCCUGGAGAUAAUUGGGAAGUAAUCCAAUUAUCUCCAAGGACAGAGGCAAAACUCCAUUAAGCACAUGGCAGUAAAAAGACAGUAAAAUACAAUAAAAUACACAAGGUUACAUUUAUUACAUAAAAUACAGACAUGCAACAUAUCCCCAGAUAGCUUAGGUCUGAGCGCACAUUAUUACUUACAAAGUCUUUUAUUAAACGAAUAGGCUCCAUGGCAUAGCUAUCUGGGUUUAAUGAGUUCAUUCAGUAAAUCCGAGAAUCUACCGAACGCCAGAGCACAAAUACAUGAAUAGACCUUUCUGCAUAGGAAAAUAAAGUAUUUGAUGCCGGUCUAUAGUCAAAAGGCAGCAGGCAGGCAACCAGCAACCAGGCUCCUCCAAUGCACAGUGGCGAGAUUGGUCUCGUCACAACAAUAACCUAAUUAUCCACAAGCAGAAAAACACACAUUUUCCCCAAAGUAUAGAAAACAACCCAAAACACAACAUAUCCCCAAAAUAAUUCCUGGAAGUCACAUUUGACCGACCGCACGCAUGUUUUCAUGCCCAAAACAGUUCCAGAGAAUCAGGCUGUGCAGCUGGUCUAUUUCCCAUGUUAAAUAUAGUUCAAAUAGGCGAACGGCAACCAUUCGUGCAAACCGGCAAAGUUAAAGUGCCAUUCGAAUUGUCGUACAGCGUUCGACUCCAGUCGAAUGAGUUGAAGUCUGGAGAAGGUAAAGUUUAGCGGUGUUCGUGCGGUUGCAUGUCCGAUUUGAAUUCCAUGAACUUGACGACCAAACACCGCUGAAUGCGUUCGACUGAAUUAAAAUGGCCGUUUGUCGAAUGGCGGCCACUUCGACUACUUCGGCACUUUGGCUGUAUCUGAAGUGCCAAUUUAAAUUUAAAGUUGCAGAACUGCUCCAAUGUAACUUAAAGGGGCAGAAAGAGUAGUUCCAAGUCCAAUAACCCCAAACAGAGCUUUUGAAGGGCACUACAGCCCAGGGGCCAUAGUCGCAGGGCAAGAGGCUGGCAAGCAGGCCCCUCCAAGCACAAGUGGCGAGGUUACUUUCGCCACAACUGUAUAAUAAUCUGUUUAACAUUUUUACUCAUGAAGGAUGUUUGCCUCGCACACGCACGCACUCAGACACACGCAGACAUGCACAUGUUUGGCCCAUUCUAUGUGCGCUCCGAUGAUACCAUGAGAUCUCUGUGCCGGCAUUGAGGUCAAAUAAUAAAUAUCAGAAAUAUCAUAUUGUAAAACACGAUUUAUUAUUUGACACAAUUAUGGUAAUUAUACAUUUUAAGCUGCUCAUUAAAAUAUAACAUUGCCCCUCCCCUUCAUUGGAGGGUUUAUUCACUAAACAACAAAUUAAAAUAAAUUGAAAACCUGAUUGCAAACUUUAGGUAAACAAAAUGAUGAUUUGGGAAUAAAUCUCCGACCUACGUAUAGUCACAUUUGGCUGUUUAGCUCACGGUUUACAAUUUAAUUUUUAGGUUUGCAAAUAAGUCCCACAGAUUUUGGUACAAUUACAAAUAAUCAUUUAUUGCCCUAAAAUGUAUUUACUGUUUGAGUUUGGCCGAUUGAUUCAGGCAGAGAAUGUAAAAUGUGAAGUUAACCAUUAAAGCAAUAAAACAAAAGUGGACACCGCUUUACUCCCAAGAUUCAAUAGCAUUAAAGCAGAUCUGUCAUGUUUCGGGCAUCUUGGCAUACUUUUCACAGAUCCCUGAAGGUGAUUGCAACAGAGCUUCCUGUACCCCGGUUUGGUACCUCCGCUGACGGAUGCUCCUAGUGCUCACCGAGGACUCCAAAUGCUCCACCAGACACCAUCAGCACUGCAGUCCCCAGGUCCAGCGUUACAGCUUGGCUGGGAACUCACCCUCUCCUACCCACCCUGGACCCAAGACCAGGAUCCAGCUUCCAGUGGGUGAACUUCUCUUCCUCCAGAGAUUCAAGAGCUAGUGAUUAUAAUCCCAGUGGAGUAUAGUGAUAUAGCAAUCCCCAGGGUAGAUACAGCCUUUUCCCCCCCACACAUGAGAUGGGACUCUAUGUUGAGGAACAGAAUUUUAAUGGAGGCACACUGGCCUUUUAUGCAAGUUUCCCAACAAGGGCAACACCCAAGUGGACCUUGUUGGGGACAGGGACACAAAGUGAAUAAACCAAUAAAACCAGAGUCAUACAGUGAGACACUCCCAUACACAAACAAUAGAAUUCCUCCUCUGUGCUUGGGAGAUAAUUGAAUCUGGAACUGUGCUAAUCUAACCUAAUUAUCUCCAAGCACAGAAUAACAUACAAUUUUAUGAAACCCCCCAAAGUACCUUAAAAACACAUAAAACCCCAUAAACAUUACAUCCCCUGAUAGCCCAGACCAGGGUGAACAAUAUAUCCAAAAAUCACCCAGAUCGGUUCAGGGGUUCAGGAACUUUAUGGAAGUCAUAGCUUUGCCCAGGCGCAGGCAUGGUCCAAUGCCCAAAACAGUUCUAUAGAAUCAGGGCUAACGGUCGGUGUCUCUGUCUGGAGUACAAAAGUACAUAACUGACAUGAACAGAGCCUGUUUAAAGUAUUUUAGCCAGGUUUAUCAUAGGAGCCAAAGUCACAGGAUAGGAAGCUGGCAAACAGGCCCCUCAAAAAACAGUGGCGAGGUCACUUUCGCCACAGUGACAUCUCCAGUUAAGGUCGAGUGGUUGCGGUGUGCAGUCUUAGGUAGGUAUACUUAACUGUAGUGCUCCCUCCCACCGCCAUCUUCUUCCUCGAGGUCUCCUUUGGCCCCUGGAAGUUCUUCCUCCAUGAGCCGUAUCACUGCUCUCUUUGGGAAAGUGCAACACUGAGGUCUGUGGAGGAAACCACUAGACCUUCAUAAAUGAUGUCUCCUUGCGACAGCUGCUAGGAAUGGACAAAUGUUGACUGCGGAGCUCCGCCUUUUGUUUUAGGCUUGUCCAUAAGACAAAGUAGUCCUUACAUUGUCUGAUUGAAUCUUUGGAGUCAGUAUUAGUAUUUCGUGAAGAUGAUAUCUAUAAGAAAUAUCUCUCAAAAUAGUGCUUUAACCCAUUAGCUACCUAAUUUUUUGCUAUAAAAAUUAAUUGACGAUAAUUACUAUUAUUAAAAAAAAAAACUGCAAUAUUGUACAUUGAUUGCUAUUCAGUGAUACCUAAGUGUAUAUAUAUAUAUAUACAUACAUACAUACAUACACACACACACACACACACACACACAGAGUGUCCCAAAAUAAUGUUUACACUUUUUGUACGUUAACGCGAACAUGUCUAGCAGGAAGCAUGAACCUUUUUAUGUUAUAAAAGGUGUGAAAAUGACCCCCAUUGGCAGCAAUACAUUGUCUGCAAUGCGUAGAACAGAUUGAUAAACAUUAGAUAUUGUUUCCUUGGGAAUGGAAUCACAGACAGUCACAAUCGCGCCUCUCAUCAAGUGUCUCUGGCUUUGGGGCGUACACAAUGUUCUUCAGAUUUCCCCACACGUAGAAAUCCAACGGUGUUAAAUCGGGGGGUGGGGGGAAGGGGGUCUGGCGGAACCAACCUCGCCACUGGCCACUGGAGGAGCCUGGUCGCCCGCCUCCUGCUGCUGGACUAUGGCCCCAUGUUUAACACUGUUCUUUUUCUCUGCAGAGAGGCUGGUUCGUGCCUGUCUGUGGACUGUUAAAGUCACGAACACCGCUGAGCCGCCGACCUACCUUCUGCUACCUGCAGUCAAUUAUCUGAACACCGGUCCAUUCGGUACUUUACUGUUUAAACCAUGCUACCCCAGAUAGCUUUGCCAUGGAGCCCAGCCGUAUACUGAAAGACUGUAUGAAAGACUUUGGCUCCAUGGCUCCUAUUGAACUGUAUGUAUGUGAUCUGAGCACCAUCCGGUAAUAAUGUGCGCUAAGAUCUAAGCUAUCUGGGGAUAGGUAGAAUAUGUAUGUUUUAUGUGAUAAAUGUAACAGUAUGUAUUUUUAUGUCUUUUAUUGUCCUUUGUCUGCCAUGUGGUUAAUGGAGUUUUGCCUCUGUCCUUGGAGAUAAUUGGAUUACUUCCCAAUUAUCUCCAGGAUAGAGAGGAGGGAUUGUGAUGCAUUGUGGGAGUGUUUAAAGGUGUAUGUCUGUGAUUGGUCAAUGUCCAAUAUGUUUCCCAGUUUCCCAUCUGGUCCCCUAGGGGAGUGUCCACCAGGUGGGAGACCAGCAUGAAAGGUAGCCCCAGUAAAUCAGUUCUGCUUGACCCUCAAACGAAGUGUUGUCUUGUUCUUGGGGGGAAUUGGAUUGUAUGCUGUUACAGUGCGACUGCCAGGAGUGUAAACUGUUCGUAUGGUUUUUCCUGUUCGGCUGUUUACAGCAUUCCCCCGGUUCCAGUUCGGGAGAUUGGUGAAUUCAUGUGUUUGCAGUUCAGGAGAUUGGUGCUUGCAGUAGCUGUCUGUGCAUCUGAAAAGGGGAAUAUCGCCUAAACGGUUUUUAACCUCUUGUGUGCAAAACGGUCCGUUACAGGGGGGAUCUUCAAUACUUCCUCGUCGGCCAAUCUACCUCCCAACAAAUAUUUAAUACAAGAUUGCCUGCAAAACUAGAUGGUAAUCUUCCAUUUUGUCUGUACAUUUAUGCCCUUCGCCUGGCAACUAAAAACAGCAGAAUAACUACAUGCGUUCGCACACACUCAGCGUAGUCAUUACAACGCCAAAUAAAAACAGUCCAAACAGGUUAUCCUUAAUAGGUUCUCUGAUAUUUAACUUUCAAAUAGUGUAAACAUUAAUUUGGGACACCCUGUGUAUUUAAUAUAUAUAUAAACAAAUUUGAGCACUACAGAGUAUUAAGUAAUAUUAGUAGUAUCCUGUGUUCAUCAGGAACAGAUCUGCUGGUAAUUGUGGAAAUACAAAUUCUCAAAAUACUCCAGAAUGUAAACACUAUGAACAGACAUGUGUAGCACAUUACACUACAUUAUCCAGAAUAUAUUCAAAAAUACUCAAUACUUAACAUUUACUAAUAUCUUGUGAAGCUGAUAAAAAAAACAGUUUAAUGAAAAGUAUAAUGAUUAAUUCGGUGAUUACCCAAUGAUGGCGAAGAGCUCUGCGAUGAAACGAGCCGUUGCAGGAUUAGAUAUUUCAGUAAUGCUGUCAUUAAAGGGACACUGAAGCCACCCACGUCAUCCCAAUGAGAUGGUCUGAGUCCUGCGGUCACGUCCUUUAAACCCUGCAAUGUAAAACAUUGUCAUUUUGUAGAAACCGCAAUGCUUACAUUAAGGGGUUAAACACACCUGUUGUGAUUAUCUACCUCACAACCACUAGAGGCGCUAACGCUGCACAGACACAGUUACGCAUUCAGUUAAUUUGCUUUCUUGUGAGAAGCAUUUGAGAGAACGUUUGACACUUGCCGUGCAUUAUUAUUUUAUUAUUUAUAUAGCACCAGCAAAUUCCAUGGCGCUGUAUAAUGGAGUGCAUGCCACUGAUUUUCCAAAACUCCUCUAUGAGGCACUUUGGAGUGGUCAUCAGUUAAAGAGCCAAAUAAUGUAGCGGGAGAAGGCCGGGCAACAGCGCCCAGAGAGAGUCCAAGCACUGAAAAAAAGGUUUUUUACCAGAAACAGGAGGAGGCGGGAAACUAAAAGUAAUUUAGCGUUAGGACACACACGUGUUAAUACAGGCUUGUAUUUAAAAGCUAUAGGGUCCUUUAACACUGUCCCCAUGGCUGAUAUGUUAUCCAUGUAAAUAUACUUUAAUCAUUCUGUCCCUGUGGGUUUGCAGCCAGAAUACCUGAGUCUGGAGGAUCUGAGUCAGGAGUUUGCUGUAGAGCUUCUGGGAAUGUGCCGGAACCAAAGUGAAGUCACUGCUGUGCUCAAUGACUGUGGGGAUGACAGUGAUGAAGAGGAGAUGGACAUCCAGACCUUCGAAGAGGGAAUACCAAACCUGGCCCGACUCCGGCUCGCUGUGCAUCACAAUCAGAAACGGGUAAAGGCUCACCUCCGUAACUCUGUGCUAAACCUGAGAGUAUACACACACACCUCCGUAACUCUGUGCUAAACCUGAGAGUAUACACACACCUCUAACCAUGUACUAAACCUGAGAGUAUACACACACCUCCGUAACUCUGUGCUAAACCUAAGAGUAUACACACACCUCUAACCAUGUACUAAACCUGAGAGUAUACACACACCUCCGUAACUCUGUGCUAAACCUGAGAGUAUACACACACCUCCGUAACUCUGUGCUAAACCUAAGAGUAUACACACACCUCCGUAACUCUGUGCUAAACCUGAGAGUAUACACACACCUCUAACCAUGUACUAAACUUGAGAGUAUACACACACCUCCGUAACUCUGUGCUAAACCUGAGAGUAUACACACACCUCUAACCAUGUACUAAACCUGAGAGUAUACACACACGUCUAACCAUGUACUAAACCUGAGAGUAUACACACACCUCUAACCAUGUACUAAACCUGAGAGUAUACACACACCUCCUUAACUCUGUGCUAAACCUAAGAGUAUACACACACCUCCAUAACUCUGUGCUAAACCUGAGAGUAUACACACACCUCCGUAACUCUGUGCUAAACCUGAGAGUAUACACACACCUCUAACCAUGUACUAAACUUGAGAGUAUACACACACCUCCGUAACUCUGUGCUAAACCUGAGAGUAUACACACACCUCUAACCAUGUACUAAACCUGAGAGUGUACACACACCUCCGUAACUCUGUGCUAAACGUGAGAGUAUAUACACACCUUCGUAACUCGGAGGUCAGCUAUUGAGAGGGUGCUAUAGGGAGGUUGAUUAUAAAGGGGGUGUUAUAGAGAGGGUGCUAUAGGGAGGUUGGCAAUAGAUGGGGUGUUAUAGAGAGGGUGCUAUAGGGAGGUUGGCUAUAGAGGGGGUGUUAUAGAGAGGGUGCUAUAGGGAGGAUGGCUAUAGAGUGGUCGGCUAUUGAGAGGGUGCUAUAGGGAGCUUGACUAUAAAGGGGGUGUUAUGGAGAGGGUGCUAUAGGGAGGUUGGCUAUAGAGGGGGUGUUAUAGGGAGGUCAGCUAUAGAGUAGGUGUUAUAGAGAGGACAGGGUUAUACGGCUCUGAGUGUGAUUGUUCUGUUUCUCGUUGCAGUUCGUUGCUCACCCCAUUUGCCAGCAGGUCCUGUCUUCCAUUUGGAGUGGGAAGCUUUCCGGGUGGAGAGGGAGUAACACGAUUUGGAAAAUAUUCAUUGCUUGCACCAUCUUCUUCACUAUGCCCAUCCUGUGCCUCACCUACUGGCUGUCUCCCAAAUCCAAGGUGGGACAUUAAAUCAAACGGCAAGACCAGAAGAAUUUACAUAAAGUAUGCAGUUUACAUAGGAAUUAGGUCAUCAUUCUAGACUGCGGCAACGGUUGUUAUAGCAAUUUUUGCUAACUGGUUAAAGGAACACUAAAAUGGGGGGGGGAAAGGUAUUUCAAACAAGUUAGUAGAUUUACCCCCAAUAAAAACAUCCAUGCAUUUAGUCAUUGGGGAUAAAUCUAAAAACAGAAAGUAGGAGCUGCAGGUCUCUUAUUUCCAGCCCUUGCAAGCCCUCCCUUCUUUGCAAGGCAGGUGCUCUGGGCAAUUGCUGCCUCUUCAUCUCCACUGAAAUAACCAAACCAGGAAGUAACAGGAUCGAUUAUAUGAUUGACAGCUGGGGGUGUAACCAGGUUAAUUUUUAAAAGUAUUAAUUUCUAUAAAAUAAUGCACUUUCUGUAAAAUUAAUAACGAGGAAACACUCGUCACACAUGAAGCUUUUCAGCAAGCUAAACUGCUUACAGUAUUUGGAGUGUCCUUUUAAGUGCUGGACUGCUCAAAAUGGUCUUAAACCAAACACUGUGCAUGUGCUGCUGGCCAUUAUGCUCAUCAUGGGGAACCUGACUUGAUUGAUUUGCUUGUUGACCCCUUAAAGGGACACUAUAGUCCACAAAAUAACUAGUUUAAUGAAGUGGUUGUGCAGUGUAGAUCUUGCAAUGUCACCGCUCAGUUUAGUAUCUUUAUUAAAACAUUGUCUUUGGUUGGAGCGACCAUUUAAUGCAUUAACCCAUACAUAAACACACAUACAUUCCUAUAAAAUAUUGUACAAUAAAUAUUUCAAUAGUUAGAAUUUCCUCCAGUUACAGCAAUAUUUAUCCGUCUCCCAUCACCCAAAUUUACUGUUCCAUCAGCUUCUAUAAACCCUUUAUUUAUUGUGGUCUUGGAGAAUUGACCAGGAAACCAAACUAGCCGAGCUGUAACAUUCUCCGUCUCAGUUAAAUUUUAAGAUCAGGUGAUAAUGUCAACCCUAUUUCCAUUCUCUGGAAUUCUCAGCUUAGUGAAUAAACCAUUAUGCUGUGUGUGCACCCCAUUAAUUUAACUGGUCUGUCAUUUUAUUGGGAUUACAAUGAUACAAUCCUGCCCAGAAUCCCAGGCAGAAUCCCAUGUAUUAACCGUUUCUCCUAACUCUCAUCCAGGUUGGUAAAACCCUGAAGAUCCCGGUGAUUAAGUUCCUCCUCCAUUCUGCGUCGUACUUGUGGUUUCUUAUCUUUCUCUUGGUGGAAUCCUUGAUAAUGGAAAGGAGACAUGAUAUUUAUGAAGGCCGGAGCCAGGCCAUCUGGCAGAAUUCCCUACACAUGAUCUGGGUCGCAGGUGGGUGUAAACUCUGCCACUUUGGCUCACUAGCACAAGCCCAUGCACCAGGUCACGCUUGCAUUAACAGGCCACAGAGAGAUCCAUGGCACAUUCAUUAUGGUCCAACAGGUCUUCAGUUAGACAGUAACCAUAUGAUCUGAAACAAUGGACUUGUUUAAAUUAAUAUCUGAAACUUCUUAUUUUGGUCAAUUGCUGAUAAUGACGCAAUCCUACUUAAACUUUGGUUAAUCUAACCAGGUGAACAGCCGUGGGUGAUAUAAACUGGGUGAUAUCCAUAACACUGUCAGAUUGCGUUACCACUGGAGGUGGCUUUUGCCCGUUACCAUAUGAAGCAGGACGGUCUAAUACAGAUAUUAGCAAAGCUAGAGAAGAGGGGCUGGGGCUGUAUGUGACAUGAAAUCCAAAAGUUCUUAUUAAACUGCUUGAAAAUGGUUUGACACAAGCUGUGGACGACCACCAUAGACUGUCCCCUAAUCUCACCACUGGGAUAUCUAAAUACUAUCUAUGAAAAAGGUAGUCUCAUACACAUGUUCAUCUCAGAGAGACAGCCUGAGGCAUCUAUUAAUCCCAGAGAGACAGUCUAAGAUGUCUAUUAACCCUAGAGAGAUGGUCUAAGACAUCUAAUAAUCCCAGAGAGACAGCCUCAGACAAUCCUUUGAGUAUAGAUAAAAUUUGUUGAUAAAUGUCUAUUUUCUUUAACCUGCUGCUGAUGUUGUACAGGUUUCCUGUGGCACGAAUGUAAAGAAGUCUGGAUUGAGGGUCUGAGGAGCUACUUCUUAGACUGGUGGAACUUCCUGGACAUUGUGACCAUCAGUAUGUAUCUGGCCUCGUUCUCUCUGAGAAUCCUGGUGACCGUGAAGGGAUAUCUGUCCUGUGUGGAUGAACCGGACUCUGAUGUAUGCUUCUACUUCACCAAGGCAGGUGAGGCAACCGCCCUAAUAUAUGGAAUUGUGAAAUUGUGGCCUAUUUAAAUACCUGCAUUUUUACACGCUUACUUUUGUACAGUUUGGGGAUUUUUUUUUUUGCAUUUUCCAUGUUAACCUGUGUAAGGAACGCAUGGGAAAGAGUGGUCGUCGUCACUUUGUCUCCCAGGUAUAGAAAGCCCGCCACCCAGGCGAGGGGGCCUCAUACCCAUUCCGACAGGGGUUCUUCAUCCCAGGAGUCUCCGUACCUGGGAACCAAAGCUUAGGAAAGGCUCUGGUCCCUUUGUCUCCCGCUAAACUAGCCAGUCCCCACCAACCUGCCGAGAUAGCCUAUCGGCGUUGCCGUUAUGCCUACCAGGCCUGCACUGCAAGGUAAAGUCAUAGGGCUGCAGAGCCAGGCUCCAUCGCAGCAAAUGGGAGUAAUCCCCAGCAACACAGUUCAGCCAGAUGAGGGGUUGUGGUCGGUCAGGGCUGUAGCUUCUUUAAUGCGCAUACAAGAGCCAGGCAUUUCUUCUCCACAGUGGCAUAGCUGACCUCCCUGGGUAAUAGUGCAGCUGUAGAUGGCUACGCACAUGCAAAGUCCUGAAAUCCCUGUCGGCCAUCAUCUUAAAAGUAGCCAGGCAUUCUUCAUCCCAAAAGGGCAUAACCUUAAACUGGUAUAGCCCAAAUGGGGUGACGAAGGCCGACUUGGGUAUGGCCGCCGGCUCCAGGGGUAUCUGCCAAUAACCAUUACACAGAUCUAUGGUAGUCAGGUACUUCCUCCAAGCCGAUCCAGCAACUCGUUUACCCAGGGCAUGGAGUAGGCAUUGGUAACUGUACUGUCAUUAUGUUUCCAGUAAUCAAUACAGAAUCCCGUCUUUCUUGGGUACCAGCACCACCGGUGGAGCCCAUGGACUCUGGGAUAGCUCUAUGACACCUAGUUCUAACAUCUCCUGAAUCUCGUUCCGUAUAUUUGCUCUGACUGCUUCAGGGAUACGGUAGGGCUGUUGCCGUAGGGGAGUUUCUCCCUGGGUAUCAACCCGGUGGACCGCAGCGGUGGUGUACCUGAGUAAUGAGGAGAACCCAGCUGGAGCAGCUGGGGGGCCUCGAUCUUUUCUAGAGGGCUUAGUUGUUCCCCUAGAUGGACCUGUUCCACCGUACCUGGGGACGGUGAGAGCAAAUCAGGAAGGGGAAGGCCCUCAUUAACUUCGGACGACGGAGCACAUACUGCAGCCACGUCCUCUACCCUCUCGAAGUAGGGUUUGAACAUGUUCACAUGGAACACUCUCCGUAUCCUUUCAUCUGAACAUUUCCCUACAAUGUAGGUAAUGUCGCUUAUGUGUUCCACCACCUGGAAGGGUCCCUGCCAGGCAGCCUGAAGCUUAUCUUUCUUAGUCGGCUACAGAGCUAAUACCUUCUGUCCUAUUUCUAGAACCCUGUCUCAGGCACCCUUAUCAUACCAUCUUUUCUGGCGCCGCUGGGACGUCCCUAGACUAUCCCUAACGGAGUCAGUGAGAGCCUGCAAGCGAUCCAUAAACUGCAGAACAUACAGCAUGACAGGUAUUCCUGUCUCUCCUGUGUUACCUUCCCAGUGCUCCAGUUUGAGGUACAGGGGUCCCCGUACUUUUCUCCCGUAGAGGAGUUUGAAGGGGGAGAACCCUGUGGACGCCUGGGACACUUCACAGUAGGCAAACAGGAGGUGGGGGAGGAACCUUUCCCACUGUCGACAGAAGGCUGUGAACGCCUUAAGCAUCUGAUAUAGCAUGCCAUUAAAGCACUCACAGAGUCCGUUCGUCUGUGGUAGGGAGAGUUAAACAGUGGUUUUACUCCGCAACUUUGCUAUAACUGUUGGGUCACUAUUGCCGUGAACUGGGUCCCCUAGUCAGAUUAUAUCUCCCUAGGGAAGCCUACACUUGUAAAAAAUUUCACUAGGGCUUCCACCACAGUCUCUGCCUCUAUAUUAGAAAGGGCUACAGCCUCCGUAUAUCUAGUAGCAUAAUCUACCACCGUGAGGAUGUAGCUCUUUCCAGAGGUGCUGGGUAUAUGAAGGGGGCCUAUCAAGUCCACCGCUACCCGGUGGAAUGGCUCCUCUAUUAUGGGUAAAGGGUGUAGUUUUGCCUUCCGGUGGUCACCCCUCUUCCCUGUCUUUUGUCAAGUGUCACAUGUCCUGCAGUAAUUUUGUAGAUCCUGUGUGAUCCCUGGCCAGAAGAAGAUCUGGGUUAGCCGGUCUUUACUUUUUUCCGGACACCCAGAUGUCCAGCUAGGGAAAUGUCGUAGCUGAGCUUGAGUAGCUCAGUCCUAUAUUUACAGGGCACUACCAACUGCUUUUUGGUGUGUUAGCGUGCAGUAUGUGUGCCGUGUUAGCGUGCAGUAUGUGUGCCGUGUUAGCGUGCAGUAUGUGUGCCGUGUUAGCGUGCAGUAUGUGUCCCGUGUUAGCGUGCAGUAUGUGUCCCGUGUUAGCGUGCAGUAUGUGUGCCGUGUUAGCCAGCAGUAUGUGUAAUGCCUGGGAAUUGAUUCAAACUUGAGUAAAGUAGUAAUUCCAGACGAAAGGAGAAAAAAAGGGGACAUUUUAUUGAUCCUCACAUUUAAAGACUAUAGGGGAAGAAAUGAGUCUCAAUCCAGUAUUUCUACUUAACUCCACAGAGGCUGUGCCUUUCCUGGAUUUAAGGUAUAUUUUAUUCCAAUACUGUGUCCUUCACUUAGCGUGGAUAUUAGCUAGCCUCCAGUAAGUUUCUAACCUAAAAUUUGAGUAACGUUUUAUCAUUCAUUAUUUUGGAUUUGUUUGGCUUUAUAUUUAAAUGCUCUAUCUGCGCUGUGGAAUUUGUUGGAGCUACACACAUAGUUGUAAUUGUGAUCUGUACAAUACAUAAACAGAAUAUUCCAGUCUGGGUCCAUGAAUUGUACUGCCAGAUGCGUUAGGGACUCGUGUUCAAAUAAUGUGCAACAGUUCAUGGACUUAAUAUUAUAAAGAACAACGAAAAUAGUUACCCGCACAUCGCUAUAUUCCUGGGCACAUCGAAAUAACUGGAGGCUUUGAGUAUCACACUUCUUAAGUGGGUCCUACACUGACUAUUCAACUUCAGGUAAACAAUCUCUAAUAUGACAGAGAAGGGUAUAUUUCUAAACCCCUUAAUAGGGAAGACAUGGGGUGGGUGGUAGCAUUGUAACAUGACUGUGUAAUAUCAAUGAUCAUUAACAGACCGUGUUGUACGGACUCUUACAGAAAGGCCUGAGUGGAACACAGAGGACCCUCAGUUCAUAGCGGAGGUUUUAUUUGCAGUAACCAGCAUGCUCAGCUUCACCCGCUUGGCAUAUAUUCUGCCCGCUCACGAGACGCUGGGGACUCUGCAGAUUUCCAUUGGGAAAAUGAUUGAUGAUAUGAUACGGUGAGAAUCAAUGCAGAAACAAACUCAUAGAUUAUUUAAUAGGGGCUCGUUUCUGGAAGAUUACUGGUCCAAGUUAAAAGUUACUGGCCAAGAGUGUAAAGUCACUGGCCACGAGUGUAAAGUACUGGUCAUGAGUGUAAAGUACCGGUCAGAAGGGUAACGCUACUGGUCAGGUGAGUAAAAUUACUUAUCAGGAAGCUCAGGUUAUUGAUUGAGAGGUGAGAGUUAUGGGUAAGGUGGGUAAAGUUACUGAUCAGGUUACUGGUUAGCCAGGUUAGGGGGGUAACGUUACUGAUCAGUUUACUGGUUAGCCAAGCUAGGUGGGUAACGUUACUGAUCAGGUUACUGGUUAGCCAGGUUAGGGGGGUAACGUUACUGAUCAGUUUACUGGUUAGCCAAGCUAGGUGGGUAACGUUACUGAUCAGGUUACUGGUUAGCCAGGCUAGGUGGGUAACGUUACUGAUCAGUUUACUGGUUAGCCAAGCUAGGUGGGUAACGUUACUGAUAAGGUUACUGGUUAUCCAGGCUAGGUGGGUAUAGUUACUGAUCAGGUUACUGGUUAUCCAGGCUAGGUGGGUAACGUUACUGAUCAGGUUACUGGUUAUCCAGGCUAGGUGGGUAACGUUACUGAUCAGGUUACUGGUUAGCCAGGCUAGGUGGGUAACGUUACUGAUCAGUUUACUGGUUAGCCAGGCUAGGUGGGUAUAGUUACUGAUCAGGUUACUGGUUAUCCAGGCUAGGUGGGUAACGUUACUGAUCAGGUUACUGGUUAGUCAGGCUAGGUGGGUAUAGUUACUGAUCAGGUUACUGGUUAGUCAGGCUAGGUGGGUAACAUUACUGAUCAGGUUACUGGUUAGUCAGGCUAGGUGGGUAUAGUUACUGAUCCGGUUACUGGUUAGUCAGGCUAGGUGGGUAACAUUACUGAUCAGGUUACUGGUUUUCCACAUUAGGUGGGUAACAUUACUGAUCAGGUUACUGGUUAGCCAGGUUAGGUGGGUAACAUUACUGAUCAGGUUACUGGUUAUCCAGGCUAGGUGGGUAACAUUACUGAUCAGGUUUCUGGUUAGCCAGGUUAGGUGGGUAACGUUACUGAUCGGGUUACUGGUUAGCCAGGUUAGGUGGGUAACGUUACUGGUUAGCCAGGUUAGGCGGGUGGUUUAGUGGUGAAAGUUACUGACCAGGUUACUGGUUAGGGAGGUUAGCUGGGUUGUUAAGUGGGUAAAGGUUCUAAUCAGCAGAGAAUGUUUUUCAUGAACAAGGAAUGGGCUGGACAGUUGAUGUCUCCCCAAGUGCUUUAUUGAGGAUUAAUAUAUUUAGGAUUCAGUGACAGGAUUUCCUGUUGUCAUGGUAUGAUAUUUUAAUUCUAACGAGCGCUCUCUAUUUGUCUCGCAGCUUCAUGUUUAUCCUGAUGAUAAUUCUCACUGCUUUCCUGUGUGGACUCAAUAACAUCUACGUCAACUAUAGUGACAGCGACAAGCUGGGGAAGUAUGUUAAUAAAUAGCGUGCUAUAAAUCGUCGAUAUACAAUGUUCUUUUGGUUGUAAGUCUUUGCCAUUGUGGCCGUAGGAUGUCCUUAAAGGGGCAUUCAAAUCACUACAACCGCCAAUGCAUGCUAUAGUGGUUAUGGUGCCAGGACUACCCUACUACCAUCCCAUUUUUAAAAGGUUUGAUACUUACUUGGGCCACAAGGUCUCACCUUUUGUCACAGAUUGUGCUAAUGAGGAAUUUCCCUUAAUUAUCAAUAUCAUUUCCAUCUGUGUAUUAGCUUAGAUUCAAUGAAACCAUUUGGGGUGAACUGCGUCAUAAACUGUUUGGAUGUUGACUUUGGUUUGGAGUCCUGCCACCAUAACCACUAAGGUGCAUUGUUAGAACAGCUACACUACAUCAUAACAAUCUACAAUAUUUGUGUUCCUCCCCAAAUCUUCAUAUCUAUUUUUUGUGCUGGAGAGAAGAUACCUUGCAUUGCCCAGACAAUUUAAAGCAAAGAUGGAUGUGUGGUAAUAGGAUACCAUAACUUUCUAGACUGCAUCAUCAAACAAUUCACCCAGCAGACGGCAGACAUGGUAUCUGGCCAAGUAUUUUUAGGUGUAGACAAUGAGACAAGAAACUCCAAACCCAGUCUGUUAUGGUCUGUUUUCUUCAAGUCAUGAAGGUCUGACUCUUUCAGACCUUCAGCCACAGCAGCAGGGAAUGGGGGCAAGAUGUCCAGUUGCAGAGGACAGAGCUGACAUUGUUAAUGCUUUUAGAGACAGCAGCUGGUUCAUGGAGAGGAAUAAGAGAACAGAAGAUUUUGGCAGCAGUGUGACAGAUGUUGGAGGCCCUGGUAGAAGCACAUGUAGAUAUCAAAGAGUGGAUGCUCAGGUGAUUGGCCAGGUUACUCAGGUCCUGCAAGUCCUAGCCCUUGGUCAAUAGUGAGGGAACCAAAGGACCAGCCAAUAUGUGCACUGUCCUGAAAUAUUGGCAGCUUUCCAGAUCAAUAGAAAAACCAUAAAUGUUCCCCUUGCUUGGAAGAGGAGCCACUGGAGGGCUCUGUACAGUGCAGCAUUAUAUAGAGAGUGGAGGUAAGACAAAAGUUGUCAGGAACACAAAAAAAUGCUCUGGUUGGCAAGGCAACAAGUGCAAAACUGCACACAUUAGUGCGUUUUAUCGAGAAUAUAGCAACAGGUUCAUUCAUUCUACUCACACUGGGUUUCAGAUUAACCUUAAAAUAAAUUAAGAUAAUAAUAGCAAUUUUCAGAAAAGGACCCUCAGAAUAUCCCAGGCAUGCUAACAAUAAACAUUACAGCAAUAAACUAUUAGAAUAAAUUGUAUCCAUAAGUAUGAGAACCUAGCAAUUAUAACAAGCUCAUCAUAUAAUACAUUUUUUUAAAAAAACAUACCAAUAUUAAUCCAUCUGUAUCCUAUUGACUGCUAGUGGUAAGAUCAGUUGAUAAAAUGAAUCUAAGGUGUUUUUUUUUAAACACCUUAGACACACCCAGGUAAUCCCUAAAUCCUGGACUGUUAGGUGUGCUUUCAGGAUAGGGUUGAGGAGCUCUAGCUUAAUGACACAGUUUUGGUGUAUUGAUCAUGCCCCUGUAGACUCACUGCUCAAUAGUGAUGUCGCGAACACGAAAUUUUCGGUUCGCGAACGGCGAACGCGAACUUCCACAAAUGUUCGCGAACCGGCGAACCGGCGAACCGCCAUAGACUUCAAUGGGCAGGCGAAUUUUAAAACACACAGGGACUCUUUCUGGCCACAAUAGUGAUGGAAAAGUUGUUUCAAGGGGACUAACACCUGGACUUUGGCAUGCCGGAGGGGGAUCCAUGGCAAAACUCCCAUGGAAAAUUACACAGUUGAUGCAGAGUCUGGUCUUAAUCCAUGAAGAGCAUAAAUCACCUAACAUUCCUAAAUCACAAUGGAUAUGGAUUGACACCUGACAUAUGGCAUAUUGACAUCUUGAAAUAUGGAUUGACACCUGUCCUCAGAGACCCUGAUACACACUGACACAGAGCAGAAGAGGGACUGUUCCCCAUACAUAGGGUCACUUGGCAGAUAUGAAUUGACACCUAUCCUCAGGAUCCCUGAUACACACUGACACAGAGCAGAAUAGGGACUGUUCCCCCUACAUAGGGUAAAUUGGCAGAUAUGGAUUGACAUCUAUCCUCAGGAUCCCUGAUACACACUGACACAGAGCAGAAUAGGGACUGUUCCACCUACAUAGGGUCACUUGGCAGAUAUGGAUUGACACCUAUCCUCAGGAUCCCUGAUACACACUGACACAGAGCAGAAUAGGGACUGUUCCCACUACAUAGAGUCACUUGGCAGAUAUGGAUUGACACCUAUCCUAAGAAUCCCUGAUACACACUGACACAGAGCAGAAUAGGGACUGUUCCCCCUACAUAUGGUCACUUGGCAGAUAUGGAUUGACACAUAUCCUCAGGAUCCCUGAUACACACUGAUACAGAGCAGAAUAGGGACUGUUCCCCCUACAUAGGGUCACUUGGCAGAUAUGGAUUGACACCUAUCCUCAGGAUCCCUGAUACACAAUGACACAGAGCAGAAUAGGGACUGUUCCCCCUACAUAGGGUGACUUGGCAGCUUUGGAUUGACACCUAUCCUAAGGAUCCCAGAGACACACUGACACAGAGCAGAAUAGGGACUGUUCCCCCUACAUAGGGUCACUUGGCAGAUAUGGAUUGACCCUCUCCUAAGGAUCCCUGAUACACACUGACACAGAGCAGAAUAGGGACUGUUCCCCCUACAUAGGGUCACUUGGCAGAUAUGGAUUGACACCUGUCCUAGGGAUCCCUGAUACACACUGACACAGAGCAGAAUAGGGACUGGUCCUCCUACAUAGGGUCACUUGACAGAUAUGGAUUGACACCUGUCCUCAGAUCCCUGAUACACACUGACACAGAGCAGAAUAGGGACUGUUCCCCCUACAUAGGGUCACUUGGCAGAUAUGGAUUGACACCUUCCUAAGGAUCCCUGAUAAACACUGACACAGAGCAGAAUAGGGACUGUUCCCCCUACAUAGGGUCACUUGGCAGAUGUGUAUUGACACCUUCCUAAGGAUCCCUGAUAAACACUGGCACAGAGCAGAAUAGGGACUGUUCCCCCUACAUAGGGUCACUUGGCAGAUAUGGAUUGACACCUAUCCUAAGGAUCCCUGAUACACACUGACACAGAGCAGAAUAGGGACUGUUCCCCCUACAUAGGGUCACUUGGCAGAUAUGGAUUGACACCCAUCCUCAGGAUCCCUGAUACACACUGACACAGAGCAGAAUAGGGACUGUUCCCCCUACAUAGGGUCACUUGGCAGAUAUGGAUUGACACCUAUCCUCAGCAUCCCUGAUACACACUGACACAGAGCAGAAUAGGGAAUGUUCCCCCUACAUAGGGUCACUUGGCAGAUAUGGAUUGACAUCUAUCCUCAGGAUCCCUGAUACACACUGACACAGAGCAGAAUAGGGAUUGUUCCCCCUACAUAGGGUCACUUGGCAGAUAUGGAUUGACACCUAUCCUCAGGAUCCCUGAUACACACUGACACAGAGCAGAAUAGGGACUGUCCCCUUACAUAGAGUCACUUGGCAGAUAUGGAUUGACACCUAUCCUCAGGAUCCCUGAUACACACUGACACAGAGCAGAAUAGGGACUGUUCCCCCUACAUAGGGUCACUUGGCAGGUAUGGAUUGACACCUAUCCUCAGGAUCCUUGAUACACACUGACACAGAGCAGAAUAGGGACUGUUCCCCCUACAUAGGGUCACUUGGCAGAUAUGGAUUGACACCUAUCCUCAGGAUCCCUGAUACACACUGACACAGAGCAGAAUAGGGACUGUUCCCCCUACAUAGGGUCACUUGGCAGAUAUGGAUUGACACCUAUCCUAAGGAUCCCUGAUACACACUGACACAGAGCAGAAUAGGGACUGUUCCCCCUACAUAGGGUCACUUGGCAGAUAUGGAUUGACACCUAUCCUCAGGAUCCCUGAUACACACUGACACAGAGCAGAAUAGGGACUGUUCCCCCUACAUAGGGUCACUUGGCAGAUAUGGAUUGACACCUAUCCUCAGGAUCCCUGAUACACACUGACACAGAGCAGAAUAGGGACUGUUCCCCCUACAUAGGGUCACUUGACAGAUAUGGAUUGACACCUAUCCUCAGGAUCCCUGAUACACACUGACACAGAGCAGAAUAGGGACUGUUCCCCCUACAUAGGGUCACUUGGCAGAUGUGUAUUGACACCUUCCUAAGGAUCCCUGAUAAACACUGACACAGAGCAGAAUAGGGACUGUUCCCCCUACAUAGGGUCACUUGGCAGAUAUGGAUUGACACCUUCCUAAGGAUCCCUGAUAAACACUGACACAGAGCAGAAUAGGGACUGUUCCCCCUACAUAGGGUCACUUGGCAGAUAUGGAUUGACACCUAUCCUCAGGAUCCCUGAUACACACUGACACAGAGCAGAAUAGGGACUGUUCCCCCUACAUAGGGUCACUUGGCAGAUAUGGAUUGACACCUAUCCUCAGGAUCCCUGAUACACACUGACACAGAGCAGAAUAGGGAAUGUUCCCCCUAUAUAAGGUCACUUGGCAGAUAUGGAUUGACACCUAUCCUAAGGAUCCCUGAUACACACUGACACAGAGCAGAAUAGGGAAUAUUCACUAAAUGCCAAACAUUGUUAUACAGGGGAAUAUUCAGUAAAUAAGGAUAAGGGGGGCAACUAACUGCUAUUCAAUCUAUAACAGUGAAAAACGUUUUGGGGUUUUUAAAUGCACGCUAUUGUGACACCAGUGAGUGAGUGGUGGCAUUGGGCAAGUAGGCACACUAUACGCUGCAAGCCUGACACACAGACGCUUGCAGACAACUAACUGCUAUUCAAUCUAUUACAGUGAAAAAAAAUAUUUUGGUUUUUAAAUGCACGCUAUUGUGACACCAGAUAAGAGUGGCACUUUGAACUGGCAAAGGUUGGCAGAGUACACGUUGUAGGCCUGACACACAGACGCUUGGAGACAACUAACUGCUAUUCAAUCUAUAACAGUGAAAAAAGUUUUUGGGUUUUUAAAUGCACGCUAUUGUGACACCAGUGAGUGAGUGGUGGCACUGGGCAAGUGGGCACAGUGUCCACUGUGAGCCUGACACAGAAGCUGGCAGACAACUAACUGCUAUUCAAUCUAUCAUAGUGAAAAAAAAAUAUUUUUUUUUAAAUGCAAGCUAUUGUGACACCAGUGAGUGAGUGGUGGCACUGGGCAAGUGGGCACAGUAUCCACUGUGAGCCUGACACAGAAGCUGGCAGACAACUAACUGCUAUUCAAUCUAUUAUAGUGAAAAAAAAUUUUUUUUUAAAUGCAAGCUAUUGUGACACCAGUGAGUGAGUGGUGGCACUGGGCAAGUGGGCACAGUAUCCACUGUGAGCCUGACACAGAAGCUGGCAGACAACUAACUGCUAUUCAAUCUAUUAUAGUGAAAAAAAAAAAAAUUAAAUGCAAGCUAUUGUGACACCAGUGAGUGAGUGGUGGCACUGGCAAGUGGGCACAGUAUCCACUGUGAGCCUGACACAGAAGCUGGCAGACAACUAACUGCUAUUCAAUCUAUUAUAGUGAAAAAAAAUUUUUUAAAUGCAAGCUAUUGUGACACCAGUGAGUGAGUGGUGGCACUGGGCAAGUGGGCACAGUAUCCACUGUGAGCCUGACACAGAAGCUGGCAGACAACUAACUGCUAUUCAAUCUAUUAUAGUGAAAAGAAAAAAAAUUUAAAUGCAAGCUAUUGUGACACCAGUGAGUGAGUGGUGGCACUGGGCAAGUGGGCACAGUAUCCACUGUGAGCCUGACACACAGGCUGGCAGGCAGGCAACUGCAAUUACAUUACAGGAAAAAAAAGCAGACUGAUGUUCUAGCCCUAAAAAGGGCUUUUUGGGGUGCUGUCCUUACAGCAGAGAUCAGAUGAGUCCUUCAGGACUGUAGUGGACACUGUAUACACUAACCUAGCUAUCCAUUUCCCUUUCAAAUCAACAGCAGCUACACUUUCCCUCCUCUCACUAAGCAUGCAGCUUGAGAAUGAAUCUAAAAUGGAUGCUGUCCAGUAGGUGGGAGGGUCUGCUAGGGAGGGUGUGCUGCUAAUUGGCUGGAAUGUGUCUGCUGACUGUGAGGUACAGGGUCAAAGUUUACUCAAUGAUGACGAAUAGGGGGCGGAUCGAACCGCGCAUAUGUUCGCCCACCGUGGCGAACGCGAACACGCUAUGUUCGCCAGGACCGUUCAGUGCAUCACUACUACUCAAUUCUCUGUCAUUUAGAUGUUAAAUAACUGUGAUUAUACAGCACUAGUCACACCCUCCUGCAUGUGACUUACCCAGCCUUACAAAACAUUUCCUGUAAAGUGAGAUCUAAUGUUUACACUUCAUUUAUUGCACAGUUUGCUUAAUUUAGAAUGUCCUGCUUUGUCAAUAGCUUGCUAGCCCUCCUGAUUAAAUUUAAUUUACAGAGCAGGAGAUAAAAUUAAGAAGUUAAAAUCUGAUUGAAAAUGACACCAUCAGUCACAGCCAGGGGAGGUGUGACUAGGGCAGCAAAAAACAGAAACAAAAGUUAUUUAACUCAUACAUGACAGAGAAUUGAGCAGUGACACCGUAGGGGCAUGAUAUAUAUACCAAAACUGGUUCAUUAAGCUAAAGUUGUUUUAGUGACUAUAGUGUACCUUUAAAUUAGUGUUUUUGUUUUAUUUCCCAUUAAGAAUGACAAAGAUAUUGGUCAUUGGAGUUUUACCACUCUGUUUAACCUAUUACAUUCUAUUAAAUCCUAUAAAACAAAUGAAAAACACAGACAAAAUAAUGUGUAUUUUUUAAAAAGGCCACUGGAUCGGACCUUUAGACACAGAGAUAAAGACUCAGAUGUUUUAAAAAACUAAAAAUACAGUAAAAACUUUAUAAGGACAACAUUUAUGGCGGAAAAAUAAUAACGAGAAUGUAAUACAUUAAUUAACCAGAUGUUAUUAUUAUUUUUAUUUUAUUAUUUAUAUAGCGCUUGCAGAUUCCGUAGUGCUGUACAACGGGAUAGAAGCCCCUGAUAUUGGAUUGUGACAAUAAAAAGAAUAUUACAAAUGGAUGUAGGAUAUAGUUCUACAUGCCGUCGUUCAUAGAUUAAUCUCUACCUCUACAGGGUAACCAGAAAGCUGAGCAGCAGCAUGUGGGUGGGGAGGGGGCAAACAUGAAAAUAUUAUUUCAGAACGAGAGGUCGUUCAGACAGCACAGGGUCGCAGUAGUUUCACUAGCAUCUGAGUUGUGCUCCAGUGCUAACGUGGGAUGUAAAUAGGGAGGGGAAGUCACACAUGCCUUUCAGUGACUUGUCAUUAUCACUCCCAUUCUCUGGCUCGUCCCCUAAAUUUCUUUAAAUGCUGGAGAUUUAUUGGGUACUCACAUCCUGGUCACACCCAGAAAUUACAUCACCAGCAUUCACCCCUCUGUGGACAUGUUAGAGGAUGCCAAGGAACCCAGGCCAUGAGGGGAGGACUUUGAGGUCAGGGAGACACAGAGAAGAUGUGGUGUCCUUCAUCGGAGCUGGUGAGUACUGACGGCGGCGUGGUGGACCGGUCGUGAAACAUAGAGAAAGCAAACAAUGUUUCUAUUUCUCUUCUUAAUUUCCAAUGUUUGCUUGGUUUUGCCUUGACUGAACUGGUUUAUGAUGUAAUUUGUUAAAUCUUUAAUAUCAAUUUAAUAUAAAACAGAAUGUAUAAUGGAAAAAGGUUAACAACUGUUCUAGGUGAUCUUCUUAGUUUUAUUCAAUAGUGUAAAUUCCAGAGAAGUGACAGUUUAUCUUUAAUAAUUACUUGUUUCAUGUUUUUAGCUUUAACGAGACCUUCCAGUUCCUUUUCUGGACCAUGUUUCAGAUGGUAGAAAGGACUACGGUGGACAUGAAUCACUUUGUGGUGGCUGAGUUUGUUGGCCGGGCUCUCUAUGGUCUGUUUACCAUAGUCAUGGUCAUCGUCCUUCUGAACAUGCUCAUUGCUAUGAUCACUAAUUCCUUCCAGAAGAUUGAGGUCAGUAACUUCUGCUGGUCUGCACUAAGCCCUUAAAGUUUACCCCAUGAACUGGACCUAUUUAACGCACAUGGCUGGAUAACAAGUUGCUUUUAAGGUAGCCAUGUUGCAAGGACACAAUUAUAUAAUGUGAAAACUCAAGUUUUAUUAAUUUGCUGUUGUGAGAUUUAAGAUGUACCUUUUAAGAACUAAAAUCUGUAUUUGUUACUUUGUAUAAUACUCAUUGACUUAUUGGAAGAGAGAAAAUACUAAAAAGGUGUUAUAUGUCUACAUGACUUCGUCUGGCCCUCUCUGUUACGAUUGCCCCCAGUCUAGCAGGAGGGUUGAUCGCUUGGAUGUCCUGGUUCCCGCUGCAGAGAGUCGAAAGGAGGUCUUUCGGUAGUAAGCUGUAAGUGUAGAAUAUCCCCAAGCAUGAUAUAAGCAUUAAUAUCCCGGAUCCCUACAACAUGAGUCGAGGCUGCAAGUUGAGGGUCAAAACGAACUGGCUUUACUGGCACAUAGCAUGGCAAUUUAUGUGAUUCCUCAGGUCCAAGGACAGCCCCCUGUGGACCUGAUGGAAUACAGGUACAGUACAGACAAAUAUCCAAUCACAAUCCAGUGUAUUAUUUGAAUUAGUACCCGCCCAGCUUGGAGAUAAUGAGGCCAACGGUUAUACAAUCUAAUUAUCUCCAAGCGCACAAAAGACCACGUUUUAUUAUGUCCCAGAAAACUGCAUAAAAAUCCAUAACUUUUACAUUAAUACAGGGAAACCACUCAUUCUACCAUUCAUCUAAAGGCUCGCGUUCGUAUAUAUUAAACAUGCGAAUGGCGCUCCAAUCCCACGAACAGAAUGGACUGUUUCUGCCGUAUAAAGUCCGUUCGGCAUUUUGGAUUGUGAGUCUCUGUUGGCGGCCAUGUUUUCUGAUGAUUUAGCGGGCAGCGGGACCUCGCUUCUAACUCGGGUACCAGUUCAUGCGAAGCCCCGCUGUCUCUCUGGUAGUGGAACUCGUUCGGUACGUGAACGAGGACCACCUGGUAGAAGGGUACUUGACCUGCGGUUAACCGCAGAAACCACAAGUUAAUGAUCGCCACGCGACCUGCUGUAGGGGGUCGGCGUUCGGUUGAUAGUUCGGUAGAUUCCGUUCGGUACUUUAGGUGCGAACGUCGAUGCCCCCAGGCCUAUCAAUUAAGUUGUGGUUAACCGCAAACCGCAGCCGCCUGGGUGGUUAAUGGCUGCCACACGCCGCUGGCCGGGUGGUCGACCGUUCGGUAGUUUGCGGGGUGACGGGGUUAAGUGGCGGCACACGCCAACCUCUGGGGGGUCCCCUGUUCGUACCACGAAUGGAGUCUUUAUAAUGGUUUGAGUAAUCCAUUCGUGCUUCUUUCGGUUUAAACUUAUACAGGGACAAACAGUAUCCAUUGGUUAUUAAACAAUAACAUAGUUAUUUCCAGUCUUUUGUAACACUCUCCUACAUUGUGAUUGGCUGAAUGCUCUCCGAAAAGGUUAACCCAGUGACAUUCCAAUUGGCGUUACACCACUUUUCCAAUCAGUCAGGCUAUGGGACUCCCCAUGCUAUGUACAUCUAUCCAAUCACAAAGCAGGGGAGGAGCAACUAGGGGCAGCAGGGGCAAAAUACCUCUGCCUUUUGGUACUUGUGCCGCUUGUGAGAACUCCGAUAUAAUCUGCGCUAUAUUUGUACAUGUGCAUUACUUAUUUUACUCAUUCAAAUGAUCACUGCACCCACUUGCCCUACUCAGUGGGAUAAUCACAAAUGAUCACUGCACCCACUUGCCCUACACAUUCCACCAAUUCAGUGGGAUUAUCACUGCACCCACCAGCUUUUCGCGUUUCCUAAGAUACAUUUGAAUUUUUGUCACAAAUUCUACCUCAAUGGAAGAUAAGAAACAUCUUACAUUACCAACUAUGAUAUGGUCCUGAUUUAAUAUUUUUGAAUGAGCUUUUCAAAUGAUUUAAUAUGUUCUAUACGUUUUAAAAUAUAUAUUUUUUUAAAAUAGACAAAACAUAAAUAAAUCUCUUUCUCUCUCUCUAUAUAUAUAUAAACCAUCAAUAUUUAAAAAAUAUCAAAUUAUGAAAAUAUUUGAUUAAAAAUAUUAACUCAUUUGAAACUUUUCUCCCUAAAAUAUUAAAUUGAGGCUAAUAUAAGAGGCAGUUUCUACUCCUUGAUUAAAUUCUAAUUGAUAUACAGUGCCUUGCAAAAGUAUUCACCCCCUUGACUUUUUACCUAUUUUGUUACAUUACAGCCUUAAGUUCAAUGUUUUAUUCAUCUGAAUUUUAUGUGAUGGACCAGAACACAAUAGUCUAAGUUGGUGAAGUGAAAUGAGAAAAAUAUAAACAUAAAACUAUUUUUUAGAAAUAGAAACCAGAAAAUUGGCAUAUGCGUAUGUAUUCACCCCUUUGUUAUAAACCCCAUAGAAAGCUCUGGUGCAACCAAUUACCUUCAGAAGUCACAUAAUUAGUGAAAUGAUGUCCACCUGUGUGUAAUCAAAGUGUCACAUGAUCUGUCAUUACAUAUACACACCGUUUUUGAAAGGCCCCACAGGCUGCAACACCUAAGCAAGAGGCACCACUAACCAAACACUGCCAUGAAGACCAAGGAACUCUCCAAAAAAGUAAGGGACAAUGUUGUUGAGAAGCACAAGUCAGGGUUAGGUUAUAAAAAAAUAUCCAAAUCUUUGAUGAUCCCCAGGAGCACCAUCAAAUCUAUCAUAACCACAUGGAAAGAACAUGGCACAACAGCAAACCUGCCAAGAGACGGCCGCCCACCAAAACUCACAGACCGGGCAAGGAGGGCAUUAAUGAGAGAGGCAGCACAGAGACCUAAGAUAACCCUGCAGGAGCUGCAGAGUUCCACAGCAGAGAUUGGAGUAUCUGUACAUAGGACGACAAUAAGCCGUACGCUCCAUAGAGUUGGGCUUUAUGGCAGAGUGACCAGAAGAAAGCCAUUACUUUCAGCAAAAAACAAAAUGGCACGUUUUGAGUUUACGAAAAGGCAUGUGGGAGACUCCCAAAAUGUAUGGAGGAAGGUGCUCUGGUCUAAUGAGACUAAAAUUGAACUUUUCGGCCAUCAAAGAAAAAGCUAUGUCUGGCGCAAACCCAACACAUCACAUCACCCAAAGAACACCAUCCCCACAUUGAAACACUGUGGUGGCAGCAUCAUGCUGUGGGGAUGUUUUUUAGCAGCCGGACUGGGAAACUGGUCAGAGUUGAGGGAAAGAUGGAUGGUGCUAAAUACAGGGAUAUUCUUGAGCAAAACCUGUACCACUCUGUGCGUGAUUUGAGGCUAGGACGGAGGUUCACCUUCCAGCAGGACAAUGACCCUAAACAUACUGCUAAGGCAACACUUGAGUGGUUUAAGGAGAAGCAUGUAAAUGUGUUGGAAUGGCCUAGUCAUAGCCCACACCUCAGUCCAAUAGAAAAUCUGUGGUCAGACUUAAAGAUUUCUGUUCACAAGCGCAAACCAUCCAUUUGGAGGAGCUGGAGCAGUUUUGCAAGGAGGAAUGGGCAAAAACCCCAGUGGAAAGAUGUGGUAAGCUCAUAGAGACUUAUCCAAAGUGACUUGGAGCUGUAAUUGCCGCAAAAGGUGGCUCUACAAAGUAUUUACUUUAGGGGGAUGAAUAGUUAUUCACAUUGAAUUUCUCUGUGAUUUUGUCCUAUUUGUUGUUUGCUUUAUAAAGUUGAAAAAAAAAUCCUCAAAGUUGUGGGCAUGUUCUGUAAAUUAAAUGAAGCAAAUCCUCAAAAAAUCCAUGUUAAUUCCAGGUUGUGAGACAACAAAACACGAAAAAUGCCAAGGGGGGUGAAUACUUUUGCAAGGCACUGUAAUGUGUUUCCAAUAUUCAGGGGAAUGUAUGCACCCCUACUUUGCCUACCUGCUAAACAUGGGGGUUUGUGCAUAAAAACUUGGUUUCAUAGUUUCUAGAGACCCAUCUAGCCAAAUUUAGCUUAAAAAAAGCUGUCCAUAUUGGGAAACAUUGUAACUAGUACUGGAUAUAGACUAUAUAACAGAAUUCGGCUUUCUGGUCAUUGCUAUACGCGUUUCACUUUGCAGGACGACGCAGACGUUGAAUGGAAAUUCGCCCGUUCCAAGCUAUACCUGUCUUAUUUCAGAGAGGGGCUGACACUGCCUGUGCCCUUUAAUAUCAUCCCCACACCCAAAGCUCUGUUCUACGUGCUCAGGUAAAUUGUUUUAAAAUGGUGGUCAAUGGUUGAUUGUCUAUUAAUCCAGUUUCAAAAAGUGCCUGCACUACACUCCUCCCUUUGACGACCCCAAUUUUCAGGCUUCCUAAUAAUGUUGUGAGAUGAUACUGACCUGAAUUUCCACCUUUAGAUAAUUAGGAGAUUGGAAAUUAAUUUUUGUAUUGUUCAUUUUAGCUGACAUUUGAGUAAUGCUAUAAACAUAACAUAUUAUAAAUUACUCAACAGAACUAAUGUGAGACCAAAAUGUAUUAUAGUGUUCUGGGUAGCAAAUACAGCCUAUGUAGAAAUAAUAUCAGAGAUUUGAUUGGGUUUCAUUGAUCAAAUAACUUGUCACCCACCAAAUGGGAUAUUGAAAGCUGCUCUUAUCUCUAAAUAACAUGGCUCCCCGUCUGUCUUUCAGCAGAACUAGGACAGACAGCUGGCCACACUUAAAUGGAAGAAAAAAAUUUAGCUAGGUCGUGACUUAUUCAUGGAUUCACCACAAGCUCUCUAUAUCUCUGUAUAUUAUGUAUUGAGAUGUUUGCUGAUUCCGUGGGAGAUAUAGCUGGGAUGGAGGGCUAACACAGCAAGAGAUGUAAAAAGUGGGAUGAUGAGUGUUUCCAACGAUAAUGUUUAUUGAAUGAAUGUUCAUUGCUGUUUUUAUUCUGGGAAUAAAGUGUUUAGAAGAUAUCACUUCGUGUGUUUUUGGAUUUAAAAUUCCACAAAUCCUCUGAAUUGGGUCACAAAAUUAAAGCAGAGUUCCUAUAAAUCUGUAAUCUGAUAAUCUCCCAAAUACUGUGGAUUAAAUUGUAUCACAAAUCUGUUUGUAUUUACCUGCUGCUUGUCCACCUACAGAGCCAUAUUCAGAUUCCUGUGCUGUUACAAACCCAAGAAAAAACAAGAAUAUCCUCCAAUCUCAACAAUUGUAAGUGAAAGAAACUCUAUUUGGUUACAUUAGAUUGCUUUACGGACUGAGACUAUGGGCAUAAUCUGCAUUGAAUUAGGGUAGAAAGUUAUAGUUAUGACCUGACACCUUUAUUAUUUAGUGAUUAUCUCAGCUGUCAGAGUGAGCUUCAGUGAACCUGGUCAUUACUAAUCUCUGCCGUCUCUGAGUUAGUAUUGACAAUGGAUUAUUAAUCUCUGCCGUCUGAGUUAGUAUUGAUAAUGGAUUAUUAAUCUCUGCCAUCUCUGAGUUAGUAUUGAUAAUGGAUUAUUAAUCUCUGCCUGCUCUGAGUUAGUAUUGAUAAUAGAUUAUUAAUCUCUGCCAUCUCUGAGUUAGUAUUGAUAAUGGAUUAUUGAUCUCUGCCGUCUUUGAGUUAGUAUUGAUAAUGGAUUAUUGAUCUCUGCCGUCUCUGCGUUAGUAUUGAUAAUAGAUUAUUAAUCUCUGCCAUCUCUGAGUUAGUAUUGAUAAUGGAUUAUUAAUCUCUGCCGUCUCUGAGUUAGUAUUGAUAAUGGAUUAUUAAUCUCUGCCGUUUCUGAGUUAGUAUUGAUAAUGGAUUAUUGAUCUCUGCCGUCUCUGAGUUAGUAUUGAUAAUGGAUUAUUGAUCUCUGCCGUCUUUGAGUUAGUAUUGAUAAUGGAUUAUUGAUAAUGGAUUAUUGAUCUCUGCCGUCUUUGAGUUAGUAUUGAUAAUGGAUUAUUAAUCUCUGCCAUCUCUGGGUUAGUAUUGAUAAUGGAUUAUUGAUCUCUGCCAUCUCUGAGUUAGUAUUGAUAAUGGAUUAUUGAUCUCUGCCAUCUCUGAGUUAGUAUUGAUAAUGGAUUAUUGAUCUCUGCCGUCUUUGAGUUAGUAUUGAUAAUGGAUUAUUGAUCUCUGCCGUCUCUGCGUUAGUAUUGAUAAUAGAUUAUUAAUCUCUGCCAUCUCUGAGUUAGUAUUGAUAAUGGAUUAUUAAUCUCUGCCGUCUCUGAGUUAGUAUUGAUAAUGGAUUAUUAAUCUCUGCCGUUUCUGAGUUAGUAUUGAUAAUGGAUUAUUGAUCUCUGCCGUCUCUGAGUUAGUAUUGAUAAUAGAUUAUUAAUCUCUGCCGUUUCUGAGUUAGUAUUGAUAAUGGAUUAUUGAUCUCUGCCGUCUCUGAGUUAGUAUUGAUAAUGGAUUAUUGAUCUCUGCCGUCUCUGCGUUAAUAUUGAUAAUGGAUUAUUAAUCUAUGCCAUCUCGGAGUUGGUAUUGAUAAUGGAUUAUUAAUCUCUGCCGUUUCUGCGUUAGUAUUGAUAAUGGAUUAUUGAUCUCUGCCGUCUCGGAGUUAGUAUUGAUAAUGGAUUAUUAAUCUCUGCCGUUUCUGAGUUAGUAUUGAUAAUGGAUUAUUGAUCUCUGCCGUUUCUGAGUUAGUAUUGAUAAUGGAUUAUUGAUCUCUGCAGUCUCUGAGUUAGUAUUGAUAAUGGAUUAUUGAUCUCUGCCGUCUCUGCAUUAGUAUUGAUAAUGGAUUAUUGAUCUCUGCCGUUUCUGAGUUAGUAUUGAUAAUGGAUUAUUGAUCUCUGCCGUCUUUGAGUUAGUAUUGAUAAUGGAUUAUUGAUCUCUGCCGUUUCUGAGUUAGUAUUGAUAAUGGAUUAUUGAUCUCUGCCGUCUCUGAGUUAGUAUUGAUAAUGGAUUAUUGAUCUCUGCCGUCUCUGCAUUAGUAUUGAUAAUGGAUUAUUGAUCUCUGCCGUUUCUGAGUUAGUAUUGAUAAUGGAUUAUUGAUCUCUGCCGUCUUUGAGUUAGUAUUGAUAAUGGAUUAUUGAUCUGCGUUUCUGGGUUAGUAUUGAUAUGGAUUAUUGAUCUGCGUCUCUGGGUUGGUGAUGGAUUAUUGAUCUCUGCCUGCUCUGGUUGUAUUGAGAUUAUUAAUCUCUGCGUUUCUGGGUUAGUAUUGAUGGUUCGUGUCUCUGCGUUUCUGGGUUAGUAUUGAUAUUAUUGUGUCUCUGCGUCUCUGGUUAGUAUUUAUAAUGGAUUAUUAAUCUCUGCGUCUCGUUAGUAUUGAUAAUGGUUAUUCAUCUCUGCGUAUCUGAGUUAGUAUUGAUAUGGAUUAUUGAUCUCUGCCGUCUCUGAGUUAGUAUUGAUAUGGAUUAUUAUCUCUGCGUUUCUGGGUUGUGAUUGAUGUGGAUUGUUGAUCUCUGCGUCUGGGUUGGUAUUGAUGUGGAUUAUUGAUCUCUGCGUCUCUGAGUUAGUAUUGAUAAUGGAUUGUGAUCUGCAUCUCUGAGUUGGUAUUGAUGUGGAUUAUUGAUCUCUGCCGUCUCUGGGUUAGUAUUGAUAUGGAUUAUUGAUCUCUGUCUCUGGUUAGUAUUGAUGUGAUUAUUGAUCUCUGCCUCUCUGGUUAGUAUUGAUGGAUUAGUAAUCUCUGCGUCUCUGAUUGUAUUGAUGGAUUAUUGAUCUCUGCCUCUCUGAGUUAGUAUUGAUAAUGGAUUAUUGAUCUCUGCCGUCUCUGAGUUAGUAUUGAUAAUUGGAUUAUUGAUCUCUGCGUCUCUGAGUUAGUAUUGAUGUGGUUAUUAGUCUCUGCUCUGAGUUGGUAUUGAUAUUAUUAAUCUCUGCCGUCUCUGAGUUAGUAUUGAUAUUGAUGUGGUUGAUUAUUGGAUUAUCUCUGCCUGCUCUCUCUGCGUCUCUGGGUUCGUAUUGAUGGGAUUAUUAAUCUCUGCCGUCUCUGAGUUAGUAUUGAUAAUGGAUUAUUGAUCUCUGCCGUCUCUGAGUUAGUAUUGAUAAUGGAUUAUUAAUCUCUGCCGUCUCUGAGUUAGUAUUGAUAAUGGAUUAUUGAUCUCUGCCUGCUCUGAGUUAGUAUUGAUAAUGGAUUAUUAAUCUCUGCCUGCUCUGCGUUAGUAUUCAUAAUGGAUUAUUGAUCUCUGCCAUCUCUACGUUAGUAUUGAUAAUGGAUUAUUAAUCUCUGCCGUCUCUGAGUUAGUAUUGAUAAUGGAUUAUUAAUCUCUGCCAUCUCUGAGUUAGUAUUGAUAAUGGAUUAUUAAUCUCUGCCUGUUCUGAGUUAGUAUUGAUAACAGAUUAUUAAUCUAUGCCAUCUCGGAGUUAGUAUUGAUAAUGGAUUAUUAAUCUCUGCUGUCUCUGAGUUAGUAUUGAUAAUAGAUUAUUGAUCUCUGCCUGCUCUGCUUUAGUAUUGAUAAUAGAUUAUUAAUCUCUGCCGUCUCCUCGUUAGUAUUGAUAAUGGAUUAUUGAUCUCUGCCUGCUCUGAGUUAGUAUUGAUAAUAGAUUAUUAAUCUCUGCAGUCUCUGAGUUAGUAUUGAUAAUGGAUUAUUGAUCUCUGCCUGCUCUGAGUUAGUAUUGAUAAUAGAUUAUUAAUCUCUGCCGUCUCUGAGUUAGUAUUGAUAAUGGAUUAUUGAUCUCUGCCUGCUCUGAGUUAGUAUUGAUAAUAGAUUAUUAAUCUCUGCCGUCUCUGAGUUAGUAUUGAUAAUGGAUUUUGAUCUCUGCCUGCUCUGAGUUAGUAUUGAUAAUAGAUUAUUAAUCUCUGCCGUCUGAUUUAGUAUUGAUAAUGGAUUAUUAAUCUCUGCCGUCUCUGAGUUAGUAUUGAUAAUGGAUUAUUGAUCUCUGCCUGCUCUGAGUUAGUAUUGAUAAUAGAUUAUUAAUCUAUGCCUUCUCAGAGUUAGUAUUGAUAACAGAUUAUUAAUCUCUGCCGUCACUGAGUUAGUAUUGAUAAUGGAUUAUUAAUCUCUGCCUGCUCUGCGUUAGUAUUGAUAAUAGAUUACUAAUCUCUGCCUGCUCUGAGUUAGUAUUGAUAAUGAAUUAUUAAUCUCUGCCAUCACUGAGUUAGUAUUGAUAAUAGAUUAUUAAUCUCUGCCGUCUCUGAGUUAGUAUUGAUAAUGGAUUAUUAAUCUCUGCCUGCUCUGAGUUAGCAUUAAUAAUGGAUUAUUAAUCUCUGAAUGCUCUGAAUUAGUAUUGAUAAUAGAUUAUUAAUCUCUGCCAUCUCUGAGUUAGUAUUGAUAAUGGAUUAUUGAUCUCUGCCUGCUCUGAGUUAGUAUUGAUAAUAGAUUAUUAAUCUCUGCCAUCUCUGAGUUAGUAUUGAUAAUGGAUUAUUGAUCUCUGCCUGCUCUGAGUUAGUAUUGAUAAUAGAUUAUUAAUCUCUGCCGUCUGAGUUAGUAUUGAUAAUGGAUUAUUAAUCUCUGCCGUCUCUGAGUUAGUAUUGAUAAUGGAUUAUUGAUCUCUGCCUUCUCUGAGUUAGUAUUGAUAAUAGAUUAUUAAUCUAUGCCUUCUCAGAGUUAGUAUUGAUAACAGAUUAUUAAUCUCUGCCGUCGCUGAGUUAGUAUUGAUAAUGGAUUAUUAAUCUCUGCCUGCUCUGCGUUAGUAUUGAUAAUGAAUUAUUAAUCUCUGCCAUCACUGAGUUAGUAUUGAUAAUAGAUUAUUAAUCUCUGCCGUCUCUGAGUUAGUAUUGAUAAUGGAUUAUUAAUCUCUGCCUGCUCUGAGUUAGCAUUAAUAAUGGAUUAUUAAUCUCUGAAUGCUCUGAAUUAGUAUUGAUAAUAGAUUAUUAAUCUCUGAAUGCUCUGAAUUAGUACUGAUAAUUUAUUACCAUCAAUUGUUAUAAGUUCAUAUAACUGCAUACAUAUGUAGUAUUGAAAGAAAUUGCUUAAUUUACAGAAUUUAUUUUACUGUUAGUUACUGACUAUUUGGUGUGUGAAACCAUUUAUUUGAUCAGUCUAACAGUGGUGGUGAUUUGUAUGGAGAGAGCCGGGCCGCUUAUCGCUUGCAGGUGAUCAAAGCUCUGGUGCAGAGAUACAUUGAUACAGCCAGGAGGGAGUUUGAAGAGAGCCGACGGAAAGGUAACCGAAUAGAAUCUUUUAAAGGUCUUGUGUUCUCAAUAUCCUGAAACAAUGCUAGCUUGCGGAGAAGGGGGAAAGGGAAGGUCCCUCUCAGGAAUGUAGAUAGUGCCAGGAUUAUUUACUAAACUGAGAAAGGUUGGGAAUUCAAAGUGCAUUUCAAAUUUACGACUAAACUAGCUGAUGUGAAAACAUUCUCCAAGUCAAUAAUGCUUACGGUUUGCUUUUUUUGGCUGUAAUUUUAAAUUCACUUUGAAUUCCCAUCAGUUGUCACUUAAGUAAAUAACCCUGUGUGAUAUGAAAUUAGUCAUAAAUUACAGUACUGCUCCUACAAGUGAGCGAGACUAAGGUUACCUCCACCGGCUGGGUUUGCUCCUGCUGUAGAAAUACUGGGGUGGAUCAGUAGGGAAGCUAGACUGAUGAGCUAGAUGACUAAGUAUUGAGGGACAAGUUCCUAACAUCAUAAAAACUGUGACAGAACCUUUAAUGUCUCAUUCACAAGAUAUCUAACACUGUGACACCAUCAUUAAAGGGACUCUCCAGUGCCAGGAAAACAAACGGUUUUCCUGGCACACUGCUGGUCCCCUCUCCCUCCCACCCCCUAUCCCAAGGGUUAAAACCCCUUCAGUGACUUACCUGUAUCCAGCGUCGAUGUCCCUCGGCACUGGGUCAGGGUCCACCCACGCUCCUCCCCUGCCAACGUCAUCCGUCGGAAGGAGACCUAUUGAGCAUGUGCGGCCGCCGGCUAUAGAGUCAGGAAAAAGAGUAUGUUUUCCUGGCACUAUAGUGGUCCUUUAAGGGAGUUGGCACCCAGAUCACUCCAAUGGGCAGAAGUGGUCUGGGUGACUGGAGUGUCCCUUUAAUUAGAUGAGAUGUCACCUUGUCUUAUUAGAGUUUAGUAAAAGAGGUACAGGGGAGAAGGUUUGGAUUGUCCCCUGGGAUCAAGUAUCACUGUUUCCUAAAGUUCGUCACCAGGGCCGCCAUCAGAAAUUGUGGGGCCCCUAACACAGCUCAAGGUCUGGGCCCCCAGGUGCCCGCCUCCAAGCCCCGCCUCCAAUUCCCGCCCACAGGAAUACACAAACACAGACACAAAAGGACACAGACACACACACAGAAAGAUACACACAUACUAACAAACACAAAUACUGAAACAGACAUACACACAUACAGGUAUACUGACACACACAUACUGAAACAGACACACACACAUAUACAGACACAUACACAUGCAUAAGGAGAUACAGAUACACACACAUACUGACAUACAGACACACACUGACGUAUAUACAUACUCACAUACUGACACACACACACAUACAUACAUACAUACAUUCACAUAAAUACUUACUGACAUACAUACACAUACAUAAUGGCAUACAUACACACACACACAGAUAUAUACAUACACAGAUACAUACAGACAUACUGACAUACACACACAGACAUACAUGCAUACUGACAUAUAUACACAUAGAUAUAUACAUACAUACACACAUACAUACUGACACACACACAGACAUACAUACAUAUAUGACAUAUAUACAUACUGACAUACACACACAUACAGAUACAUAUACACACAUACAUACGGACAUACAUACUGACAUACACACACACAGACAUGCAUGCACACAUACAUACUGAUAGAUAUAUACAUACACACAUACAUACUGACACACACACACAGACAUAUAUACAUACUGACACACACACAUAGACAUGAGACAUAUAUACAUACUGACAUAUACAUACUAACAUACACACACAUACAGAUAGACACAUACACACAUACAUACGGACAUACAUACUGACAUACACACACACAGACACAGACAUACAUGCACACAUACAUACUGAUAGAUAUAUACAUGCAUACACACAUACAUACUGACACAAACACAGACAUAUAUACAUACUGACACACACACACAGACAUAUAUACAUACUGACAUAUAUACAUACUGACAUACAGAUAGACACAUACAUACAUACAGAUAGACACAUGCACACAUACAUAUAGACAUACAUACUGACAUACACACACACACACACACACACACAGACAUACAUACAUGCACAUAUACAUACUGAUAGAUAGAUAUAUACAAACUGACACACACAGACAUAUAUACAUACUGACACACACACAGACAUACAUACUGACACACACACACACACACACACACACAGGCAUACAUAAUGACAUAUAUACAUAGUGACACACACAGACAUGCAUACUGACAUACAUACAGAUACACAUACACACAUACAUGCAUACUGACAUACAUACAGAUAGACACACACACACAGAGACAUACACACAGACAUACAUACUGACAUACAUACUAAUAGAUAUAUAUAUAUAUAUAUAUAUAUAUACAUACAUACAUACUGACAUACACACACAGACAUACAUACAUACACACAUACAUACAGACAUACAUACUGAUAGAUAGAUAUAUACAUACAUAAAUACUGACAUACACACACACAGACAUACAUACAUACAUACUGACAUACACAAACAUACAUGCAUACUGAUAUACACACACACAGACAUACAUACAUACAUACUGACAUACACAAACAUACAUGCAUACUGACAUACACACAUAGACAUAUAUACUGACAUAUACAUACACACUCUCCUCUCCUCGGCUGUCUCCCCCCCCCUGUGUGGAGUAAGCUGGGAGGAAGUGACCGGCAGUCACUUCCUCCCAGCAGCACUUGCAGCCGCAAUUUUUUUUUAAGGGGCCCGGUCGGGCUAUUACACGGCCACAGCGCUGACCAGACCCCUGAAGAUAUAGGGCCCAUCGGGUGGCCCUAAAUGCUUGGGCCACCUGAUGGGCCCUGGUGCAGAUGCACCUGCGGCAGUUUCGUCGCUCCAAGUGGGGCCUGGGCUGCUGGGCCCGUGACAACCGCAGUGUUUCUGGGGACUAUAGUGUCCCUUUAAUGUGAGGUAAAUUAGAGAUUAGUGCCACGAAUAAUAUACUAGAUUUCCUACUUACAACCAGAUGAGGAUGAUGAUGGGCUCUAGCUGCCGUCUGGCUCCACUGGUCUGGUGUACAACAGGCUCUCUGGAGGCGGUUUGUAACUGUGGUCACAAAAAUCACUGUUCUGGGAGAACGGGAAGCAGCUCCAUUUUUUGAGGGCCCUUUACACAGCUCAAGGUCUGGGUCCCAGGGUAAACCUUCAUGUUCCACCAAUGAGUUUGUUCACAGGGAGUGGAGUGUGUGUGUGGGGGAUGUCCUGAUGUGUGUAAGGAAUGCAUUGUGUGAAUCUGUGUUUGUAUGUGUAAGGGCUGCAAGAUGAGUUUGUGUAUGUAUGGGAUGCAGUGUGUGCAUCUGUAAGGGAUGCAUUGUGUGUGUGUAAGGGGUGCAUUGUGUGUUGCUGUGUGUAAGGGAUGCAUUGCUUGUGUAUGUGUGUCUGUGUGUAAUGCAUUGUGUGUUUUUCUGUGUGCAAGGGGUGCAUUGUGUGUGAUGGAUAUCAAUCUCUCCCCCUCCCCCUCGUCAAUUUCCUUCUCCCCCCCUCCCUCCAAUUUCCUUCUUCUCCCCCUCCCUCCCUCUCUCCAAUUUCCUUCUUCCCCUCCCAAUUUCCUUCUUCUCCCCCUCCCUCUCAUUUCCUUCCUCUCCCCUUCAAUUUCCUUCCUGUCCCCCCAAUUUCCUUCCUGUCCCCCUGUCCCUCAAAUUUUCUUCCUUUCCCUCCGUCCCUCAAAUUUCCUUCCUCUCCCCCGUCCCUCAAAUUUCCUUCCUCUCCCCUCCCUCAAAUUUCCUUCCUCUCCCCCCUCCCUCAAAUUUCCUUCCUCUCCCCCCUCCCUCCCUCAAAUUUCCUUCCCUCCCCCCCCUCCCUCCUCAAAUUUCCUUCCUCUCCCCCUCCCUCCCUCAAAUUUCCUUCCUCUCCCCCGUCCCUCAAAUUUUCUUCCUCUCUCCCCUCCUCUCAAAUUUCCUUCCUCUCCCCCUCCCUCAAAUUUAUUCCUCUCCCCCUCCCCCUCAAAUUUCAUUCCUGUCCCCCCCUCAAAUUUCAUUUUCCCCUCAAUUUCAUUCAUUUCAUUCCUCAUUUUAAUUUCUUCCCCCCUCCCAUUUAAUUCCUCCCCCUCCCAUUUAAUUCCUCCCCCCCUCCCAUUUCAUUUCUAUCCCCCCCUCCCAUUCCUCAUUUUAAUUUCCUCCCCUCCAUUUAAUUCCUCCCCCCCUCCCAUUUAUUCUUUCCCCCCUCCCCAUUUAAUUCCUCCCCCUCCCAUCCCAUUUAAUUUCUUUCCCCCCCCUCCCCGUUUUCUUUCCCCCCUCCCAUUUAAUUCCCCCAGCCCAUUUUACUCCACCUCCUCUCAAAUUCCAUUUCCUCCCCCCCCCCCGACACCCGGCAGCGGGCCGGCGCGUGAGGGAGCACUCUCUGUGUGCUUCCUCUUCAGCUCCCUCGCGCACCGUACUGAUGCCGGAGCCGGAAGAUGACGCCGGGUGUCAGCAGGGCCAGCCUCUGGGGGGCCCUGAGGUGACCGGCUGCUGGGCCCCCCAGGAGAAGAGGCUGACCCUGUGGGUACAUACCGGGGUCGCAGGGCCCCCUGCGACCCGGUAUGUACCCACUGAAUGUGGGGCCCGGACGACCUGAGCAGUCCGGGCCCCCCAGGACCGCCGGGCCCAUGACAACCGUUGCGGUUGUCAUGCCCUGAUGGCGGCCCUGUUCGUCACUACACUUACACUCAUCUGUAUUUUAUAUAGACUUGUUUAGAUAAAUCCUUGUCUAGCUCACAAAAUUGCUUUUUUUUAUACAUUUAACAUGACCAACCCUAUAAAGAUGUUGCUGCUUCUUGUACAUUUUACUUCUGCAGAUCUGGGGAACCGAAUCACAGAACUUAACAAGAAUGUCAUUCGCCUCCAGUCGGAGGUGAAACACCUGCGGCGUUCAAUUGGUGAUAAUGGGGUGCCCAAUAACCCGAAGGAAAAGGAGAAUGUACUAAGUCGCUACAUAAUGAAAGUGAAGAACAGUUUCCAGAGUUACGAUCAGGAGUCCAUUAGCUCAGGAAAAGACUCUUCAGAUGUGGCCAUUCAUCAGGAUAAUGAAACAGGGACUGUACCAGACGAGGAUUGCCCGCCAUACCCUGAAGAGGUCUCCUUAAGUAACGAUAUAGACAGACAUGAAGUUGCUAAGCAGGUAGAUGAGGAAGACGCUAUGUGA